AUGUCUGAGCUCUACAGUCUGAGGAUGCUUUGUGGAUUGCUAUUGUUCCUUUUCGCUCAAGUCCUCUCGGUUUCCUCGCUGACUCAGACUGGUAGGUGUUGACUGCUUGUAUGAAUGAAUUCGUGUGGCUGUGUGCUUGAAGAUUGAUCCGUUUUGCAUCGUUUCGCAGCGCUGUCGCUUCUCACCUGUUCUAGCUCUGCUUAAAGUGGGCAGAAAUGUCAGGAGUCAGCGCAGUUAGGAGACUGUUUCACUGUAACCACACAGAGAGGGGAACCGAAUCUGAGUUAUGAGGCUAAAACCUGUUGGAGGAGCAACAAAGGGUGUGAAAAGUCUUGAAUAAUCAUCGCCAGAAGACAGAAAUCUUCUGCGUAAAGGUUUUUACGCGUUUGGUGAAGAUUGUCUUUACGCGUUAACCAUUCAAAUGCGCAUUUACGCGCGAUGCCGCUGAAGCUUCAUAGCGGUUUAAAUCAAGCAUUCAUUGAGAAAAGAAGCUUCUAUCCUGCUGCCUGUUCGCAGAGGGGGCAGCUGCUGCAGUCAGCCCACCUCACCUCCACAGGAAGAAUCACACCUUCUGUCAGGGAUGCAGAGGAAACACCACACCUUCAUCAGAGGGAGUCUGAUCUUUGACUGAUGACAUGUUCUGUGAUUCUGUGACUCUACAGCUCAGAUUUAUUGAUGAGGCCUUCUGUAAAAUAUCUGAGCUCCUUUGUCACAUUAUUGUUGAAUUGUUUGUGUUUUCACUCCCAGUCCUCCUGAUGAUCUGUUCUUCCCUAAAUCUGUGAUCAUCUGAGCGCAGGAAAGUCCAUUUCUCUCAACAACAACUUUCCUCCCCUCCUUUCUUUCUCUCCUUCUCUCUCUCAGAUAAAUGCGGGGGGAACAUAGAGAUCCACACCGCGGGCUACCUGACCUCCCCGGGUUAUCCCGGCGCCUACCUGCCCUCCCAACAGUGUGGGUGGGUGAUCACCGCCCCUGAACCCGAACAGAAGAUCCUCAUCAACUUCAAUCCGCAUUUUGAUCUGGAGGACAGAGACUGCAAGUAAGAGUUCACCUCUCUCUCUCUCUCUCUCUCUCUCUCUUUUCUCUCUCUCUAUCUGCUCGCUCUCCCACCCCUCCUUUUGCUCCUUUCUCCUCCUCAAAUCCUGCCCGGAUACAGUGUGAAACUCUGCCCCCUAUUGGUCAAGGUGCAGGGAUGAGAUCUGGCGCUGAGGCUGCUGGCUGGAUCUUCACAGGAGGUUUGCGGGUUUGAGGGGUUUAUGUAAUUCAUUGAUAAAGAGGGAGGGUCUCUGGUGGGCUCUGUGCCUCUCAUGUGAGUUUUUGGCAGGAAUCUAAAGGAGAGUGGAGCGUGAGGAGCUCAGAGUGAACCUCCUUUUAUUGAUGGAGCUCAGCUGCUUGUAGCAGAGAGAGAGAAAGUCCCGCUGCAGGUUUGCUGCUCAUGUCGAGGAGGUUUAGACGUGACCUGCAGAAACAGAGUUAAGGAUGGGUUUUAUUGUUGACACUGGUUGUGUUUUUCUUUGUUAAGUUAAAGGAGGAAACAGAAAUGUGCAGUUUGCGUUUUGGUGGGCUGUGGUUUGGUGAUUUCAGGAGGUGAAAAUGCACAUUUUUGGAGAAGUGAGCUGAGUCUUUUUGAGAACAUUAUACUUCUAAAACCAUCUCUUUCUUUUAACCUACUCAAGUGAAAGUAAAACCUGCUUUUUUUAAAAUGUACUUAAUGCACCUUUAACCGUCUGCAGUGAGGACAAACUCGUAUCUCAGCAUCAGUGUGUGAGGUGAUGCUGUCUUUGCACUUCUCCAGGGUGAGGCCUUCACACUUUCUGCAGCAGCUUCUGUGAGUUUGCACGCUGUAGGAUAGGAUUGUUAUCGUUUACUGGUUUGUGUCUGAAACCACAAACUCACUGGGAGCAGAACGAAACGUCAGACGUCUUUCCUGUCACGGAUUUCAAGCUUGCUGCUCAACGCCAGGCAGAGAUUCGUGAUAGAUAACUGCGUGAAUUUAGCAACAACAAGUGCACAGACAGGCGUGAUGAAGUCUUCCAGUUUGGUUUGAGUUUCAGGUCGUCCCAGGCUGAUGGGACAGGAAACCAAUGGUACAGAAAAGUCUCUUCUCCUUGUUCUAGAACAGUAACAGGCCCCAAAACGGCCUCAUCUUUAAUUCCUCUUUGCUUCUCAGCGUAGAUAACAUUAAGUAGAUGCCUACACAAAUGUCUCUAGUCUUUAUAAAUCUGUAUUCCUGGUCAAAUCUCAAAAAUUAAACUAAAAGACGAGGAGUGAUUCUGUUUUCUCUCCGACUUGCAUCAUUCCUGCACACAUCUGAGACGUGCAGACACACACACACACACACACACACAAACACAGCUCUGUGGAUUGUGUUCAUCCACACAAACAGCCCAUGUGUUGCCCCUCUCCUCCAUAAAUAAGCCUGUUUUCAUGUCGGCUCCUCUGUCUCUCUUUUAAAAGCUCCAUAAACGGCUCCUGUGUAAAUCACCGCUGGCCGUCUCACAGAUGGGCUCCUCCAAUACUAUUGGAUCGUGUUGCAGCGCCGAGGGACUAAUAAAGCAUUAGCUUUCUGGACAGAUAGUGGAUUUUGUGUGUCUUUCCAGGGGAUUACACACCUUCUGCUGCGUUUAGGAGGAGCUUUCUGCUCCUUCUGCGGUGACCUUAAUUCUUGUGAUAACCCUGGGAGCAGUAAAAGUAUGUAAUAAUGCUGCUUUGGUAAUGAAACGUCAUAAAUCUCAGUGAUAAAAUUUCUGUUGGAGCGCUGGAACCCACCACCAACCGAGUGUUAUUGAGAGCUCUGAAUCACUUUCUCGCAGGUUAAUGAGCUGGAAUAAGCUGGUUGUAAAGUGUAUUAUUACGAUUUAAUUGAAGUUGAACACGUGAUAAACACUUAUUUGAUAUGUCCGACCCGACAAAAGAGCAGAUCUGCGUCUCAUGGUUGAACGAAGGACAGAAAGAUGGAGUUAUUUCUUUGAAUUUGGGGACUGUUGACUCUGGCGGCACACUUCGUCUUUGUAGGCGUUGAUUCGGGACAGCAAACAUUUCCACAUGAAGACCGACGUGCCAGAGGACUCGAACCUGAGCAGCCGGGCCACCCUGGAGCCACCGUGACAUGUCGUCGGAGUGUUUUCUCAGGAGCCGGGGCUUUGCUCGAUGGGUUUCAUUAUUUGUUGUGCGAGUUUGUGUUGGAUGACGGCGGGGUGUGCGGCUCGUAGCUUUCUGACUUGGCAGAAGGCAGUGUUGUUUUUGGGAAGGAGUCAAAUGUUCGAAAUAUGCCCAUUGAGCCGGGCCGUAAGCCUUUGGCGAGACCGCGGUCCCACUUAAAAAUUUCCUCGGAUGAAAUGUAAGAGUUUUAUUUGGGUGUUUGAUGCCACGGCUCAGCGUCGGCUCCAGAGGGUGUGAUUCCCUGAUUGGAAACAGUCUCAGAACAUAAUGUUGGACUCUGAGUCUGAAGUCUCGGAGUUUGGGCUCGAAUCACUCUGGCUCUUAAUCCUCGAGGGAAAACCAGCAUGAUCUCUCAGCGUGGUCUGAGCGCAAGAUCCUGACUCUGUAUCAGCUCCAGAUCUGACCUCUGACCCGGUCACGUCCCCGCAGAGACAAGCAAUACAACUGGGAGCUUGUUCCUCAGGAAUCUGGUGUUUAUGCACCAUCGACGUGAAAACCGCUCAGUUAUCAAUGUGUCAAUCAAUACGGUACUAAUCCAGUAAGUCACCAAAGCAGAUGUCGAGCGGACUCUGACUUUUAUCGUCGUUCAGUGACAGCUUGUGUUGUUGGUGGUUGAUUGAAGAAAAUAAGUUGAAUAAGUUUUGAUCUCUAUGGCAGACAACAACGAGGUUUUCACAGCUGAUAUUCAUUUUAAUGUAAUAUUGAACGAUUUUACCAGAAUCCAUCAUUUAUUCCGAUGUUUCUUCAGUACUUGUUUAUGGGAAUAAGGCGCUAAUGAUUAAAGAUAAGUUUAUUUUAUAUCAUUAAAGUGUGAUUCAGCCCGCUAACAGAUAGAUAUUCAAUGUCUCUUUCCUUUGUUUUGGUCAGUCUGGAGAUAUUUCUACUAAAGUGGCUGUAGGAGACGUUAAAUUGGUCUGUUGUUGCAGGAUAAAUGGCGCCAAGUCAGCUGUGUCUCUGAUUGGCCGAUCUUGAAACCUUAAUAUCUUCAAAACUCACUCCCAGUUCACUGGAUUCUGUUAGAGCUCCGAGGUAUUCAGACCUAAACCUUGUAUUUAUUUAUCUUUAAAAUUCAGCUUUUUUUGAAUGAGUGUGUAUGUGGUUUUUGGUGGUUUUGCAGCCAGCCUCUAGUGGACAUUCUGGGAACUGCAGCAUUUUUUUUUUUUUUUUUAAUAGGAUAGAAUGGAAAUACGGUGAGAUAAAGAGAGAUGGGGAAGGACAUGCAGCACAUAGUCAGAGCCGGACUUGAACCCACAACUGCUAAGGGGUUCGUGGUUCCCAUAUGUGUGGUGCGCUGACCCGCUCUGCCAUCUGCGCGCCCCGAAUCGCAGUUUUUGGCACUUGUGCACCAGCUUCAUCUCUCUGUGGUGGCCUUUCCUCUGCUUUUCGAAUGUCUCUGAUGAAGUCGACAUUUAUCAGGUCUCUGAAUUUUCAUCAAGUUGGACCUGGAAUCGAGCGAAUGCUGCUAAACUGGUCCACAAGCUAACCCGGGAUUUUCACCGCAUCCAAAACAGCUCCGAUCCUGAACAGCAGCGGAUCGGUUUGUGAGGCAAAUUGGUAAAAAGCUAAUUUUAAGUCGUUUUACUGAAUACCUGAGCUGGAUGUAAAGUUAUUUAUCGCCAAACAUCAGAAACUCCAAUUGGCGGCUCUUGGGAAUCCAAACCCGUCACUCUGACUCGUCUGACAGCUCUCCUUCAGUAACUCUCUCCUAUCUCCGGCUCAGAUUUACCUCCUGACUGAGCUGUGCUGCUGGACCGACACCCUCCCUCCCCCUUCUCUCCCCCCUCCCUCCCUCAUCAGAUAGCCAGUCACAGCUUGCCCAUCUCUCCCAGUCCCAUAAUGAAAUUACUGGACCAAAAUGGAACAAACAUGUUCCAGUGCUGUGAGAAAACAUGUCUGCAGUUAACCAGCCAAACAAAGAAGCCAUAAAGCUGCCGAGCCAAAAGCAAACGCCGGCUACAUUUCCGACAUCUGUGUGACAAAAUAUCUCCCACCACGCACACUCACACACACAUACACACACACACGAUGCAGGGUUUGUAAUUAUGAUCCUUAAUUACAGCUUGUUUAAAAAUACUUAUCUGAAGCUGGGAAGCGUUUUCUGCUGGAGUGAUUCAUGACGGAGGGAAAUUCUGGGAGUUUGUCUUGGAAACAACAGAAAAAAGUACAAAUUCGUCUUUUCAAAGGAGGGGAAAUAUCGGAAAUAAGAGCCGAAGAGAAAUCCUCUGACCGUUUCCGAAAUGACUGGGAGUAAAACGGAUCAAAAGGCCGUCAUAAGCUCCAGCGAAACAGUCCGUCUGGGUGAUAAUUCAAACAACCUUUUACUUCCUCAAACUCUCGAGUGACACAAUCUGCGCUCGGCGAACAGACGUUGGUUUUCCACGAGAACCAGUAACACUUUUGUCCAGACACUCCGAGAACCGCGGCUCUGCCUUCGGAGCCAAUCUGGAGCGGGACCAGAACAAGUCUUGUCUCACGUCCAUGUCUGAAAUAGCGAGGCCGACAAAGAGGAUCCCUGCGGAGCGCGGUAAAAUAGAGCACAGGCGUGGAUGAGGAACAUGCGUCGGUGGCGGGAUAAUUUGGGACAUCCUUUGAGGAGUUGGCUGAACUGUGUCCUCCUACACAAAACACACACACACACAAACACACACACAUGUAGGCAGUCAAACUUCCUGUCACUUACAGUAGGCUUUAAAUCCACUCUGCUGUGCUGAGACAGCUCUGCAGGUUCAUUACGUCCACACAAGGACAAACACUGAAGGUCCUGUCAGAGUCUAGAUGUAUGUGAACCUCCUGAUCUAGAUCAUGCAUCAUGGACUUAAAGGUUCGUUCGUGUCUGUAGAUCUAUGCUGAGACCUUCACUCUCCUGCAGUCUCAGUUUGAGAUUUAAAAGGAUGUGAAUUCGCUCGUAUUUACUCUAUUUUAAUGCAGGUGGAUCUGGUGUAAAGAGCCUCUACUGCCCCCUAGAGGAGACCAGUCAGUUACACAGGAUUCCUAUUAUGACUAAAGUAGGGUGACCAUACGUCCUCUUUUACCCGGACAUAGGACUGAUCGUGAUCGAUGAUCGUGAUAAAUUUCAGUUCGAUCACGGUGAUCAGCUGAGAGCAUAUUUACUCGAUCAAACAUGGCGGAAAUGUGCGUCACAACAGCCAAUCAGAGUCGAGCUUUUCCUGCUCCAAUUCUGUAAGUUGUCGGAGAAGUAAACAGAACGACUGAACGUGGAGCUGAGGGCAACAAAAUAGAUAUCAGCCGUGACUUUGAGUCAUCCUCCGAAGAUGUUAUUGUAGAGAAGUUAUUUAACGUCGGUUGUGUGGCGUUGGUUCAGAAUCUCCAAAGUGACGUUGAGCAAUUAAGCCAAUGUGCAAGUUAUGUCGGCGGUCGAUGCUGUCAAAAACCGGUACUGUUGAGUUCAAAUGUUUUUAUAUUUGUCUAAGUUUAUCUUAUUCUUUAUUAUUUACUUUGUUUGUUAUUAAAAUGUUGAACUAAUCUCUAGUUUCUUUAGUUUUUAGUUCAGAUGCUUAAAAACUGGCAGUAUAAAAAAAAUUGUGAUAAUAAUCGAGAUCGGACGAUACAACAAAAUAUAUCGUGAUCAUUUUUUUGACAAAUCGCCCAGGCCUAUCGGACAUAUCCCUCUUUUUUAGAGGCUGUCCGGAUUUGUACGGUGAAGUUUAUAAAAUCGUUCAAAUGUUCGCGGUUUUGUACGCAAGUUUCGAGUUUGUGUCACGUGGACUCACUGAGUUAAAAGUGCGUAAAAGACACUCGAUCUAUGACUCCGCCCCCAUAUAGUCAUGUCCUGUUUGUGCGAAGUCAGAAUAUGGUCACCCUUAGCGUAAAGUCGAUAUUUUAAUGCUAUACUAUGACUUCAGGCCUCUGUGGUUGGCCACUUGUUAGGGAGUCUGCCUCUAGUGGCCAUUUGAAGAACUGCACAUGUCCUUUUUAGCCGCCUGUGUCUUUAGACUCAAAAUCAAAAUACUUUAUCAAAUAUGAAAAUGGUCUCAAAGAUUUUAUUGAUCACAUGAAGUCAACACUUCACCGUGAAUCGAUCUUAUUUGAUCAAAUUUAUCAGUUUUCCUUUUUGAAACCCUAAAAAAGACACAGAUUUGACUUCUUAAGUAACUUUUUAAGGACAGUACCCAACACAACUCUGAUUUAGAAUAGAAUCUAAAGCUGCAAACAGUGAAUUUUUACAGAUCACAGAGUGUUUAACAGUAAAAUCCUAAACCAAGUGUUGCUGCAUUCAGACCUCGGCUCUAAAAGAGGAUCCUGAUGGGGGUGGGGAACAGAAGAAGAAGAAGAAGAAGAGACAGAAGAAAAAAGGAGGGGAAAUGCUAUAAAUUCCUCCUCAGUGUAAUGGAAGGACUAGUUGUUCCUUAUUGUAUGUCCUGAGGCGAAGCGCUCCAUGAUGAGUCAAAAAAAUGUUUCCUCAAACAGAGACGCAGUCACAGGACCGACGUCCCACUGCCCAGAGACGUCACAUGAAUGAAACAAACACAUUACAUGAACAGCUUUUGCAUGUGUGUGUGUGUGUCUGUGUGUGUGUGUGUAAAGGGGGGGUCUGCUGUGUUAUUUUUAAAGUGUGUCCGGGGUUUUUCGUUUCACAGACAUGUCAUGCUUUCAGAGCGGAUCAUAUUUGUUUGAGCUUUAAAGAAACUAAACGAGUUUUCAUGAAAGAGAAGGUCAGGUGAGGUCUGCUGAGAAAUGGACCUGCAGACUGAUGGAUGGAGAGGACGGAGAAAAUCAAAACGAUUGAUUGAUGAAUGGAUGGAUGGAUGGAUGGAGGGAAGGCGAGUUGAUGGACUUAUAGAGAAAGGACAAAGGGUCUCCUGAUGAUGGAGGGAUGGAUGAAACCUAAAGAUGGAUGUCUGUGGAUCACCUGAUGGAUGUCUUGUUGGAAGAUAAUUGAAGAAGAGAGAGACGGGUCAAUGGAUGUAUUGAUCGGUCAAUUAUAAAUCAGAUACUUUAAAGAUAAAUGGAUGAAUAAUGGUUUUAGACACGUGGCGGCCUGAUGGAGAGAAGGUUAAGGUUUUACUCGAUGAAAGAUUAUCAAUAAGGCUAAAAAUUGAUAAUAGAGGGAAAAGGAUAAGACUGUCUGUGGACUGUUCAAUAAUGGAGGAGGAUCAGAUCACUGGAAGACAAUAUGAAGAUGGCAGGAUGGAUGGAUAUGUGAAGUUAAUGGAGCGACCAUCUCUGCUUUUUAAUCAGCUCCAUAUGUUUGACGUCAAUAAUGAUUAAAGACUUUAUAAUUAACUUACAAACAAGUUUCACUGAGUAGAAAAAGACUUCUGUUCUCCACGUUACAAAAGGAGUACCCCAGGGUUCAGUUUUAGGACCACUCCCAUUCACUGUUUAUGCAAAUAAUGUCACACAAUCACAAGCUCUCUAUCUACACAGAUGAUGUACUUAUUUUUCUGAGUGUUAACAACGUUUCAUGAUAGAUCUGAUUACCUUCACUGCUCCACAGAGAGGGAGAAGUCUGCCUUCUGAUUGGACGUUUACAGAACAGCCUCUGAUUGGUUGUCAGACCAAAACAAUAGUUAGCUACAAACAGAAAUGAUGCUAUUUCACUAAAAUAAAACCAUGAACCAUCACAGAAAUUUAUGAUGAGAAAAGCAGAAAUGCACAUCCACAUCAUUGGAAAGCUGCCGGUCUCACGAAGCGAGUGGAUUUUACACUGAGUUAGUAUGUUAUACUGCUGUACACCAAGAGUAAGGUAAUAAAAUACCAACUAUAAGUUCUUCUUGUGACUCAGGAGACUGAAAACUGAAGACGAGAUCAGACAAAAGUCUUGGGUAUCUGCUGUUGACGGUUCUGGGUCAGAGAAAACAGACAUCGAGUGACUAGAGUGAACUCUGUGAGCUCUGAGAGAUGGACCAAAGAUGGAGGCAGCUGUCGUAGAUGGUGGAGGAGAGAAUCUGUUUGGAUAGACGAAGAUUAAAAGUCUUCUCAAACGGAUGGAUAGACCCACAGUUUGGGUUAUUUGGGGGGAACGGCGGUUUCCAGUACGAGUAGACAGACUAGACGAGUCAAAGAUGGACCGUUGGGCGACUGGAUGAAAGAAAGGAUGGAUUGUGUGUUGAAGGACUGAGACUCAGAUUUAUAGAUGUUGGGAAGGCUGGAGGGACUGCGGCUGCUGAAUGGAUGGAUAUACAUUUUGCCGAACUUGUUUUCCCGCCACAUUCUGUCUGACCUCAUCUUACAAACGUUCGAUUCAACGCGAACGUCUGUUUAGUCUUCUGAUUGUUCGACUCCAAAAAUGACCCACAUCACAAGUCAUCUGUUGAUCCUGGACCGGUUUUAUGUGGCUUCUGGUCCGAGGCGUCGCUUCACCGGAGGUCCCGCGUCGCAUUCAGACCGUUUUAAGAAAAUAAAAGCCUCCCCUCCAGAUGGUAGCGUUUUCAUGUACCACAGAAAACAAGGAGACUUACGGCUCUGCUGUCACAGGGCGGUUAGCCGAUGGCUCGCUUCCAGGGAAUGUGAGGCUGAGCCGCCGAAAAUGAUUUGGAUGUUUGUUCUGUGUUGUUCGGCGUUUAUUGUUACCGCGGAGAACAAAGCAGCCGUGAGAAUUAGGUCAAUGAGAGACGGAUACUUGCUCUGUUUUCCUGUUUGUAGUCUCAAUCAGCCAUUGUUCUCGCUUAUGUAAUACAACUACACUUUUUACUACCCGAUAAAAAACUCACAAAUUUGUCACUUCUCCAGCUGACGUGUCAAAACAGCGAGAGUUUGACGGGUUGAGAUUUGACGGAGGAUUAUGAGAGAUUAGCAGAGAUUGGAUAUGAAGGUUAGAUCAGUGAAAGGAGCAGAGCGACAGAUCUGCAGAUUUAUGUACCCCUGCUUUAUUUCCCAUGAUGCCGCGGUGUUUCCAUCUGGGAUUCCCUCCCCGCUGAGCUGAAAGUACUCAAACAAAUGUCAUUAGUUAAAUCAUUUAAUGGCUCCCAGUCUCUCACUGUGAUCUUUACAGGAUAUGAAAUAUUAAUGGGAUGAGUAGAAACGAAAUAGUUGGAGCACAAAUAAAGAGAAGAGGAGGAGGAGGUGAAGAGUUAACGUGUGGAAAAAAGGAGAAGGAGUGGAAAAAAGAGGGAGAGUUCAGACGGACUGGGACAGACAGAAGGCUGCAGGCUGGUGGGUCUGGUCGCUGUUACACUGACCUCCAUGACAGACCUCUCACUGUUCGUCCUCCUCCUGCUCCACCCUCAGGCCGUCCUGUGGCUCCGUGCAUCCCAUCACUUUCUCUCUCUCCUCACACUCCCUCCACUCUGUUUGCACUUGUCCAAAAAACAGACUCUGUUUUUUUUAAUCUAGUCCUUUCUUUUAAGAAAUUUCAACCCUGAAACGACAGAAUUAGUCAUUUUACACAAAAAUUAGUGUCCUUUCUUAACAGUACUACUCAACACCAGUAACAAUAACGAUUCAAGUAUAAUUACUUUAACUGUAAAACUGAAAACCUCCUUCAAACUGAGGGAGUGAGUGAGUGUGGGUACAGGCCUGGACUUUCGCCAUUUUAGGGGCAAGGCCAAUUUUUUGAGUGCGCCAAGGCCAUAGAGACUAACACAACUCACCUACUCUCUUCCAGCAGCCACUUGUUCGUAGUGAGACCUCAGGCCAGUCCAUUACGGACUACAGCGGGGUGUCGCAGCUCAAGGAAGAACAUUUAUGUGCAUUUCUUCAUGGAAAUACAAUCAGACCGAGACGCUAAGACAGAAGAACUACCGCGUCUGCAGAGAAAAUGAUUAAUAUGAUGAUUAUUACUUCAAGGAAAUGAUGAAGAAAUGAAUAAUGAAUAAAGAAAUUAUAGAUCAUAUGUAUUUAAAUUGAAAGGGGUCUCUCUAAUGUGAUUUCUCAUUAGGAAACACUAACUAGAUAUGUAAUGGACAGGAAGAGUUAAUAAAGCUUUGUCCACAGGGGGCGCCAAAAUUUAUACAACCCAAAAGUUCCCUACAUGAGCUUUAAAAAUCACAACAUAAAAACCGUCUGUCCUGAUGUUGAUGGUCUAGUUUUCUUUUGGGGGGUAUUAUUAAAAGGCAACAAUUUGACUCCUAAUCUUUCUUAAUGAACGUGAAAAAACUUCUUAUAGGAGCUGUAAAUCAACCCAAAUAAUCACCGUGUACGUUUUCUUUUUAAUAAAAACAGACGGCUGGAAAGAAAUGUAAGAGGUCCAAAAAUGUUCUCAUGGACUUUUUUAAAGAAAUGUUUUUCCACAUCCAUAUUUCUUCUUCUUCUUACUUAAUUUUUGUAUUUUAUAAACACUAAGAUGUCAACAUUCAGACGUAAACCAGCCUGUUUUCCCAUUAAAACCUUCAGUAAAGGCUGUUAAAAAUAUUGGUCAACCACCAACAGAGUCAAUAAACUAAAGAUUGUUUAUUUCCAGAAACUCAAACAUGUAGAAAUAUGAUCAGUGUAAACUUUGACGUCCUCUCAGCAGCUGACUCUCGUCCCUCAGCAGCAAACGUUUGUCCACCGAUGACCUUUGAGUCCUGAUAUCCGACUUUCCUAACGAACCAUAAACCCGAACUCUGCGCCCCGUCUGAGACUCACGCUCGUCUUUAACGUGUUUGUAUGUUUGCACAAUAAAACAGACAAAUUCCUGCAGACGUAUUUAGACUUAGUGAGGAUCCCAAACAAACACACUCUCUCUCACACACACACACUGUCACAUUUUCACACAAAUGAAAACACAUGUCAGAUUGGAUCUUUAACGAGCAGAUUAACAGGCAGGGAUUUUGGCGAGGGGGGGGAGACACCCAGUUAUCCACGUCACCCACAUCCACAGCUGCGAUCCUGGGAUUUAAAGGAUGCUCUCACUGAUGCUCUCCAGAUGUGUGGACGGCAAAACACACACUUAACGCACGAGAGAGGGGCAUUUAUCAGAGUAAACAGUCGGAUUUGACCGUGACCAGAAAGCUUGUUUUGGACUAUCUGUGUGCUCAGCUCCCAGCGGCUGUUAUUUUGUGUUAAUCCAGACAUGCUUAAGUCUCUGGAAAACUGGAUGCACAGCGAGCAUGAAAGUACAGUCAGUCUGUAAGCAGUCGGUUCAGAGGCCUGCAGAGACCGACUUAGAGGGGUUUUUUGGUGUGGACCUGAUCCCUAAAGCGAGUCUGUUCGUCAGAGAUGAGAAUCUGAGCGCUGUCAGCGAUCAUCACACCCCUGAAAAUGACCAUUUUCUGCUCUUUCUUCUUCGUCGUCUAUUGCGUUGGUUCUGACGCCACAUAAAAGCAAAAGUAAUCAGUCACAGCUCGGAGCGUGGAGGAGCGUUUUGACGCCGCGCCACCUUCGCAACAAUGCAGCCCUUCAGUGGAUCCACCAUCUUCAGAUUUUAGACUCAAGCCCUGACAGGACCCGAGAUACUGGAUCAGAUUUAGCAGCAGCGUGCUAACUUCUAUCCUGACGGGCAUGCUGACUAUCAGCUGGACAUCUUGACACAUGUAGGUCAGAACCAGAACUAACUAGCUAACGGUCCUCCUCUUAGUACAAGAGGCGGUGAAGUAAUCAUGGUGGACAGAAGACAGAGCGCUGGAGCAUUUCGAUAGUUUUUUGUCAAGCCAAACAGUUCCCCAACUUACCGUCAAAUCCACUCGCUCUGUGAGACCGGUACUCUCUGCUCCUGGUGUUAAACAGAGACCGUCCAGAUCUAAUAGUUUAAAAAUAAAGGUAACCUGUGAGGGUUUAUGCGUGUCGCUACCUGAACCCGAUUUGUACUGCGCAUGUGCGAAACGUACGUCACUUCCUCUUUGUUUUAGUCUGUCCAAUCAGAAACCUGCACGGACAACUUUGGAUGAAGUUUGUAAAUCUGCCGUCCUUAUACUCCUCUUUGUAACGCAGCUUUUUAAUAUCAGCCAAACUCAGGAGACAUAUUUUUAUACCUAUAUGCUGCUUUUUUUUCGAUGUCUCCGAAUGAGAACUGACCCCGAUCUGACACCAACUCCAAGCUUCUACAGCUCUUGGCUUUCACAUUUGGUGCAGACUCUAUGGGAGACUGAUUUCCACUGUUUUUGGAGCGCAGUCCGUCUACAGCAGCUUUCACACCUCAGCACAGCUCUCAGGAAAAACAGCUUCAGGUCCAACUGGCCCGAGUGUGAAAAUGGCCUCUGUAAACUUUCCUGUGAUUAAAAUAUCUGCGAAUUACAGGAGCCGAACAGGUCUGUAGAUUUUUAAGGAUAGAAAACCAAAGAGAGGAAAUCAUGACCCACUCGGUUCUCUUUGAAGUUCAGCUGACCUACAUGCCUCUAAAUGUCCCAAAAGUCACAAGAUACCGUAAAAAAUCUCCUAAACCGCUAAAUAUAAUGACUGUCUUUACUUCAGACCCAUCUGAUUCAUAAAUCCGCCUUCGUCUGAACUUUUACGGCCCGUGAAAACCCAAUGCCACGCUUGGGAGGGGUCUGCGUCGGGAUACGAGAGUCAGAGGUCAUUUAGGGGGUCAAACCGAGCCCUGACCUCCUCUGUGGACGACGAGCACCAGGGGAGGCUUUGUCCUUUUAAAUAAGAGUGACGGGAAACCUGCCCCCGAUGGCGCCCUGUGGCGGUUCGGCAUCAGCGCGUACAAUAAAGUCUUCUUCUGAGUCGGCCUGGAGAGGAAAGUGUUGUAUCUGUCUGGGUACGAACGCCCCGGGGUGACCUCCCAUUGAGAGACGGAGGUGGAAGAAACACACACAGACGCAUGUUGUGGGCAGACGAUAAACAGAUUAAAGUGUGUGGGAGGAGCGCACACACACACACACACACACACACACAGAAAUAUGCACACACACACACAAAGAGAAAUAAAACACAUGAAUGUAAAAGACUUGAAUGUGUUCAGUCUGCUGACCCAAAUCUUUCAGGUCAGCUCUGCUCUAACCAGAGGCUUUUUUUCUGGUCCUCAGCAGCAGCGUGUGUAUCUGUGGUUACGGGUUUGAAGGCGGUGUGUAAGUGUGUGUGUUUGUGUUUGUGUGUGUGUGCGUCUCAAACUACCUUUUUUUUCUCUUUUAGUAAAUUUGAGGAGGAGAGUGAACAGUGGAGUGACUCAGUAUUCAUCUCUGAGCUCGGAGUUUCUGUGAAUCAGAAAACAAUGAAGGAUUUCAGGUGAUGAAGGUGUUAGUCAGGUGUUACAGCGUCAGUGUGUAACGGGGAUCAGACCACCAGCUAACGCCGUGUUAGCGUUCCCUGAGAGGAGUGAGAGUAUCCUGAAACCAGUCAUGGUGUUUGAGUAUUAUAUGCUCAGGCUUUCUCUUUAUACUGGAAGAGAAACCAGAGGGACUUUUUAAAAAGUUUAACCAGCCAACCGGAAGGGCAUCAAGAGGGCACUUUAAUCUUGCCUGACAAAAAACUACAGGGCAGUUUUUCCACUUUAAUGCACUGGUAGGGCAUCCAGAGGGCACUUUUUUAAAAAGUUUCAUCAGCUACAGCUAAAGAAAUCUAAAGAGCAUCUCUGCUUUUACAUUCAAUAUUGGAGUAGGGCAUCUAGAAAGAAUUUUGUCUCCUCACUGUAAUUCUUGGAGGGAAUCAAGAGAGGUUGUGUUGUUUUUUAUUUUUCUUCUGGCAGGGCAUCUAAAGGGCACUCUUUCACCUUGAUUUGGCCCGAAAAACAACUACAUGACACCUUUUCUACUUUAAUGUCCUGGUAAGGCAUCCAGAGGUUGUUUUUCAUAUUCCAUCAACAAGUAGAAAAUCCAGAGGGCAAUGUUUUUACUAUUUUAGGUUUUGGUAGAACAUCCAGAAGCACUUGAGAAUGAAACAGGAGCUUUUUUGCAUUUUAUCUGCAGAAGGGCAUUCAGUGGACACCUUUUCUUUGCUUUGUAAACUGAGAGGGAAAAAAGAAGGCACUACUUUAUCUGUUUUAUAUCCUGGAAGGGAAUCCAGAAGACACAGUUUUACAUUUUGAUCUUGUUUUGGGAACAUUUUUACAUUUUAUAAUGUGGUAUGGCAUCCAGAGGGCACUUUUUUAUACUCCAUCAACAAACUGAAAAUCCAGAGGAAAUGUUCUUUUAUUUUUGGUGUGUUGGUAUAACAUCCAGCACUUGUUGAAGGCUUUGUGCAUUUGAUGGACUAAGUUUUACAUUUUGAUCAUGUUUUGAGGACAUUUGUACAUUUUAUAAUGUGGUACGUCAUCCAGAAGCAUUUUUACAUGCUUUAUAUACUUUGAAGAAAUAAUAAGGGCAUCCAGAGGACACUUCUCAAUGCUUUAAAAAACUAUAAGAGCAUGAACUUAAAUGUUAUUUGCGGAGGACAGGAAUCCAGAGGGAACCAUUUAACAUUUUGACCUCUGGUAGGGCAUCCAGUGGACACUUUUUAUCAUGUUUGAAACCUAAAAAAAAUGGCUACUACAGAAAUGUUUCAUGCAUUUUCAAUAAGAGGACAUGUUGUAAAGUUUUAUAUAUGUUAGGAGAAGUUUCUCAGACAAAAGAGCACCAGAGGGCCGACUUUAUAAGCCCUGUUGGGUUGGAGUUGUAGCGGCUUGUUUCCAUAAGCCCCAAACACUGAUUAAGACUGAUUAAUUAAGAGUACUGCUGGUUUUACAUUAAUGACAAGCCUAUUUAGCUAUCCAUACUUAAAUGCUUAUUCUCUCUUAUAAUUUGGUUUAUAUUUCAAAUGCUAUUAACACAGCGGGCAUUUCUGCUUCCAAGAUGGAGGUUGUUUCCUGACGUCCAACUGUUUCUUGAUUAUCUUUCACUCUGCCUCUCGCUCUCUCUCUCUCUCUGUCUGUCAACCAGCCUCUCUCAUUGCCAAACCUUAGCGGUCCCUGCUGGGCUUUCUAUAUGUGUGCCUGAAUAGAGCCAGCUAAUUAAUGUCACAUGUAGUUGGGAAGAGGAGAGCAGAGCGUGGAGUGGGCCCGGCCGCCCUGUUAAUGCAGAUGAACCUGUGGAGGGCGAACACAUGUCAGAGUGCAGUGGAAGUGACACAGUGUUUAUUGCUUUGGCCUGAGCCCACUUCACAGAGGUGUGGAUUGAGUGUGGGUUGACAAAGAGCCUUUUUCCGGACAAAUCUCUCGGUACAGACGAGGAUGUUUGGCCUUUUCUUUCAGUCGGACCAGGAAACGCCCCUCUGUGAUUUUUUUUCAUUAUUAUUAUCAGGCUGCAGAAACUCUCCAACAAGCUUUGACCCUGAGAGAACUUCUCUACUUCCACGAAAAUAUCGACCUCGACUUUGGUUCUUUUCAACUUUUUCCCAUUAAACCCCAUUGAGUUUGCACCAAAUCUCAUUUCAUCCUUCAGGGUCCCUAAACAGUCUGUCGAGGAGAGAGUGGGGAGAAAGCGGCGCUCUCCUUCCCCCCCUCCUCUGUCAGAUUAAGGCUUCCUAAAUGAGAACAAAUUCCACCUCCUCCUUCGUCUCCGUUUUUAAUUUCCCAGCAGGAUUGUGCCGCCGUGGCUUUGUAUCUGCACGGCAGAGGUGAAGGAUGAGGAUAUUCAUACUUUGGCUCCUUGGCCCAAUUUAUUUUUGGGGAAGAGGAGGGGGUCUGUUCGGCGGUGAGUGGGACUGUGUGAUCCGACUCCCUUUAAUAAGAUUUGGUUUUCUCCAUGUUUGGAAGCGCUCUGCUUCUUUAGACUGUGAACGCCGGCUUCACUGAAUAAUUCAAAAAUCCAAUCAGGUUGGAUGUUGAGUUUGUUUUGAGUGGUGUGUUUAUUGCUGCUGAUGGACAGUCAUGGUCAUAAAAGGAGAAGUGUGUGGGCGGGAGGUGGCAGGAGUUAAAAUCAUCGUUUUUGAAAGCAUGAGAGUGUGUGUAGGUUAUGUUUUUAAGGAAAAUAUUCUGCAGAGCGUGCCAGUCGUUCUGCCGACACUCCAAACAGUAAAAGAGAAACCUGAAGGAUUAUUAUCACGUCUUUUUAUUCUUCCCUCUGCCUGACUGACUUCACAUUCAGAGGACUUAAAACAACACAAACCCAGUUUUUGCUCGAGGAUCACAUCAAUAUCCCGUAAUAUUGAUCAGUUCACCUCGAUAACGAUAAAUGGACGAUUACUACUCAACAAGCUGCUCACCUCCUCCGGAAAAAAUAGAACUCUUGUGAUCAGCUGAGGAGUCCGGCGAUCCGCAGAGGAACAGAAAGAAGUCGGUGUAAAUUGACACGUUAACUUGAAUGGUUACGAUCAGCUGCGAUCGGCAGAUACGGCCUUUUUGUAGCCAUUCCGCAUGCGGUGGAAAUUGGGGGUUAAAGGGACAUGAGACCAAAGCCUACCGACACACUUUUAUUUAUUUAUCUUUUCGACACCAAAUAUGCCGAUAUGGGCAAAAUAACGACGGUUAUUGUCGCAAAUUACGGUAUCAGUAUAUUUUCGGUUUAUCGCCCAGCCCUACUCCACCCCCUUUUAAUUUUCAGACACUCAGCCCCGCCACACAGUUCAACUAACAUACAUGAUUUUUGCCAGGCAUAUUUAUCAUGCCAAAACCUCCAAAAACUCCUCUUGCACUGAUACUCUAAACCCAACAGGAAGUCCAUAAUUGUUCAUAAUCAAAGGGCGUUGCCGUGGUGACUCGUCAUACUUUGACAUCAUACAGGAAACAAGAAGUCAUGUCAACUUUGUAUUCGAUAUUUUCUACACAUGAUCGAUAUCAACCCCUGAUCGCAUCAAUGUGCUAAUUUCUCCAAUUUAACUGUAGCGCCACCCUCUGGAAAUACAUGGUACUACCUGUCACAUACAUCGGCUUAUCUGCUUCAAAUUUCUUAAACUCAUCUUCAAAUGUAUGUUGUCAUAGUGAUACUGUCAUCUAUUGGACAAAAGCAGUAUUAAUGGUGUGUUCCAGUUACCUCAGAAGUCAGAAGUCCAAGUUCUUUUAACGUUUGACUUGUCCGAUUCUAAGGCAAGCGCUAAAAUAACUUUUGUAGAUGAAGCCAUCUUGUUUCAGGCCUCCGAUUUUGCUUUUUUCAGACUUUGGGUGUGACGCUAACACAACAGGAAGUCCAACUACUGGGUCAAAGGUGGUUCAAAACAGAAACAGGAACUUAAAUCAAUAAAAUUCAGGGAAAAUUUCGACAUUUUCGUUGUUUUUUGCAGCUGUGAUCAUCGAGGAAAGUGUUACUCAACUAACAGAGAAACACUUUCCCUGAACACCCACACAACCACCAAACAAAUCUCACUCUGGUUCAUGUACAUUCAUGCAACACUAGACACCUGAAUUUAUCAUCUGUUUUGCUUUCCCAUGAUGCUUUGAGAGCGAUCUAAUACACACCUAAAAUCUGAGGACCUGAACGCUGAUCAAAUCAGUUUCACACGAGUUCAGCAGGAUAAACUUGUACACACGGUUCGGCUGUGGAUGCCAGUGAGUGUUUCCUCAAAUGUGUGUGUGUGUGUGUGUGUGUGUGUGUGUGUGUGUGUGUGUGUGUGUGUGUGUGUGUGUGUGUGUGUGUGUACAUGAACAGGAAACUGACUAAGGGUAUUAUUCAUGGGGAGAUGACUGUAACCGCAGUGAGUACUCGAGUGUGUGCGAGCGAAAAGGAGAUGAUGUCGGUUUUUUGGUGAACACGGAGGAGGUGAGAAAUGGGGAUUGAUGGACUGGUGUGUGAGUGAGUGUGUGUAUGGCAGGUGGUGUCGUCUGCUCGCAAAACACACACACACAGACACACACACACACACACGUGCCAUCUGUAGCUUCCCGGCAGAGCCCAGAACGACUGGUCAGACGCGAUUUAUCAGCUCUGAAAUGCAGAAUCACUCGUGCAUCACAAAGUCUGAACAUUGUCGCUCCUCCUGUGAGAGUGUGCGAGCGUGUUUGGACUUGUUUUACACACAAUUCUGAGACAUUAACUCGACCCAGGACACAUAUGCAAAAUCUAAACGCCAAAAAUGACCCUGACAGGUAAAACGAGGCUGGCAGAGAGAAACUGCGGCGUCUUUUCCUGCACACUCGGAAAUGUGGUUUAAUUGCUUCGUAUGCAUCUUUACAUGAGCAGGAAUCGUGUUUGUAAAGGUGAUCGUGUGCAGAAAGGUGAUAGUUAGAGAAAGCAGGGCUAGCUUCACUUUGGUUUAGGUGUGAAGUGACUGUUUGUAGAGUUCUGAAUAACAGGAAAGAGGAAGUAAGAGCAGAGACGGUAUCUGUGAAACCACAGCUGGUUCUAUUUAACACGUUUUUCAUCUUUGCGUUAAUCUGCAGGUUUGUGUUUCAUAACCUCAGAAUAAAUCGGAGAGAGCUCCUCUGACAUUUCUAAUCACACAGGUAGAACCACCUACACACACACACACACACACACACUCCUGUUGGAUUUUGACAAAGUGAAACGACUCCUGUCUGCUCAGCUGGAACAAAACACACACACUCUCUCUCUCUCUCUGUUUCUCUCUCUCCGUCUGAUUGGCUCGAUCCUUCUCUCUGUCAGCAAAUAAGUGCAACAAGUUCCCACCUCUUUCCUCAGGUAGCUGAAAGCCAUUCGGGGUAAUGAAGAAAAUUACUACACGAGGUAGAAGUAGAUGAGGCCUGUUAGGUGAAAAGUGGGCAUGCCAAGAGGUUUAUUGCGGCACUUGAUCAAACUUUAACACCUGAGCGAGUCGGUUUGGGCGAACGGGGGAGGAGGAGGAAAGUUUCCUCAGCAGACACACGCCUCACACAGAGAGGUGAGUUUUUAAAGGAUGCUUUCAUGUCUGGAGAGGAAGGAGGAGAGGAGACGGUGUUUAGAGAGGGAAAAGUCUGAUGGAAUAAACGUCUGAUGGAGGGAGAAGGUGUGAGUCCUCUCUGCAGAAACACUGAGUCACUCCCUCCACGCUUUGGCUCGCCUCUGCUGAAGGUUUAUGUAACAACGGCUCAAACUUCGCCCCGUAAACGCUCCCGUGAUUCCUUCCAGAUGUGCGCUCCUCAGCGGGCCGCAGGGGGAAUGCAGCACAACACAAAGGAGGGGGGCGUGUUAAUGAGCGGUGUAGGGGUGUAGCAGGGUGGGGGUGUCUGCUUUUAGCUCAGAGCAGAGGGAGGGAAGGAAUGCAGGGCUGUGUGAAGAAUUCCUCCUCCUCCUCCUCAUCUGCGUCUGGAUCUAGUUUGUUUUCGGAGGUUAUCUGCCACAUCCUCAGGUUUAAAUUUAGCCGCCGCGGUCACUGCUGGGGUCGCCUGGCUUUGUACAGAAUCACUGAUCGUAUCAGAGGGAUGGAUUAAUGUAGGCGAUGAGGAGACAUCGUCAUACUCUGAGAUUUUCUCUCUAAUUAAUGAGAUUUAUUUUUAUCUCAGAGUUUGUGUAGGCGCUACUCUUUUCUUUCCUGAUCCGUCAUUAUGGACGAAGCUGCAGGAGCGACCACCUACUAUUUUAAUCUUUAAUGAAGCUUUAUGAAUGCUUCUGAAAACUGAACGACACCGCUACAGGCCUCCUAAUACAUAAAUAUUUGGGGGUCUAUAGAGGUGUCAUGUAGUAGUGGAAAGCCGAAAAAAGACGUAAUAUCGUCGGCUUAUAGAGGUGUCAGUCAAAAUAACGUCAAAAUAUAGAAGUGUCAUGUAAUGGUCGGAAGAUAAGCCAAAAUAUCGUCGGCAUAUAGAGGUGUCAUACAUUAUUCAGUAAAUAAGUCAAAAUAUCGUCAGCACAGAGGUGUCGGGCAGUUUUCCGAAGAUAAGUCAAAAUAUCGUAAGCUUAUAGAGGUGUCAUGCAGUGUUCGGAAUAUAAGUCAAAAUAUAAUUGGCAUAUAGAGGUGUCAGUCAAAAUAUCGUCGGCAUAUAGAGGUGUCGGUCGAAAUAUCGUCGGCAUAUAGAGGUGUCGGUCGAAAUAUCGUCGGCAUAUAGAGGUGUCGGUCAAAAUAUCGUCGGCAUAUAGAGGUGUCAAUCAAGAUAACGUCGGCAUAUAGAGGUGUCAAUCAAAAUAUCGUCAGCAUAUAGAGGUGUCAAUCAAAAUAUCAUCAGCAUAUAGAGGUGUCGGUCAAAAUAUCGUCAGCAUAUAGAGGUGUCUGUCAAAAUAUCGUCGGCAUAUAGAGGUGUCAAUCAAAAUAUCGUCGGCAUAUAGAGGUGUCAGUCAAAAUAUCGUCGGCAUAUAGAGGUGUCAAUCAAAAUAUCGUCAGCAUAUAGAGGUGUCAGUCAAAAUAUCGUCAGCAUAUAGAGGUGUCAGUUGAAAUAUCGUCAGCAUAUAGAGUAGACGGUCAAAAUAUCGUUGGCAUAUAGAGUUGUGGUGCUUUUUUCAAAAGAUAAGUCGAAAUAUCGUUGCCAUUAUGGAGUUUUGAAUCAUGAAUUCAACAUUUUCUUAGGAGGAAGUUUUUUUGAGAGAUUCAGGCCGACAGAAGCUCCGACAAACCCACUUAACAGAUGGUUCCGACUUUCGCCUGAGAGGCAGAACUCAGGGCAAACUUCCCUUGUUUGUAACAAUCGAGAGCGAGCGCCAUGAGCUUUUCUGCAUUAUUAACAACUCAGAGCGUUUUUUUUUUGUCUGUGUGGAUUAGACAUGAACGAAGACGAGGCAGAUCUGGUGGAGCACGUUGUGUCUCCAUCUGGUGAAAGUUUCAGCCUCGGGUUAGAAAAUUCAGAACUUUUUACUCAUUAUUCAGGAUGAUUUUUCUCAUUAAACCGACUCGUUUAACUCCUUUAAUGAGAUAGUUGUUCUGUGAUUAAAGAAUCCUCUUAAAUUCCUCCACAUUUGGAGUUGGACCGACACUUUCUAGUAAACCUGUUAAACUUCCUCUGACCCUCCUUCGCUCCUCCUCUUCCUCGUGUCUUCCUCAGUCUGACAUUUUGCUCCCUGUUUCUCCCGUUGUGUACAUUUCUGUGGGUGAGAGGCCCAGUUAAUAGCAUAAAAUGUUAAUUUCAACCCUACGCUGCUGGGCUCCCAGAUGGAAUAGCGAUGGUUUCGCCCUUGAGCAAGGCAUUUGUUCCGGACAGCUGGGUUUGGAGGGCGUUUGGAGAGGCCGGUGUGGUUAAUGAGUGAUGUGAGGGGAUGGAGAGGAGGCUGCAGGGCUGCAGACUGAGAGCCUCUCUAACUAGAGUGUGAAGAGACAGAGCCACUUCAUUAAACGGCCCGUCUCGGUAAACACCGGCUGCCUGCAGGACCGGCUGCUGCUGCUGCUGCUGCUGCUGCAGAGAGCGAGUGCAGCCAUCUGCAUGUACACACAAACGCACACAUUGUCUCUCCCUGUCUCUCUUUAUUUCACGAGCCUCUGUAAGUCACUGAAGGAGGAGAUGAGGGGGUUGAUGCUAUGAAUAAAAAUGCCAUCACCUAAAUAUCACCGCCGGCUCUGAGACUUUACAAGCGCGCACUUAAGUCCUUUUCUCUGCGGGCAUGUAAAGCUUUCUGCGAACACACGGAGAAGAAGAAGACGGAGAAGCAUGAAGUCAGAGAUGGAGAGAACAGAUUUCUGCUCUCCUCCUCCUGCGGCUGAAAAACCUUGAUUCAAACAUGGAAAAACAUUGUUUAUGCCCUCAGCUGUCGCUGCUGCUGCUGGAGCGUAAUGUGAGUAAACAGACCUGCCAGAGAAAAAUGGAUGUCUGACUGUGUGGAAACUUAACGAAUAUUAGAGGUCCUCACUUAUAUCCAAGUUUGAGGUGUUUGCAGGUCCGGCAGUCUAUGCAUGCAUGUAUGUAGUCUGCAUGUUGUUUACUGCUCCAUUUACUGUAUUUUUUGUCAAAUCAGGUCAAAAAGAAAAAGAAAAUGUACUUCCAAGUCUGCAGUAAAAACCAGUCCAUGCUGUGAUCUUUCUUUCACUAAAUGCAUCAUGCACAGACUUCUAGAGGCAUGUAUUUGGUGCACUUUGUAGAGGGUGCAGACAUGCUCAUAGAUCCAAAAAUGCAGCAAAAUAUGCCGUCUGUGUAGAAAUGACCUAAAAAAUGUCUCCUGCAAGUGAAAAGAAGAAACAGACCCAACAGGCUUUUAACUCAAAGAACCUAUGAGGCUUUUCUCCCUGUUAGAAACACGGAUACUUAAAGGUGGAUAAGGCAGGAAUCUGUUAAAGAAGACUCUUUUUUUGUAGUUAUUAGUUAUUGAUGACAUUUGGUAAUAUAUCGAUAUCUCUGUGUUCUCUUAUGUCUGUGUCGUCAACAUUUGAACAUUUUUGAGCGGUCCGGUCUUUCUGACUGUAAACAAAGCCGUUCUCCACCUCCUCUAACCUGAUUGGUUGUGAGGCCGACGCUGCUCCCCCGUGUCGUUCAGGAGCCCAAACAAAGUUAGCGUGAUACAAUAUCGGACAGUAGAAACCAACCAGAAAGUUCGGAAAAUUGUCUGAAUCCUCCUUUGGCCACGACUGCCGACACAAGCAAGAGAACACUCAAACAUAAACAGUCAGCAAGAAAACAGUCAGCAAGAAAACAGUCAGCAAGAAAACAGUCAGCAAGAAAACAGUCAACCAUAAACAGUCAACAAGAAAACAGUCAGCAAGAAAACAGUCAGCAAGAAAACAGUCAACAAGAAAACAGUCAGCAAGAAAACAGUCAACAAGAAAACAGUCAGCAAGAAAACAGUCAACACCAAACCGGUCAACAUCAAAACAGUCAACAAGAAAACGGUCAACAAGAAAACAGUCAGCAAGAAAACAGUCAACAAGAAAACAGUCAGCAAGAAAACAGUCAACACCAAACCGGUCAACAUCAAAACAGUCAACAAGAAAACAGUCAGCAAGAAAACAGUCAGCAAGAAAACAGUCAACAAGAAAACAGUCAGCAAGAAAACAGUCAACAAGAAAACAGUCAGCAAGAAAACAGUCAACACCAAACCGGUCAACAUCAAAACAGUCAGCAAGAAAACAGUCAGCAAGAAAACAGUCAACAAGAAAACAGUCAGCAAGAAAACAGUCAACAAGAAAACAGUCAACAAGAAAACAGUCAACCAUAAACAGUCAACAAGAAAACAGUCAGCAAGAAAAUGCUGCUCCCCCGUAUCGUUCAGGAGCCCAAACAAAGUUAGCGUGCUACAAUAUCGGACAGUAGAAACCAACCAGAAAGUUCGGAAAAUUGUCUGAAUCCUCCUUUGGCCACGACUGCCGACACAAGCAAGAAAACAAAGUAAAUACCGGAGACUCUGGAGGAAUAACGGGCGCUUAAAACGGAGGUAGACCGGACAAGAGCUAAAAAGCCGGGUCAACAUAAACGAUGGGGGACGCUUGGGGAUCUUGGUGACCCCGUAACCUUUCUGCUGGACAGGUAAACCGCUUUAACAAAGUAAGACAAGUGUCUGUAACAGAAGUGUUUCUUGUCAAACGGACCUGCUGUAGCGUGUUGUAGCGCCAUCGCUAAACUGUCCUCCCUCGGGUCCUGGACUAUGUCACUUUAUCCUCGUUGUAGAAGUCCUGCAAACAUUGUGUUUGCUGGUAGUCUGUUGGCAUCUACAGUAGCACCAAUGCUUUUGACUUUCACCUUGACUGGGCCCCAUUUGUAAUGAUCUGAAGUAUUUAUCUGCAUUAUAUCUGAAUUUAACUGGAACGAUACGAACGAGCAGGAGCGUCUGUUUGUGGGCGGGGCUUGAGGGGAGAGGAGGAGCUGAGGGGAAAACUGGUUGGAGGGGUACAGUUUACAUUCAAGAUUUCUCCUAAAAACUGGAACUUACUCAGAUCCUGACUACAACACCUUUAAAUGAGAUUAAUCUGCACAGGUUGAGGUCGGUCCACAGCGGUUUGAGACCCCUGAUCUCUGAGACCUAAAUCCUGGAUCAGCCUGUGGAUCAGCCUUUAGCUCAUAUUCUGCAAUAAUUGAGCUUCUGUGACGGUUCGUUAAGCUCGCCUGUGUUUAAAGCCUCUGGCGAGUUGCUCAAAACCUCCAAGUGUUGCAUCACUGGUGUGUGAGGAGAGUUAAUACCGAACAGGAUGUGAAAUAAUUGAUUGUUCUGGAAAUCACGCGGCUCCUUUAGUUUUAAUAAGCAGAUGAAACAGUUUGUGCGAAGCUGUCAGGAAAUUUGAUGUGUUGAUGCGUCUCGGUGUGUUUGAACGCUUCGCUCCUUUUAAGGGGUCAGAGACUUUCCUGCACGUCCUCUCUACCUGAUCAGAAAAACAGAGCAGUGUGUUCAGUAUGUGGAUUAAAAAAAGCACCGUGUCCAAAUCCUGCACCUUUACUAGAGCUCAGAAAUCCUGGAAAACCUCACGAAAGAUCUGAAUCUGUGUUUUGUGAUGCAACAAAUCUAUACUUGUUCCCUCUGCGUCCUCGUUUCCACGCUGAGAGAUCUAAUUUGAAAGAUCGGCAUGAGAAAACCGCAUUUUCCACGUUAAAGUCACGAAGAGACGCCUUUAUAAACACCGCUUAAUCAGCUCUGUGUCUGUCCGCACGCUAACAUCGUUAGCCGUGAGGAGAAUCGGCGGUCGGCGGCCGGAUUCCUGGAGUCUGAGAAGCGCCGUCUGUCCCGUCUGUUUGUCCCAGUGUGGGAAAACGGUUAUUUAUCAGGCUGCAGGUCAGGAGGAGGCGUGGAUCUCUGCAGGCUUUCAUUAGACAUACAUUCCUCUGAUUCCUCACAGUCGUACCUGUUUCAGAGUUUUAUCGAUACUCUGAAAACUCGGUCCUCCUGUCGGAUCAGUCAAAGGUCAGGUCCGGGAGACGUUGUUUCCACAGCUGGCUGCAGGAGGAGGAAGAGGCUCGUUGGAUCGUAUAACAUGUUCUGUAUAAUGUUCUUUAUUUGUGCAGCUCUUAUCAAAACAGACACAAAGCGCUUUCAGACUCUCCGGCAAUAACCGAAGACGAAUGUGGAAACUGGAGAAUCUCAGAUGUGGAAGUCAUGGUCGAGGAAUGCCAACAAAACAUUUAAAUCCAGAUAUACGAGCGCUACGAAAACAGAUGUCCGAUGUAAAUGUAGAUUUAUGUUUUUCAUGUGAGUUGUUCCAGAGGCUGAAACUCAGAGCGGAUUUCCAGAGGGGGCUUUUCCACGUCCGAGGGGAAAUCUGAGGGCUGAUGGUCAGAGCAGAUUAUCUGAGAGGAAUCUUUACAGUCUGACGAUGAUCAUGUCAAACAUUUCUGGUAUGGAAGUGACAGACGAGUCCUGCAGCGGCUGAGGUCGCUGCUUAUCGAUCUUUCCUUCCAUGCAAACACAAAUGAAGCUCCAGGACCCUCAGACUGACAACACUGAGUCAGGCUUUUGUGUCCUUUUUGUUCAGCCUGCCCCGUGUGUCGCUGCAGAGUGGAUUUGUGAAUCGACUUUGCUCCUCGGCAUGCUUUCUCACGCUCAUGAGAGAUGUGAAUCCUCAGCAGGCUCAGUGAUUCAAUCAGGAGAGGAGGAGGAGGAGGAGGAGGAGGAGGAGAGGGGUGUUAAUCCAGGAACACACACUUACAGGCAUGCUUAUAUCAACACCAACACUCAGACUGGUGUGGCGGAUUCAAAUCUGCACAGAUGCAUUAAAUAAAACCUGCAGACGCUGUUUGAAAAGGUCGCAUAAACGGUCAGCACGCUUGAGAUGUUGUGGAGUGGACAGAGGGUGGACAGGGAGGAGUGCGGCGGUAAAAGAUGAGGUGCAGCAGCGGCGGCGGUGGGAGGUCUGCACAGACAGCAGAGACUGAUGGAGUCUCUGAGCGCGCUCAGUGAGAUCCUCGCAGCCUCUCUGUGCUUCAUCCUGCCUCCUGUUCAGACUCCCUCUCUCAUCAAGAAAGAUUGGAGGUGUUUCCUCCUCACCGGCACGCAGACAGAGCCGUUCUUCUUCUCCGAUGUGGGGCAGUGGAAAAGUAGAGCAGGAUCUGCGGUCAGAAAUCUCAUGAAAAGAUACGAUGUUCUCAAACCGAAGCCUCACAGAUAAACACAUUUACUGAGAUGAAAUGUUCUUCAAGUCCUCUCAAAGUGAGCGUGACACACAUUUAUAAGCCUGCAGAGAUAAUCAAAGUAUAAAUAUUGAUCUUCUCAGGCUGGCAGAUGUGAAGCUGAUGCAGAUCCUCCAACAAACACUGAAUAAUUCAGCGUACAGCUGCUGUAUCGAAGCUUCUGCAGCAGCAGCAGCAAAGAGAUCCUCCAUCACUCCUCUCAGACAGCUGUCAGGAUUUCAGCCCCGCUGAUACAGACAUGAAGACCAAACAAAGCAGAUCAGACAGACGAGCAGGCUGGUAUUUUGGGGAAACGUCUCAGGAAACAGAGUCAGCAAGUGUGUGAGAGGGGAGGACUUCUGUUGUUGUGGUUUCAGAGAGAGGGGGCGUGUCUUUGCAGCUCCGCCACGAACACGAGUUUGAAGCUGAAUGUGUGAAGAUUACACCCAAUAUCCACCGCAUCCGGAACGGCUCCGAAAAGGUCAUAUCUGCCAAUCGUAGGUGACACCAUGGAUGAGGAGAUGCUGAUUCUAGAAGUCUAGAAGUAGAUUUCCUCCUCUGGAAGGACACAAUCUACUGCUUAUAUGUUUAUGUGUCUGUCUUUAUAGAGACAACUCAUUAUCGUGCGAUUGAACGCAUGAUUACCGCUGUCCGUAAUCCACCACAAAAUUCGCCUCACAAAUGGAUCUGGUAGGAAUUAGCAGAUGGCGAAAAUUGCUCCCGUUCCUGGUCAAAGCCGUUCCGGAUGCGGUGAAAAUUGGGGGUUAGAAUAGAAUAGAUGUUAAAGCUCUCUAAAUGUGCUUGUUUAGACUCUUUAGGAUAUCAGCCUCUUGGUAACAGUAUUUAAAGGGAUAUCGCAGAGCUACUUAUAACCUUUAAUGCAAUCAGCUCCGCCCCUUUAAUGAGGAACUGCCAGGAGAACCAGCGUUGUAAGCCCGGCUACAGUUUUUGCAUAACUACCAAUCAGAAAUCUUGACCGAAGACGCACAUAUAAGGCAAUAAGACAGUAAGCGAACUGCCUCAUCAUCCACCUGAACAAGGUGAUUCAGAACAAACCACUCAACCUUCCUCUCUCUCUUUUUUCUGCAGGUACGACUACGUCGAGGUGUACAAUGGCGGCGACGAGCAGUCCCCCAUGUUGGGAAAGUUCUGCGGGAAGAUCGCACCGUCUCCGAUCAUCUCCAGCGGCAGCCAGCUCCUCAUCAAGUUCGUCUCCGAUUACGAGACGCACGGGGCGGGAUUCUCGGUUCGCUACGAGGUCUUCAAAACAGGUGAGCGCUGGUGUUUGCUUCUAUAGGAGGACCCGUGAACUCUCCUUUUGAGGCUGAACUGGAGUAGAAGUGGAGCUGCGUUCACGCCGCUGAUUGUGAUGGAUGGUCUCAUGCAAAACAGUCGAUUUAAAUUCAGCCGCAGCUCCGCCAGGUUUCCUCAGGUUUGUGCAGAAGGUUUGGAUCAAUGCUGAGCAUCGUCCCGCUAACAUGAUGACAAAUGCAGCCUCAUAUGGUUACCUUUGUGUGAUCUGGCGUUCUCUGUUAUUGUACUGCAGUGUUUGAAGGUCCCGGUCGUUUACAGAGCAUGUGUAGAAACAGAUUUGUUAGUCUGUCAGUCACAGUUAAAAACCAACUUCCUGUUUCAGCUGUUAGCUAACAAAUCAGGACGUAUCAGAGUCUCAGUUUCACUCUGUUGACCUCGACUCUGCGAUCAGGGCGGCCAUGACGAACAGUGAUUGGACAAUUCAGAUCAAUCAAAGUCUCAAUAAAGAGUCCAGACUUCCUGUAAAGAGCCCUGAGAUAAUUAAACAGUUUGGGAGUUUAUUUGGUUGGUUAUUUAAUCGGUUGCUUCGUCGGACAGUUGGCUUGUUGAUUGGUUGAUUAGAUAGUUUGUUCGUUUUAUUGGUUUGUGAUUGUGGUUGGUUAUUUGCAAGUUACUCUGUUUUUGGCUGAUUGGUUAUUAAUUGGUUAGUACCUUGAUUAGUUGGUUAGUUUAUUGGUCAGUUAUUUGGUUUGUGAUUUUGGUUGGUUGGCUGGUUGGUUAAUUGCUAGUUAGUCCUUUUUUGGCUGACUGGUAGUUGGUUUGUUUCUGGAUUGGUUGGUUGGUUUUUUGGCUUGUUGAUUGGUUUAUGAUUUUGGUUGGUUAAUUGCCGGUUGGUCUGUUUAUUGGCUGACUGGUUAGUUGGUUUAAUUGUUGGUUAACUGGAUGGUUAUUUUGGUUUGUUGGCUGAUUGGUUCCUCUGUUGGUUGGUCAUUUGAUUGGUUAGUGAUUUGGGUUGGUUGAUUGCUGGUUAGUUUGUUUGUUGGCUGACUGGUUAGUUGGUUUAAUUGUUGGUUGUUUGGUCGAUAGGUCGAUCAUCUGGUCAACUUGAUGGUUAUUUUGGUGUUUUGAUUUGGUUGGUUCCUCUGUUGGUAAGUCGUUUGAUUAGUUUGGGUUUUUCGUUGGUUGGUUGAUGUUGAUUGGGUUCAUCAGUUGGUUGGUUAGUUAUCUGGUUAGUUGGUUGUUUUUUUUUGUCCUGUUGGUCGGUGUCUGUACCUUUAAAUAAGUUAAACCCUGUCACAGAUAGUCUUUUUCGUACCUGCCUGUGAUCACGUCUAAAUCUGCUGUGAUCUUAGUUCAGGUUCAAACUGGUUUUCUUUAGUUUUUGCUUCUUGCAGAAUAAAAUUAUCAAUAAAAACAAAAAACAACAGAUAAGAACUCUAAGAUAAGAACUCAGACCGCUGAGUCAGAAUCCGUGAAAGAUAUCAAACUUUGAACUUCAACAGAAGCUCCAGUCCUGUCCUGAAACAACCUUUCAGAGAAACUGAUCUGAACUCUGGAGCGCCGACCUCUGAGCUGCGAGUUACAUCAACUCAAAUACCCAGAAUUCUAUUGGAGGAACAGAGAGUCCCAGCAGGGUCAGGAUGCUGGCAGGAUAGACCUACAUAAACAGCCCCCUUCGAGGAAGGAACCCGGCUCCUGUGUCCUACAUUUGUAUUUGCUCUUCCCUCUGGGGUCCACUUGAGUUGCCUCCUGUCUCCUGUGAACGCCUCGGUUUCCACCAAUGAGGAGCGGCGAUCACCGCGAUAAAAAGGGAACAUGUGCAAACGUGAGGUCCCCUGUUUGCACCCCCGAGAGCUUUAACCAUUCACAGAGUCACAGGAUCCAAGAAUAACGAUCCCCAGGUGGGCUGAGGUUGAUAAGUGCUGCGUUGUAUCAUGAAAAAUAGAUACUGCAGAGCUUCCUUCCUCUUAAACGAGGGAUAAUACGAGCCGGGUCUGAGCUCCUCCAGGCUCUGCUCUCUUCAAACUACAAUAUCAGGCCCCACUCCUGAUACACCUUUCAAAUCUAACUUUAUCGACUGUAAUUUCAGGGUGCAAAGUGGAGCAGUGACUGAUGAAUGACAGGAUGUUAUUAAAAAGUCAGAGUAAUAAAUCUUUCAAAGUAGGUCAGCGGAGUGUCAGCUCGGAGGAAACGUCGCCGCAAAGAUUAGUGAAGUCAUUUAAAGAUCGUACGGGGAUUUAAAGUACAAUAACGCUGACAUUUCCAGCCCUUUUCUAACCUGAUAGGAUUUUUAUAGAAGUCUGUAAUGGUGCCGAGCGUUAUGGCCUGUCAUAGAACGAGAAUAAACCUGAAAUUUAAGGAGGAGGAUAAAUUAAAGGGGAAGUUUUUACAGUGACACUUCCUAAAAUAUGUGUGAAACCCAGAGUAACCGCUGACAGAGAAGGAAACUGACCGACUUCAGGACAAUCUGAAGGAUUCAGGUCAUUAUGAGACAUGUCACUUAAAGAUCCAGUGAGUAACUUUAGGUUGGUGUUGGUUUUGGCGCCCCAUGUGGACAAAGUUGGACUUCUUAUUGCUUAUUGAGACUUUUAAAUGUUUCCCCAUAGAAGAUCUUAUAUUGGUGGGAUUAGAUGGUUGAUUAUUUGUCAUUAUUUGUUGUCGAUGCAAUCGUGGUUUAACCCCUCCCCCCUCAGGUCAAAUAUUACUCUGCAAAAAAACUCAAAACUAAGCUUGUGUCUUUGUCUUAUUCUAUUUUAAUACUGUCAUUACCCUCCAUAUAAUCUGCAUCCGCCUACUAAAUCCAGAUUAUCAUCUAAUAAUCUGCCUGAAUCUGUUUUGAUGAUUAAAAAAACUCUGGAAAUCAAGUUUUCUGAUUGAAGAGUUCAGCAUUUUCACGUUCCUCAUUUCCGGUCCGGUCUCAUCUGGAGACAUGCAGCUGCCUCAGUCAGAGAAGUAGCUCGAUCACUAAUGUGUACUGUUGUUUAUUCUACCGUUACUGGCACGGCUAGCAGUGUAGCAAGGCUAAUAGCAGAUGGCUAACUCUAACUUUAGCUCGCAUAUUACAUGGAGCUUUACUGUUAACUCGGCGUGACCGAGACCAUCACAGCGGGGAACAUGGUGGAGUGGGUUAAACUGAAACUUGUUGAUUUAUUGUGUAUUUCACACAAGUCGGGGAACUUUUCAAAUGGUGGAACAUUUUCGAAGUGAAACUGAAUCCUAUUAUCUUAUUAUUGAAAAUAUCUGUGAAUAUCUGCAAUUUUGGCCGAUUACAGAUUAGUCUCAAGCGUGCUAAAAUUGGCCGAUUUAAUCAUCUUGCUGAUAAAUCGGUCGGGCUCUAGUAAAAAUGAUGUUUUAUUUUAAUCAUUUAAGCUCCUGUGAGGAACUUUCAGUUUAUGUCAGUUUUGGCGCCCCCUGUGGACAAAGCUGUCUUUGCUAAAAACAUCCUUUAUAGUGAUUUUACACACAAAAAAUCUCAUCUUUUUCACUUUUUGAACUCAGAUGUGUAAUUCACUGUUAAUAUGCUGACACAAAACUGUAAAUACGAGGCUGUGUCCCCCCAACCCCCCUGUGAGUUUCCAAUGAGGAUAUGAAACUCAUCGGUCAUGUUGUUUUGUUUGCUUUUGUACAUUAUAAAAAAGCUUCAAUAUGAAUUUCAGCUGAGGAAUCAGAGUUAUCACUUUGUGGGGGCGCCAAAUAGUGAACAAAAAGUUCCUUAUAGGAGCUUUAAUAUUUCUGGAAAAAGUCUGGAUUUUCAUGUGACUUCAUUUUUUAACUCUUUUCAUUUGAUGUUGUUUUAAAAAGACUGAACUCGUCCCCGCUGACAAACUUCAUUAGCUGUCUAGCGGCGACAUUAACGUCCUCCUGAUGAAACUGUCCGACCAUUUAAUCACUUAUUAAGUCCUCUGCCCUGGCUCCUGUUUUCCUGCAGCUGGGCUUGUCCCUGUCUUCGUCUCCGUCCCUGUCUUUGCUGUCAGCUCAUGAACGAGUCAUGCAUGUGUCAUCUCACGGUCCUGCUGCUGCUUCUGUCACUUCUGCUGUUUGUCAGAGAAACACAGCCGCCGUUUUCCUGUUGUUGUUGUUGUCGAGCGUGUCUGCCCGCCGUCUCCUCUCCUGCGACACUUAGCCAGGAAUUUUGUGUGUGUGUGACUGUGUGUGUUCGUGUGUGUGAUUUAAAGAUUGACCUCCUGCUGUAUUUACACAGAUUAUCUGUCUCCAUCAUGUCUUUGUCAUGUUUUUGUUUGUCUUGUGUCGCUCUGUGGUUACAUCUGUCUGUCUUUGCAGUUUAGUAUCAGGUUGUAUUUGCUACACACACACACACACACACACACACUGACAGGUGCGUGGGACCCCAGGCUCAUUUAGCUAAUGGGCUGUUUGUCCUUGGUGGUAACAGGGUGACCUGCAGAUGAGAUGGAUGCUCUGGCAGAGAAGAGGGGCGUUGAAUCUAGGGCAGCACGUGUGUGUGUGUGUGUGUGUGUGUGUGUGUGUGUGUGUGUGUGUGUGUGUGUGUGUGUGUGUGUGUGUGUGUGUGUGUGUGUGUGUGUGUGUUGGCCUGGAUACAGGUCCUCUCCCCUCUAACAAGUUAAAAACAGCACUUGUACUCACUCAGGUAAUCCCCCUGCCAUGUUUCUGCCGUCAUCCUCAGCACGUUUAAAACCCAUUAGAGUCGGGCUGCAGACUGAAGCUGCUGCUGUUCUGGGUACAAACAGGCCGCUCACUCUGUCUCUUUGUCUCUCUGGUACUAUUUAUCUCUCUGGUUCUAUUUAUCUGUAUCUGACUGUUCAGUCCUGAUCUCAGAGUGUUUCAUUACGUAUUAACACAGACUUCAGAAAUCCCAUCUAGUCAUAUCUAAUCCCAAAGUAACUCAGGCUGAUGACAAACUAGUUUAACAGAUUAACUAAGAACUAUUAAAUUAAUGUGAGGUAAAUAUGCAUUAAGUAUUGUAUAGCAUGGUAUAGUAUAGUAUAGAAUAGUAUAGGAUAGCAUGGUAUGGUAUAAAAUAGUAUAUUAUAAUACGGUAUAGUAUGGUUUGCAUGAAAUAGUAUAGUAUAGUAUAGUAUAAUAUAAAAUAGUAUGGUAUAUUUUGGUAUAGUAUAGUUUAGCAUAGAAUACUAUAGUAUAGUAUGGUAUAGUGGUGCAACGGAUCAUCAUUGAUCCGUGAUCCGUUCGGAUCGACGUAUUCGGUUCGGCACACAUGUGAUCCGCGGAUCGAUUUCUGAAAGCGGAGAAAGGAGGAGCUCGAACGCCCCGCGACACUUAAAUCCCCUGUAUGGGAGCAUUUUGGCUUCCCUGUCAAUUAUGAUGAAGAAGGAAAGAGGUCAGUGUACAAAACUGCGACGGAGUGUAGGCACUGUGGCAUAAGAAAGCCACAUGACAGUGGAAACACAUCGAGCAUGUUCACGCAUUUGAAGCGACAUCACCCGGGUGUUUUACUGACAGGUGUUGUACCGUAGAUUGCACCCCUGCCGUAGAACGCACCCCCUGCAUCCCCUCCACCCGUUAGCUUCUUAAAGUGGAGAUAAUGAUCUCAUAUUUGAUAUGAAUAGCCUGAAUGAAAUUAUUAAAGGCAAACGCUUUUGAAUACAUCCAACGUAAGGAAAACUUGUAUUAUUUCGCCUUGUUAUGUACUUUCAACCGCGCUCCCGUUAGGGGGUGCACUAUACGGCAGGGGUGCAUUCUUUGGCAUAACACCUGAGAUAAAACGAAAGCUGCCCAACAACCGCUCAUCACCGCAGCAUUUAAGCAGCCUCUUCCUGCGCAAUCCGACCAGGCUAAAGCUUUCACAAACUCUAUCGGUGUGUUUAUAGCUGCAGACAUGAGGCCGUAUUCAGUUGUGCAAAACGAGGGCUUUAAAAACAUGCUGAAAGUGCUUGAGCCACGUUACGACAUCCCAUCGCGCACACACUUCAUUUUUGGUUCAUUGUUACAUUUUAAAGGAAGGAGAUAUGCCUGUAUAUUGUACUUUAAGUUGUUUUUCAUUAAUAAUUAUGUUAAAAAGAAGAUGCACUGUGCACUACUUUUAUAUAUUUUAUUUGUCUUGUUUUUUUUUCUUUUUGCUGAUCCGAAAAAUGAUCCGAUCCGUGACUCUUGAUCCGAGGAACGAUCCGAUCCGUGAGUUUUGUGAUCCGUUGCACCACUAGUAUGGUAUAAUAUAGAAUAGAAUGUUUUCUAUGGUAUAGUAUAGUAUAGUAUAGAAUAGUAUGAUAGAGUAUAGUAUGGUUUGGUAUAAAAUAGAAUAGUAUAGUUAAGUAAAAUAUAGUAUGAUAUAAUAUAAUAUAGAAUAGUAUAGUAAAAUAAAGUAUAGUACAGUAUAGUAUUGUUAAGUAUAGUAUAAUAUAAAAUAGUAUGGUAUAGUUUGGUAUAGUAUAAUUUAACAUAGAAUACUAUAGUAUAGUAUGGUAUAAUAUAGAAUAGAAUAGUUUUCUAUGGUAUAGUAUAGUAAAGAAUAGUAUGAUAGAGUAUAGUAUGGUUUGGUAUAAUAUAGAAUAGUAUAGUAAAGUAUAGUAUAGUAUGGUGUAUUAAAGUAUAGUAUAGAAUUCUAUGGUGUAGAAUAGUACGGUAUAGAACAGUAUGGUAUAGUAUGGUUCAAUGGUAUAGUAUAGAAUAGUAUAGUAUAGUAUGGUAUAGUAUAGUAUGGUAUAGUAUAGAAUAGUAUAGUAUAGUAUAGUAUAGUAUAGUAUGGUAUAGUAUGGUAUAGUAUAGAAUAGUAUAGUAUAGUAUAGUAUAGUAUAGUAUAGUAUAGUAAAGUAUAGUAUAGUUUAGUAUAGAAUUGUACAGGAUAGUAUAGAAUAAUAAAGUAUUGAAUAGUUAAGUUUAGAAUAGUGUAGUAUGGUAUAGUAUAGUACAGUAAAGUGUAGAUUUGUAUGGUAUUGAAUAGUAUGGCAGAGGAUAGUAUAGUAUAACUAUAUGAAACUGUAUCAUACUGAUUCAUAUCAAACCUCAUACAUCACAUAUUGUAUUGUAUUGUCGUAUAUGCUGACACUACAUUUUAUAUUGUAUCAUAUCUAACUGUAUGUUGUGAUAUCAUAUCUCAUAGUGUUGUGUUGUACCAUGUUGUACUGUAGCAUAGCUGAUGGUAUUAUAACAAACUGUAUAGUUUCUUUUUGUAUUUUUUUGGUUAUUCAAAAUGUUUUUGUCUCAUUUACAGUAAAAUAGUUUCCUGUUAAACUGAUUCUGAGCGAAAUUCACCUAAAAAGUCCAGAAAAAAUGUCAUUUUUUAUCAGAGAUAAUUCAGUUUAAAGGGCUGUGUCCCUUUAAUUUAGUCCAAAAGGAUGUUUUAUUGAGUUUACUUUGAUAAAGUCAUAAUUGUUCAGCAUAAAAACUAAUGAAAUAAGGAAGAGAGGAAGUCAGCAGACAUAAACAGUCAUAAAAACAUCAAAACGAACAAAUCAAACUUUGAUAAACUGAUUUAAACUCUUGGAUAUCGUUCCUCCUCAUUUAUCUCUUUGUUUACCUCCGUCUCUCUUCUUCUCCUCUGUCAUUAUGACCACAAAAAGACGUCGCUCUGAUUCAGAUGACAACCUCCCUUUGAACCUAAAGAUGGUCGUCGGCAGCAGCGGCGGUUAAAUCUCUGUUUGAUGAGUGACGGUCUGCAGAGCUCCGGCACAUCCGCCUUUUUCUGAACCAUAAACCAUAAAGCCUGACUCCACCCUCCGCCGACCGCAGCAUCCAUAUCGGAUAUAAAUGAUAGCCGAGAACACGUCCUCUUCAACCUCCUGGAGCUAUUUCUGCCCAAAGUUGUCUCCGGUUUUAUUACAGGUUUACAAACCAGAAACACAUGUCAGAGCGGGACGACUGAUUGAGGGAUGGACGAUCAAAGAGAGAGAGAGAGGGAGAGAGAAGAGGAGAGGGAAGAAGAGAGGGAAGGAGUGAGUUGAUGAGGGGUAAGAGAAGUGGAUAGUGAUGUUUGGAAAUGUGAUAUUUCAGAAUUAAAGCCUGAGCACUCAUACAAACAUACUGUCACAUACAGAAAUGAUCUACGGUAGCCUGUAGCAGCAAUUUUCGCAUUCCGCCAGUUCCUACCGGAUCCAUUUGUGAGGCGAAUUUCGUGGCGGAUUACUGACAGCAGGAAUCACCAGAACCCGUGGAUUCAAGUUCAAUCACGCGAUAACGAGUUGUCUCUAUAAAGACAGACACAUAGACAUAAAAGCAGUAGAUUGUGUCCUUCCAGAGGAGGAAAUCUACUUCUAGACUUCUAGAAUCAGCAUCUCCUCAUCCAUGGUGUCAUCGUGGUGAAAUGACGUCUAAAAACCUUUCACUUGUUCGUCUCCGCCCGUUUGCAUGGUGUGAAAUACGAUCCUCCUGAAACACGGAGUGUUUUAUUUUGAAAAGAAGCCGGAUGUUUUAUUUUGUGUCUGUGCCCGACUUCCUUUCCAACACGGGUUAAUCUGUGCUGAAUUUAUCCGCCAUGCUCCGGCGUCCAAGAAAAACUAGAACCUUUCUUAGUCGUUCCGUAUGCGGUGGAUAUCGGAGGUUAGAGCCGGUUUAUGUCCAAAAGAAGAUAAACAUGUAAAGUUUGAUCUGUCGUCAUUAUGAGGAGUCUGGACCCUGAAAUCGCUUUAAUUCUGACCUUGACAGACAAACUAAGACAGCUCAUAAGCAGAUUUUUACAGCCCACCUGUCACACACACACAAACACACAAACACACACACACACACACACACACACACAGUAGCGAGUGUGCCAGCUGAGCAGGAUCGAAGACUGCCUCGUCUCUGCUUCAUUAAUCAACUCGCCCUUUUAAUGACACCACCUGUGUCAACAGCCAGUGUGUGUGUGUGUGUGUGUGUGUGUGUGUGUGUGUGUGUGUGUGUGUGUGUGUGUGUGUGUGUGUGUGUGUGUUAAUGCAUUUACAGGCGUGCUCAGAUAACGUACAGGUCACAUCUGGCCUGCUGACACAGUAGCCCCCUCCCCCCAUCUCUCACACACACACACACACACACACACACACACACACACACACACACACACACACACUUGUCAUGCCCAGAGGGGACAGUUGACCUGGUCCAGGCCUCGUGGUCCCGCAGAGAUCAGUCACCGUCCUGUAAACUCGCUCACGUCACUUUCUGACAGGCGAGCUGUGAGCUGCCAGACGCCGUCUGACUGAUGUGAGUCGACGCCGAGAUUUUUCUGCAGCAGUAUUGACAGCCUGAGUGUGUGUCUGUGUGUGUGUGUCUGUCUGUGUGUGUUUGUGUAAAGGAUGCGACAGUGUCGUACCAGCUGCAGAGUCCGCCCUUCGCCCCGUCUGAACUUUACGUCUCUCCUUGUCGCUCCUGCUCUCUGAACUCUGAGUCUUCGUUUCUUCAUAAUCUCGCCGUCACCUCGCCGAACUCGGCACCGUCUGAUCUGUAACUUCACAGCCCGGCUUGUAUAACGCCCCCUGCUCCUUUGUAACGUCAUUAGCAAAGUCUCCAAGUGCCCACACAGUCUCAGCAGGAAACUCUGAUCGCAACAAGCUGCAAGACAAACAAGCAACAAGCCGACUGACUGACUGACUGACUGACUGACUGACUGACUGACUGACUGACUGACUGACUGACUGCUGCAGGGAUAGAUAAAUCUCAGAGCAUCCCCUCAGAUUCCUGAAGAAGUGCUUCGUCAUGCUGAAUCUGCUCCAUCCCUUUGCUGCGCCCGAUCUCCUCGGAUUUAACGUCUAUUUCACAGCAUCAUCACAUUAAUACUCUACACUAUAACGAGUAUGAAUAAAGGAGAGGCAUGUAAACAUCGCCCAGCUGACGGUUUUAUCACUGAUAAGGUGUUACGUACGAGCGCAUGAAUGGAAGUGUGAGAAAUGAGAAAUCAUCUUCAGAGGGUGUAAAAAACAGCAGAUGAUGUUUGUGAGGGACUUUUAUUUUGUAGACAGAAGGAAGUCAAAUGGAGUUUAUCCUGACGAGUGUCGUGUUUUUACCUGAUGUGAACCUGAGUUUGAUGAAAACAGAGUCUGAGUGUCAGUAAAUGUUGUUGUUCAGUAUAAGAUACACAUGCUGCAGCGUUAAAGUGGAGCGUCCAUGGUUUCAGAAAAGUUCUGAUUCACCUGAGCACAGGUGUCAUCGUAUCUAUACAGCCACAGCCAAUAACCGAUCAGAGGAAACGCCUGAAGCUCAAAGUUGAUGGUGUGAAAAUGUUGAAUUCUUUAAAACGGACCAGCUGGUCUAUGUGAGGCUUAAAAGGUCUCUGGUGGUUCUGGAUCCUGGUUCGACCCGGUCUCCUCUUUCAUGGUUCAGUUUGGACCUCAUUUAUGGACGCAGUGAUGAACUCUGUUCACAGUCAAUGACUUUUGAAGAUGAAGAGCCCAUGCGGUGACUUCCACUACAGAGUCCUGUCUGAAAAUAAUCAAUCUUUAUAAAAAAAAUAAAAUAAUGAAUAAAUAAAAGAUGAAAUAAAUCAGUUACUAUUAUAAUCAUACAUUCAUUAUUAUUAUUAUUAUUAUUAUUAUUAUUAUUAUUAUUAUUAUUAUUAUUAUUAUUAUUACAUUAACAAUCAUAAUUAUUAUUGUUAUCAUUAUUAUUAUAAUCAUCAUUAUUAUCAUAAUGAAUAUGAUCACUAUCAUCAUCAUCAUUACAAUUGUUAUAAUUAUCAGUGUUAUUAUUAUCAUUAUUAUCAUUACCAUCAUAAAAAUUCUCAUAGUUAUCAUUAAAAUUCCCAUUUUUAUCAGUAUCAUGAUAACUAUUAUCAUUAUUUUUAUUAUCAUUAUCAUCAUUAUUAUUAUUAUCAUUAUUAUCAUUAUGGUUUAGGAUAAUCAUUAUCAUUUUUAUCAUUCUGAUAAUUUUUAUCAUUAUUAUCAUUAUCAUAAUCAUUGCCGAUAUUUUAAUGUCUUUAUUAUUAUCAUCCUUUCAACUAUUAUUUUUAUUAUUAUCAUUAUUAUCUUCAUUACAAUUCUCAUCAUUAUCAUUUAAACUCUCAUUAUUAUCAUUAUCAUUAUUUUUAUUAUCAUCAUUAAUAUUAUCUUUAUUAUCCAAAUAUUUAUCAUGAUCAUUAAAUUUGUUAUUCGUUUUCACUUUAUUCUUAUUCUUAUAAUAUUUCUUUUACAUCUUCUUUAACUGUUAAUGUAAAAAAUCCCAAAUUUAAUGUUCUGACUUAUAAAUGUUGAUCUGUCAGAUCUAAUCCAGAAAACUGACUUUAAUCCAAGUACCGCCUCUUACAAGGUUUAUAGCCAAUCAUGGUUCAGGAUGACAAGGGGCCACCAGCUUGACUAAUCAGGUUUCAGCCCCUUCUUUGGCUCCACUGCUGUGUAGAUCAGUUUAACACAUGUGCUGUUGUGUGUUUCUAUAGAGCUAAUGAGGUUGUUUGUGUGUGUGUGUGUGUGUGUGUGUGUGUACUUCUCUGUGUGUGUCUCAGUGUGUUUCUGUUGUUUGUUGACCACGGUCCUCCUCUGUAAACAAACCCCUCAGUGUGUGCGCGACCGCCAAUAACGUCCCCACCCCUCCAGCCACAACACAGACUCAGACGGCUCCGACAGAGGAGGGGACCGAUCGCUCUGAUUGGGAGGAGAUGACAUGUGUUUCGUCAAUAAGACAAAAGUUUAUUUAGGAGAAACGAAUGAACGAGUCAGAGAAUCAAACUCUCAAUCAGGUCUUUAUUCCUCGUGUCGUUCCUGACUGUUUGGAUCCACAGAUUUGGUUUGGGUCGUUUUGUGACGCCGUCAUGUGAUUUUCCUCACGCUGCACUUUGAGCACAACUUUCCUGUCUCGUGAUUCUCCCUCAAUAUCCUUUUUGUUCCUCAUAAAUUUGGAUUUACGACCCACGAAAAGUCAGUUAAAGUAAAUCUUUGUCUUUGUUUCACAGCUGUUGAAGUUUUUAAACGCAGAAAGGUCAAAAAAUAAAAGAGUUUAUUUUCAGAAUUUUUUUAUCCUUUUUUUGGAAGCAGAUUUGACUUUUACUCCGUCUCAGAUGUUGCAGGAAACAUCUUUAUUUCCAUUUUAAGCAACCAGACAAAAAGUGCAUCCAAACACUUUCCUAAAACCGUCUCUAUCUUCUCCUCGCAGGUCCUGAAUGUUCCAGGAACUUUACGGCCCCCAAUGGCACCAUUAAGACCCCGGGUUUCCCAGAGAAGUACCCCAACAACCUGGACUGCACCUUCAUGAUCUUCGCUCCCAAAAUGUCCGAGAUCAUGGUGGAGUUCGACAGCUUCGACAUGGAGCCCGACACCACGCCGCCGCCCGGCGCCCUCUGCAGAUACGAUUGGCUGGAGAUCUGGGACGGGUUUCCUGCAGGUGAGGAGAGAGGAGAGAGUGUGCAUGGAUGAAACCAAAGUUAGAGCUAAAGAGAGUAAAGUAAGAGUAAAAGAGUUAAAUUUACACAAUUUUAUGGAGUAAAAAUGCAGAUUUUAAAUCUCGUUUUUAUCUGAAAGUUAGAAAUGUAAUAUUCCUCUUGUAUUCGAGCUCUUAUCUCUCAACUGGCAACAGGAAAACAUGAAUUUAUGUCCAACUUAGUCAGAGUUUUAUCAACUUUUCUGCAUCCUGUGACCCUGUCUCAGUCAAAAGCACAAAUCCAGGUCAGAAACCUUCUUUUAAGAAAGUCUAAAAACUGUAUUUCUGCAUUUCCUGAACUCUGAAUCCUCCUUUUAUUCCACUUUGAGACGCUCUCUAUCAAACACUGUACUACAGCUGCAGAGGAAACAGAAAAAUAAGCUGUAAAUAUAGACGCAUUUCCAACCGUGAGCUGCGAGGUUUGAAAAAAAAGCGAGAAUGUCAAACACGAAAACCUGUAGAGGAGCAACAGGAGCGCUCCUCUACAGGUGGAGAGAGAGAGCGAGAGAGCGAGAGCGAGAGAGCAGGGAGGAUGGAUUCAGAUGUGGAGGGUAAAUAUGCGGAGCUUUGAAGGCAGCAGAGAAAAGAGGAGGAUGAGAAACGCCGGAGACGUCCUCUCCCUGCAGAGGUUGACAGAGAACAGACAGAGACACUGACAGAGACAGGCGGGGGUGAGGGAGGUGAGGAGGGGGGAGAACAAAGGAUGGAUGGUUUCCCUGCAGGUGGGACCGGCUCAGAUUGAGAGAUGGAGACGAAAGAGAAAGCGGAGGUGAGGAGAGAGAGCGUUAAAGAUAAGAGGGAGGUGUGGGCUGGAGGGAGGAGAGCGAGGCGGGUUUGAAGGAUGUGCAGAUUCACCUGCUGCGAGUUUUAAAGAGAUAUUUUAUCACCAGUGUUUGCAGGAUCUCCGAUUUUAGAGGCGCUGCUCCUCGGUGAAAGUCUUCAUCAGCUGUUUACUCAUCGUGGAGUCCACUAAAAACACCGAGUAUGACCUCUAUUCACUCUGUUUGUAUGAUACUGCAGGGUCACACAUCCUCUGAUAGAUCCAUCCAAUCAGAUUAAACGAGCCUUUCAGCUCCUCAGUGUAUCGAGCGUCAUCAGCUGCAACCAGAGGGAUAAAUGUGGAGAAAACCUCCUUCAAUCUAAAUAAACCAAUAUUGAUAAUAAUAAUAAUAACUUUAUUUUUAUGGCACUUUUAAAAAACAGAAGUUUAUAAAGUUAUUUAAUUUCAGACGAUUUAAAGAAAUACGAUAUUUGAUAUCUCUAAAUGUAGCAGAAUCCUCGCUACAGCUGACAUGUUUAUUUAUUUUUAAUCUCUCCACUUUUCUGCGAUAUAAAAGAACGACGACUCGCGCUCGUUUAGCGGCGUGCUGCUCGCUGCUGUGUUGUUUCCGCCGACGGCGACACACAGAGAGGUGAGUUUUUCAGGGCAGGGGAGUGAUUCUUCCAAACGAACGACAUGAGUCACAGAGUGAACGACGCCGUGACUUCAGCAGCAGGGAAGGGGAGGGGCUAAUGAACGAACUCGCCGCUGUGUCACUCACUGGUGUACUGCAGCGGCAGGCCGGAGCUCCGAAACACAGACUGAUUCAGUGAACGAAUCUUUUGAACGGAUUCUAAAGAUUCAGUCAAAAGAACUGAUCUUCCCAUCACUGAUAUGAACCAACGAUAACGUGAAUUUUUUAAAUUAAAUUAAACCAAAAGUUUAAAACUCUAACUCUCCGUUUUCUCGGCGUCACGGCUCGCCUCUCCUCUUAGUCACUCAUGUAAAUUUCUUCUUUAAACUCGUCCCCCUGCGCACGGACUGAAAAGACUCCUCCACAGAUUGCUCAUUGUUCCUCCACCAAACCAUUUUUGGAGACAACAGUUUCUCCUCACGACGGAGAGACACAUCCUGCUCCCCCCCCCUCCUCUCCGCUAACGCCGCGGCCCCUCGUUUUGGACGGCGUUUCCUCAGCUCCCAUUGUUGUCUAAUUAGCCGUACAGCGUGCAGAUAAAGCCGGGGGUGGGAGACAUACCUCGGACGAGCCUGAGCGGGUUUGCCAGGAUGCCCACAAUACUCAGUGCUGCUGCCCAAAGCUUUGCCUGCUGACUGCCAGGGAGGAGACUGGCACAGGAAGAGGAGGGACACAGAGACUGGCACAGGUAGACAGACAGUGACACACACUUUAAAGACGAGCCAGCAUACACAACACGCCAGAGCCCCUCCUGUGUGUGUGUGUGUGUGUGUGUGUGUGUGUGCGUGUGUGUGUGUGUGUGUGUGUGUUUGCAGACCGAACAUGUGUGUCAGUGCAGAUAACAAAGCAUCUCUGCAGCAGGGUGAGGACCAGGAUGUAGUUUUUCAUCUCAUCAAACACAGUCCCAGUGUUAACAGGAGCACCAAACACAAGUCCCAUCAUGCAUUGCUGCUGUGUUUGUUUGUCUCUGCAGCUCCUAAUCUCCUCUUCAAAGGAAAUAAUUCAACUCUAGAGGGAUUCAAUCUCACUAACCUCACAUUAGGAGCUCCGUGUGCAACAUUUACCCAACACAAAUGAAUCACGAUCAUUAAUAUUCAAUUUUUAUUAAUUAAUUAAUUCAUUAGUUUUAUUCACAAAAUACUUCAAUAAAUAAAACCACAAAUAAAAACCUGAUUUCAUAGGAGUUGCUGUAUCAGGUCUUAUAAAAAAAGCAGAUUGUCUGGAUGGACGCAGAUGUUCCUCCUAAACCUGGAGAUAGUUCUGCAUUAAUGGAGCCUUCACAGAUGUGGAAGAUACCCAGGACAUGGACUUUGAGGAUCCCCAGACCAUCAGGGAUGCUGGAUUUGGACUUAUUAUCCCUCUACUCUCUAGAGAGGGGGAUGCAGUAGGGCUGGGCGAUAAACCGAAAAUUUACCGUUACUGAAAUUUAUGACAAUGACCGACGUCAUUUUGCCCGUAUGGUUUUUGCACUCUGGUAACCCCGACCCCAGUGACCCCGGUUCAGGAAUGUGAGUUUGCAGAAGGUCCCACAGUAGCUGACAGAAGCAUGUUAGAGGGAAAAAAAGAGCUUAAUUUUCACUUUUGAAGUCAUUUCAGUGAUAUUUAAAGUCAGCUGUGCAGUUUGAUGUGAGAUUUCUGCUCCAUAGUGGACAGAUAAAGAACCAAAAUCUGGAUUCAGUCUUUUAAAAUAGAGAAAAUCUCACUAACAUUGAAAAUCACUGAAGUCUGUAUAAGACGAGGAAAUCUCUUUACACCUUUAGGACUUCACACGACAGACCCUAACAUGCAGUCCAAGCCUAACUGUCAUUAGGGCUGGGCAAUAACCUAAAAAAUUACGACAAUAACCAACGUCGUUUUGCCCAUAUCGGUGUAAUCUGUGUCAGAUAAAUAAAUAAACAAAGUUGUUUUUGGAUGUGUGUAGGUAGGCUAUGGUCUCAUGUCCCUUUAAGACGCUGUCCUACAUCAGAGACGUGACUCCACCCCAUCCAGUCUGUAACAAAGAGGGAGUCUGGAAUAGACUGCCUAUAUCAGAGUGCUGAUAUUGGAGAUUUGAGAUGCAGGCCGAUAUAAUCUGAUAUUCGUCUUUUUGCUGAUAUCGGACCAAUAUCCGAUAUCAAUAUCGUAUCGGGACAGCCCUGAUUCCUACUUCAGAGUCUUGAAGAUCAGGACCAUCCAGUCUUGGUUUUGGUCUUUGUCUGUUUAGUCCAGAGAUUUCUCCAGAUCCUCUAAAACCUUUAAAGAUAUGUGAUUUUACUCUGAUGAAUGUGACUCUGAAAAUGUUGAAUUAUUCGCUCUCAGAGUCACGAACGUCGAACCUUCUUCUUCUCAUGAAUUUUGAGUUAAAUUUAGAGUCGAAGUCUUUGUGAGUCUGUUUCUUAUUUCACAGGAUCGUCGUAUAUUUAGGGUUAAAAUCGCCCGUUAAACCUCCCUGUUUAUUCCUCGCUCUGUAUUUCUGUUUGUUUAUGAUGAUGAUGAAACGCCGUGAAUGUGUCUCCGUCAGCACGCCGCCGCCGCUCAUCUCAGAUACGCUGAUUUUCUGCAUAAAUGUAAAUGCAGCCGCGUUGCUUGAGGGAUUUUUCCAUUUCCCAGCUGAUAACAUCGACAGCAGACGGCCUCACUGAGAAACCAUUUCACACCGCGUCUGAUAAGGCUGAAAUAAUUCAAAGUGUAAUCCGUCACAGAUUAGCGACUACCUGCUUUAAACUGUAACUGAUAAACAUAAUCCAGCAGAUUACCAGAGCUGUGUGAUAGAUGUUUUCAUGCCGGCUGUAAUUUCCCCUGAAGCGGAGGGAGAAGAAUAAUUCUUAUAGCGUGGAUGAGUCGACCGUGGACCGAGCGUUCCCUCGCCGAGUCCUCGAGAGGCUGCAGAUACAGUAUCGCUCGGAAACAGGAGGCAGCACAGGCCUGGCUUUGUUCCUCGCAGAUAAGAACAGGAUGAAACGGCCAGAAAACUGUGGGCAGGCGGCGGCGGCGGUGGCGACGUCAGCACUCACACCGACCGAGGAGACAUGAGACGCUCUGUCAUCUGUGAGCUGCAUGCAAGAAAAUCCUGUUGUUACAGAAGAUGUGAGCACCUCUCCUGUUUGAUUAUUGGAUUUCACUCACACAGACAUUCAUCCACGGAGGCAGCAUCCGAACCAGGACUGUCGGUCGCACCGCAGUUUGGUGGAUGAUAUUUUAAGACUCAGUCCUCUCUCAAUUUUAGCUCUAUCUUUGACAUCAGGCACCAAUUUCUUCAGGUUUCUCUCACAUUAUAGUCUAAAGAUUUCAUACUGCGUCUUCUAAAGGAAGCAAAAAAUCUGUUAGUUUUGAUACUAAAUGCUCGGGUGUCAUGGCCUCCUCACUGAAAGCAGACCGAAGUUUCAAAAAUGGAGGCUGAAGUUCGUAAAAGAGGCACCAUGUGAGGAUUUAAUGCUCAAAUAUGAAACUGUUCACAUAUCCCGACAAAAUAGUCAAAAUGCAAACAAUGUGAAAGGUUCGAGCUGCAACCAGGAUCGAUUAAUGCAGAGACAAGAAAAAAACGUUACUACGACACAAAAAGUUCAUCGUACCGAAACAAACGUGUUCAGGAUGACGGUCCUCCACAAAGCAAAUCGAGUCCUCAAAUAGGCGUGUUCGAAUACGAUACCGAUAUUGUAGCCUUCAAUUUUAAACGAUAUCGAUAUUGAUCUGAUAUUGGCACAAAAUUGUGCAUGACAAGUUUUGCACUCAGCUGCAAUGGCUUUUUCAGACUUUAACAAAAAAUACCGACAUCACUCCAACUCCUUGCUACUGUGUUAGUACCUUAGUACACACUAUUGUUGUGAUCAUGUGGGCUCUGCAAGCUACAUCGGGGCGCUGCUAGAUACAAGUGCCGGACCGGAGUCUGGAAUGGACUGCUUGUAUCGGAGUGCGGAUAUCGGCGAUUUUAGAUGUAGGCUGAUGGAAUCCAAUAUUCAUUUUUUUGCUGAUAUCAGACUGAUAUCCGAUAUCAAUAACAUAUUGGGACACACUUAGACUCAAACAUGUAUGACCACAUCACAUUAUCUGGCGUUUUGAUUAGAGGAAUGUGACCUUGUAGCUUGACAACAGUGGAGGAAGCUUCUAGAGUGCAAAGGUUUUAAGUAUAGUUUGAGUUUUGAAUCCUGAAAAGGAAACACAAAGAUUUCAAAGAGGAGAUAAAACCUGAAAAUGAAUGUUUUUAUCGGUGCAUUUCAGCAGAUCUGACUUUUAACAAACGAUAGACGCACUUUCUCACUUUUUUUAAUCAAAAUAAAUCCUAAAAAUGUCCUUUAGCUUUAUACUGAGACAUCCUUUAAAUGUUCCUCCCUCUGUGAUAACCGGAGUAACCGGAGUCCUGCAGGAAAGUGUCUCUGAAAGGAUUAAGAAUAAGGAACUUCACAGGUCCGGUUACCUCGUUUGUCCCCCCGACGGGCAGAAAAGUUUUUGAAACACCUGGAAAAACUGCAGUAAGAGGUGUAAACCACCUCCAGGGCUUUCUCUGCAGACUGCAGGGAUUUAUCUCUCUGAAAAAUGGAGGCUUGGCUCUGUGACUCGAAUGUAAUGUGUCGAGGAGAAAAGUGGAAGGGAGCGUUUGAGGAGAGUCCAGACCUUUAGAGUCAGAGUGUGCAGGAUUUUUACCGACAGACGAAAAUCCUGAAGAAAAUAGACUUCAAAUCAAGAUCAGCAGGUCGGUUAUUAAAGCUGAGGAAAUUAAAGAAAACAGGUCGACUAAAUAUGAAGUUUUUCAGAGAAGUAGUUCUUCUUUUCUGUGUCUGAUGACUUAAUUCUUGCAGGUUAUAAAUAGUGUUUAUGUAACACAGUAAGUCGUGGAAAUGAGUGUUUUUGCCACCUGCCAUAUUGCCUUUAUUUCCAUCUCCAAGGUGCCACAUCACUCAUAAGAAGUGAGAGAUUGGUGCCGACAGGAGAUCAGCAUCUAUUUGUGUUUGUCUGAAGACUUUGAGAGGAAAACAACGCUUUCAGUUCUGGAUGCUUUUAACCCAAAUUUGACGUUUUCAGACAUGACUUCUGUGAGGAAAAAACAAGAUCCCCGUCCGCCUGUUUGUGCUCAAAGUCACGAAACAUCUCCCGAGGUGGCGAGGGCAAAAAAGGACAAAGUGAAUAAUAAAAAGCACUCAGCGGUUGAUGAGUGACGGAGCUGACGUUUUCUUUCUUCUCCACCUCUCCUGCUCCAUCUCUCGCUCCCUUUGUGCCUCACUCUUCCUUGUCUCCUUCUGACCUCCUCCUCUUUUCUUCUCCCCUCAGUGGGUCCUCACAUCGGACGCUACUGUGGACAGACAUCCCCGGGUCGUGUGAUCUCCUACACCGGCAUCCUGUCCAUGACCAUCACCACCGACAACGCCAUCGCCAGGGAGGGCUUCUCCGCCAACUACACCAUCCGUGAGAGGACCCUCCCCCCGGGACGCGAAGACGAGGGUGAGCAGCUGGAUUAGGGAGGGAGGAGGGAGGUGUGGACGGAGCAGGGGUUCGUGUCCUGGAUGUCUUUGUGUCGCAUUAACCGUCAACAAUUUGGAAACUAUAGAUUCAAAAAUCAGAUCAUCUGCAAUUUAAAAACUUCAAUGUGUGAAUUCAUAGAAAAAGCUGGGGGAGAGGAAGGUGGUUUGAGGUGGGUUUCAAAGGUAGGAAGAUGGUUUAAGGUGGGUUUCAAGGGAAGGAAGGUGGUCCAAGGUGGGUUUCAAAGGUAGGAAGGUGGUUCAAGGUGGGUUUCAAGGGUAGGAAGGUGGUCCAAGGUGGGUUUCAAGGGUAGGAAGGUUGUCCUAGGUGGGUUUCAAAGGUAGGAAGGUGGUCCAAGGUGGGUUUCAAAGGUAGGAAGGUGGUCCAAGGUGGGUUUCAAGGGAAGGAAGGUGGUCCAAGGUGGGUUUCAAAGGUAGGAAGAUGGUCCAAGGUGGGUUUCAAGGGAAGGAAGGUGGUCCAAGGUGGGUUUCAAGGGAAGGAAGGUGGUCCAAGGUGGGUUUCAAAGGUAGGAAGAUGGUCCAAGGUGGGUUUCAAAGGUAGGAAGGUAGUCCAAGGUGGGUUUCAAGGGUAGGAAGGUGGUCCAAGGUGGGUUUCAAGGGAAGGAAGGUGGUCCAAGGUGGGUUUUUAAAGGUAGGAAGGUGGUCAAAGGUGGUUUUAAAGGUAGGACGGUGGUCAAAGGUGGGUUUCAAGGGUAGGAAGGUGGUCCAAGGUGGCUUUUUAAGGGUAGGAAGGUGGUUCAAGGUGGUUUUAAAGGUAGGACGGUGGUCAAAGGUGGGUUUCAAGGGUAGGAAGGUGGUCCAAGGUGGCUUUUUAAGGGUAGGAAGGUGGUUCAAGGUGGUUUUCAAAGGUAGGAAGGUGGUUCAAGGUGGGUUUCAAGGGAAGGAAGGUGGUCAAGGUGGGUUUCAAGGGUAGGAAGGUGGUCCAAGGUGGGUUUCAAAUGUAGGAAGGUGGUCCAAGGUGGGUUUCAAGGGAAGGAAGGUGGUCCAAGGUGGGUUUCAAGGGAAGGAAGGUGGUCCAAGGUGGGUUUCAAAGGUAGGAAGAUGGUCAAAGGUGGGUUUCAAGGGAAGGAAGGUGGUCCAAGGUGGGUUUCAAAGGUAGGAAGGUGGUCCAAGGUGGGUUUCAAGGGAAGGAAGGUGGUCCAAGGUGGGUUUCAAAGGUAGGAAGGUGGUCCAAGGUGGGUUUCAAGGGAAGGAAGGUGGUCCAAGGUGGGUUUCAAGGGAAGGAAGGUGGUCCAAGGUGGGUUUCAAAGGUAGGAAGAUGGUCCAAGGUGGGUUUCAAAGGUAGGAAGGUAGUCCAAGGUGGGUUUCAAGGGUAGGAAGGUGGUCCAAGGUGGGUUUCAAGGGAAGGAAGGUGGUCCAAGGUGGGUUUCAAAGGUAGGAAGGUGGUCCAAGGUGGGUUUCAAGGGUAGGAAGGUGGUCAAAGGUGGUUUUAAAGGUAGGACGGUGGUCAAAGGUGGGUUUCAAGGGAAGGAAGGUGGUCCAAGGUGGGUUUCAAAGGUAGGAAGGUGGUCCAAGGUAGGUUUCGAGGGUAGGAAGGUAGUCCAAGGUGAGUUUCAAAGGUAGGAAGGUUGUUAGAAGCAGGUUUUAAAGGUAGGAAGGUGGUCCAAGGUGGUUUCAAAGGUAGGAAGGUUGUCUGACGUGAGUUUCAAAGGUAGGAAGGUGAGUUAUAAAGGUAGGAAGGUGGUGUGAAGCGGGUUUCAAAGGUAGGUAGGGAGAGCAACAGCAAAGCCCCUUUCAAAGAUAUUCUUGUACCCUCUCCCACACGGGGUCACUGAGUUCCCGCUCUACUUCAAAUAAUAAUGACAAACCCUCCUAGAAAUCGUUAAUUUCGUAAACGAUUGACGGUUGUUUGUUGACACACAAAUAUCAGCUGAAUCGUAAAAGUAUGGAGAACGCAUAAAACAAAACAAACAUUUAAUUCUCUGUUUAAUUUUUCUGAGCAGCGACCAUUAUUGCUAACGCGUAUCUGCUUUCAAGGCGACAACGUAACGAAACCGCUAGCUUACAUCUCGCUCAUGUUACUGUAGAAGUAAGACGCUGUGACUCAUUUUAAUCAGGAACAGUUUCAGAGGCUCUAAACAAGUCCUUUCCACCCCAGUCUUGCCUAUGUCCUAAGUUUCCCUACAGGGCUGUAGCAGAAUAAGCUAGCUGCUAGCUUCUCGCUAACGCACCAAGAAUAUUGCACUUACAGAUUUGCACUAAAAGCGCUGGAUAACUGAAAAUGUUUGGUCUCUCUGAUGUGAGCUGUAGCCAACAUUACCCCCAGUGUUCGGUAACUUGCACUAACUAGCUAACUGUUAGCACUGAUUGUAAAACCGUCUGAGUAACUUUUCAUUUAAAUUACAGGCUGUUACAAUUUUAACAGUAAUGACUAAAUGUUAAAAGCUUUUAAGCACAAAAAAAGAAUUUUAAAACAAUGAUUUUAAGAAUGUUGUCAAAUAUUCUGAAUUUCUAAAAUCACUUUUUUCUUUAUAUUGAAUUUGCACUGAAAUAAAAACAGCAUUGUUAAAAAAGCAAAUAAUGAAUUAUGUUUUAUUUUGGUGUUUUAUUUAAAUUUAAUGAUAAUGGAUGUAAAGAAAGAAAAGAAAUAAAAACAGGAUUUGUUCAUGUGAGAUCCAGUCAAUGUGAUUAAAUGUAUAAAACCAUAAAUUCAUAAAUCCUCUGAAAAUCCUCCAAACUUUGAGCUGCAGGAAGUCCAUCAAAGUUAUUUCCUGUAAUUGAUCCGUGACUGAUUGAUGAUCGCGUGACGAUCCCUGCAGGACAAAAACAAGUUAUAAGAAGAUAUUUUUUAAUCAAUUGUUUGGUUAAAGUUUGUGAAUCUGUCGUCUUAUCUCGUCACUCUGACUCCAAAUGAAAUCUGUGAUCUGCUCCUGAUUGAAGACGACGUCUGUUUACAUCCUCUGACCCAGUUUGACUCUUAUCUCCUCCUGUUGAACAUUUGGACGAUUUCAUGCUCCAGGAUAUUAUAACAAGAUGUCCGCACAGCUGAGCUGUUGAUCAUUUUCUUUUUUUCAUGCCUUUCUUUUGUUUUUAAGAAGAAGAAGAAAAAAACACGUGACCCAGUUUGAUGUCUGCUGAGGUUUAAGUUAUGUUGGCCCGUAUGGUUUUUGCACUCUGGUAACCCCGACCCCAGUGACCCCGGUUCAGGAAUGUGAGUUUGCAGAAGGUCCCACAGUAGCUGACAGAAGCAUGUUAGAGGGAAACAAAGAGCUUAAUUCUCACUUUUAAGUAAUUUCACUGAUAUUUGAAUGUAAGCUGGGCAGUUUAAUGUGAGAUUUAUGCUCCGUAGUGAUCAGAUAAAGAGCCAAAAUCUGCAUUUUCUCUUUUAAAAUAGAGAAAGUCUCACUGACAUUACUAAUGACCACACUGUAUAAGACAAGGAAAUCUCUUUACACCUUCAUGACUUCAUACAACAGACCCUAACAUACAUGUACAAGCCUCACUGGGCGAUAAACCGAAAAUUUACGACAAUAACCAACAUCAUUUUGCUCAUGUCGGGAUAUUCAGGGUCAAAAAAGUUGUUUUUGGAUGUGUGUAGGUAGGUUAUGGUCUCAUGUCCCUUUAAGACGCUGUCCUACAUCAGAGACGUGACUCCAUCCCAUCCAGUCUGUAACAAAGAGGGAAAGACAGGUGAAGAGAUGGAGGAUGGUUCAAAAGUUGGAGCGGCUGAAGUAGACAAAGUUAAUGUGGGAGGGGGUGAGCAGCUGGUGGAGUAGUUAGGUGAACUGAUCAAUAUAUCGGGAUAUUGAUUUGAGGACAUAUCGCCCAGCUCUAGAAGCAUCUAUGAUUUUGAGUUGUUCGUUAAAAGGACAACUGGACUUAAUUGGGACGUUUCGCCCAAGGUUCUGUUUGACAUGUUGGUCUGACCUGAACGGGUCCAGAUCCAUCUGAGUAGAUCUGCUGUGUAAAAAGUAACACACCUGUCUGCAGGUCCACCUGGUUCUUAAAGGGAAUGAGAGCAGACACACUGAUUGGUCUGACUCAUGCUCGUGCACGCACUGUUUCACUCUUUGUUUUCUAUAUUUUAAUUAGAGCUUAAUGUGUUAUCCAUUUAUCCACAAGCGCCUCAGAUGACCUUCAGCUCAUUUCUCAAGGUCAAAGUUCUGAGAUUUUAGUCGACGCUCUGAGGUUUAAAUAUCUGAAUGAGAUCCUCAUUACCCCUGACAAACAAACAACCUCCGAACAAAGACUCAGCCUUUCCCCUCUUUUCAUUGGACGACUGACACGCCGGCUCAUUUGCAUUUUAUAUUUGAUGUCACAUCAAAGGAUCCUCUGGACUGGAAAACGCCGCCGAACAACACGUAUGCCGACGUUUCUCCAGGGGGGGUCAGUGUAAUUAUCUGCAGUUUGUCUCUGCUAUUGUUUGUUUUUGCCACGGGCUGAAAAUGUGUGUGUGUGUUUGUGUGUGUGUGUGUGUGUGCGUGUGUGUGAUUCUGAGUGUUUAUGACAAGGUGAUAAAAUGUGGAUACAGUCUGUACGUUUCAAACUCUGUAUGUCUGAACAUAAAUGGGUCCCUCCUGUUUUAACUGGAAUAGCUGGGAGCAGCACUGGUGUUAGACAAAGCUCUAAUUAUGUUAGCUUUACACACACACACAAACACACACACACACGAUUACUUUGCCUUCAGACCCCCGUCUAAGCUCAGCAGAUUGAAUUAAAGCCUCUCGCCAAACUAAAUCACAUUAUCUUUCCUCCAAAUUUUACAACCACUCUGAUGGCUAUAAGCCGGUAAUUCCCAGCCAAGGGUACUUGUAGGCUGCUGAGGCAGGUGCCAGGGGGUAUAUGGAGGGAUUUAAACUCCAGUUAUUGGGAAAAAUAGACGUUUUCUAUCCUCUCUGCUCUGCUUCUGUAAAACGAGACGAGUCUAUUUCAGUAGCAGUGCUUAAAAAGUCACAUUAGUAUCUCGGGGAUGAUAUUUGUGUGAGGAACUUUGAGUUUGGGAAAUCUUUGAUAGUGGAAAUAGAGAAAAUAAAUCUGUUUUAGUGGCACAAUUACUAAAAUCAGCUGUUACCUACCUCUGCCAGCAGUUUGAGACAUCGAAGCUAACUCUAUGGGUAAUUCUUUGCUUUUAAGGGUCAUUAAGAGGCUUUAAUAUUGAUUUCAGUGAGUUUCUUAUUACCAAAAAAUCCUCACAGCAGCUUUAAACGUCAUUUAGAUAUUCUUAAAAAAUGUUAGAAUUGGUAAAAGUUACAAAAAAUAGUUAAAAAGAUGAUGAUUUAUUAAUUUAUGGUCAAGAAGGGUUAGAAAAAGUUGAAAAAGUUGCUCAAAUCUGUGAAAAAAUGCUCUUAUUAAAAGUCUGAAGUCAUGUAUCAAUGAUGCCCAUAAAAGAUCAACCAAAAGGACGUCAAAACAACCAGAAAAAAAGUCAUUUAAAGUUAAUAACUGAGUAUAAAAUAGGUCCGCUGAAACAGAAUAACUGUCAGACAGUCGUGUCAUCAGGUUGGCUAACGAUGCUAGCUUAACGGAGUGUAUAUUUCAAAUAAAUAAACCCUUUUACGUUGUUACCACAUGACAAACAGCUGUUUUCAGAAAGUCAUAAAACAUUUAAAAUCAAAUAAUUUGAAUUUAAGGCCUUAAAAUGUCUUAAAUUAUCUUAAAACCUCAUAAAAUGUCUUAAAUACAAAUUUGAAAUGUCUUAAAAAUGUACUGAUGCUACUUAAAAAUAAGAAUUAAUUUGAAGUUAGUUUAAAAAGUUCUGAUUCCCUUCACAGAUGUAAAAUGGAUCUUAAAUUGUUUUCAUUAUGUCUUAAAAAGUCUUAAAACCUCUUAAAUUUGACUCGUUGAAACCCUGUUUGUUUUAGAUUCAUAUAAAUUCAGGACCUGGUGGACGGUCCUGGGAAAAGGGGGCCCGUGAGUCAGUCCUGCAGAGCUCCGGGGCUGCAGCGUAAGGACUCGGGUUGUAAACAAGCUUUUAUCUGCUGCAGCGGUGAGAGUCCUCGAACAGCCUCAGAUGAUAAAACUCUCUUAUCCUGCCGUGAAUUUACAGUUUUCUCUUUUUCUGUCGCGGUCGUCAGGACUAGAAACGGCCCCCAGCUGAGCCUUUGAUCAGCCCGGUGAUCAGCGGGGGGACGGGGGUUUACAUCCUCUCUCUCUCUCUCUCUCUCUCUCUCUCUCUCUCUCUCUCUCUCUCUCUCUCUCUCUCUCUCUCUCUCUCUCUCUCUCUCUCUCUCUCUCUCUCUCUCUCUCUCUCUCUCUCUCUCUCUCUCUGGGUGGAGAGGUAGGAGGACAGGGUUGAAGUUUGGUCCUCAUGCCUGCUGUGAUGAGACUCUGAGGGUGUCUCAUGAAUAAAAAUCGAGGGUUUCUCUCAGUCCAGGUCUCUAGUCUGAUGAUGUUUGUGUGUUUGUGUCAGUCUGGCAGACCUUGUGUCUCCACACAGCCCUCCCACACAAACAUUCAAGUUUCCCUCACCCUCCUCCCCACUCCCUUUUCCUUCCCCACGCUCCCCCGCUGCUCCAGAGUGGACAGAGCGGCCUCAGAAAAACACAGACCUGGACUUAGAGGACUGGUUUCGUAAGUCCAGCAGAAUCCACCUACGGACAGAGGAGAGCCUUGUCUUUGAGACUCGGACUUCAUGAACUUUAUGGAUCAGGAUUCAGAGCUCUGAGAGUCUCAGAUCUGCAGGAGUUAGAGGAAAGACUGAGACACUGAGAAACGAGCUUUCAUCAGAAUUUUAAGUUCCUCCUCGAUGAAAUUAAUCAGUUUUAUUAAGAAAUAAAUAAUAACAGUAUAAUGCAAUUUAAUGCAGUGGUUCUCAACUGGUGGGUCCCGACCCAAAAGUGGGUCGCGAACAGCUGGUCAAAAAAGUAAAUAUUUAAUGUGGAUCUGAUGUUUGACGUGUCUUUUGUUCUGAGUGUACAGACGCUUAUCUGAUAUUUAGAGGGAACUUUUGAAUGUUUAAUAUCCUGAAAGAGCAGCCAGAGAGCGUGUUUUAUAUCCUAUAUACUGCAGGAGCUCAUUUAUUUUACUGUUUUAUAUUUUAAAAGGUUAUCCAGGAGACAUUUAUUAACAUGAAAUACAAUAAAAGAGCUUUUUUUUUUACUUUACUACGAACUUUUUUACCCUUUAUGAACUAAAACAGCAUCUAGAAGAACUUUUUAUGCUUUAAUUAACCCGGAGCAGCUUAAAAAUUGAACUUCUUGAAAAGGAAAUUUACAGUGGGAAAACAUCUAGAGGUUAUUUUUUAUGCUUUAUAAACUUUUUACCUGAAACAGGAUCAUUUUUAAUCUUUAAACUCGUCACUGUCUUCAUCUCUCUUCACUGUUUCUGUCUCACCCUGUUGUUUUCUAAGUUUAAAUUAUCCGUCUUUUUCGUUCCUGUUGGUCUCAGUUCACUCUGUAGGGAUCUGAUGUUGUCUGGAUCUCAUGGGUCACAGUGAUUGGAUAAAUUGAUCGGCUUGUUUACUCUUCUAUAAUCUUAUUUCUAUCCUAAAUAAACCUGUUUUUAAAGCUGCUGCGUGAACAGAGUUAUCUUUAAUUUAUCUGAGGAGGAAGAGUUACGACCCCCGACACAAAGGUCACUGAACUUUCCACAGCCAUAAGAGUCCGCCUGGAGACGGUUCAGGACCGGACUGACCUGAGAGGUCUCAGUCCUCAGUCCUGCAGCUCCACUGGUCGGGUCACUUCUGCACAUGCUCAGCUGCAGCGCCGCAAUAAACGCUCACAGUUGGAGGAGCUGCUUUGGCUUUAAAUCUCAACGGCAUCAACAAGAAGAAGAAGGUCUGCAGAGGCCUCAUCAGAACCGAACCCUGUUUUUGGAAUCCAAAUGAGAUCCUGUGUUUUAUUUUCCUUCUGCUCAUAAAUCCAGAGUGAGAGUCUGAAUCUUCUACAAAGAGCAGCGUCUCCAAACCUCCUCUGAAGUGUUUGAAACGACUCCUUAACUGCUGUGACCGAGAGCUCAGCGGGGAGCCGGUCCAACACUUCACGACGAGGCUUUUCUUUAUUCAAAUUUAUGACUUUAAAAGGAGGAAUUUCUGUCAGGACCCGAAACCCUGGAGUUCAAAGAUAAAUUCACCCAUUAGGAGAGAAAACCCGGGGAGCGAAACGAGCUUCAUCCAGCUAAUGAUGUUUAUAAUAAACCUUUUACUGUAAUUAUUAUUCUCCUAUUAAAGGAGCAGGACAAACAUUUCUCUUUUGACCUGACUCUGAGUGAUGCAGCUCUGGAUUUCACAUCCACUCAUCAAAACUUCACACCCCAAAAGGUAUUUAAAGACACACAUGAAACCUAAUUUUGAACCUUUAAUUUUGGAUGAAAAGCCUCCAAAUUUGUGAUUUUGCAAAAUUAAUCCACUAAUUUAAUUUCCUCUCAUUUUAAUGAACCUAAAAACCUGCAGCAGAUGAAAUGAAAUGAAAUCUCAAACUCUGCAUCAUUUAAACCCGACCCACUCGAGUCCUGCAGCGCUCUGCAGCUUCACUAACGGGGUCUCUCUGUCUUUUGCAGAAUUCGCCUGUCUGGAGCCCAUGGGGAUGGAGUCAGGGGAGAUCUCCUCCGAGCAGAUCACCGCCUCCUCCCAGUACAACUCCAACUGGUCUCCUGAAAGAUCACGUCUCAACUACCCGGAGAACGGCUGGACGCCCUCGGACGACACCGUCAGGGAGUGGAUACAGGUCAGAGCUGUUCGGCUUCGUUAAAGUCAGGGGGAUCUGAACUCAUGUCACAUCGCUCCUCAUUUCACAGUCUGAGCUCAUAACGCACGUGUGUUGCUGACGGCGCUCCUCCGAUUGAACCUGACUACACCUCCGAGAUCUGCCGCACAUCUGGUCUGAAUAUUGCUCACUCAGUCGAAGCGUUUUCUCCGCACGUUAUCGAGAGAAAGAAAUGAAGCGGCGUGAAUUAUUCAUUAAAAUCUGACAUUUUCUUACACUCACUGUGAAAUCAAACAAAGCGGUCUGUGGUGGAGUUAUCUAAACCACUCCACCGCAGGUUUAAUUUGGCAGAUUUAAGCUCCUCGUUUUUACUCAGAGAAGUUGGAUUUAGUGUCCGGUGAGUUUCAGGCAGAUCAUGAAUCAAACGUGGUGCGUUCAAGGACUGCUUUUUGAUUAGAAACAGCCCAACGUCUCUGAUAAGAGCAGUUUGAAUCCUCUAAACGACGAGGAAAGGAGCUUUGUUACCUUCUUUAUAACAGAGGAUACACCCGAGGAGAGAAGGAAAGAUGACUCUUAACUCUGUCGACGAGCCUGACAACAAACGAUCGGUACAACAACACCUGAUUGAAGCAAACGUCACUGAAUUAAAGCGACGACAUCAUUUCAGUAACUCUUAUUUCUUCUCGUCGGAGCCAAACUCUAUAAAAUAGUUGAACUUCCUGUCUGUCGGUUAACUCUAACGUAGAUCACAUACUUGGACGUGCCGGUGAGGUGCGGCUGAAGUCCAGGACUGUCCCAUUGUCCAGGACAGGAACUCAUAGAGGAAGACUCACAUUGUCCCUCGCACUAAAGACAGACCCUCGCUUCCUUCCUGAGAGUUACAACAGGAAGUACACAGGAAGACAACCUCGGUGCCAAAUUAGUAGCAGCGUCUCUCUAUUGUCUGUCUGGGGACUUGUUUCAGCUGCUGAACCUGCUGGGGCUGUGAUGAUAGAAAGACCAGGUUUGAUCCCACUAAAGGGGUCAAAACUCAGAGUUAGUCUGACUAAGAUGUUUUUCAUUUAGAGUUUGUUCUGGAAAAUUACAGGAAAAAUAUCAAACAAGAUUUUUAUUUUGGUUCUGACACCAACAGAUAUAACCUCCAUGUCUGCGCUACGACUUCUGAACAGUUUAAUAAUAACAUGAAUCUUAUAAAAUCGAUAAGUAUAAUAUCAUAUCAUACCCUAACAAGUAUUGUAUCCUAUUGCAUCAUGUCACAAAAUCUAUUGUGUCGUAUCAAAUAGUAUUGUAUCAAACUGUAUCAUCUCAUAUUGUUAAGUUAAGUAAGAUACAGUGUUGUAUCGUAUCUUGAAAUAUCGUGUCUUAUUGCAUAACAUCGGAAUUAUCUUCAAAUAUCAUAUUUAAAAAAUAUCGUAUCUUAUUGCAUCGUAUCGGAAUUGUCCUAAAAUGUUUUAUUGUAUCUUUAAAUAAAAUAUCCUUAAAUAUCGCCUCCUAAAAUAUUGUAUCUUAUUGCAUCAUAUCGGAAUUAUCUUAAAAUAUUGUAUCUAAAAAAUAUCGUAUCUUAUUGCAUUGUUUCGGAAUUUUCCUAAAAUAUCAUAUUGUGUCUUAAAAUAUUGUAUAUCAUCAUCUGGUAUCAAAACUAUCUUAAUAUAUUGUAUCAUGUAGUAAAAAAAACAUUAUCUCUUGAAUCACCUCAUUGUACCUUAUCAUAAUGAAAUCCAUGGUAAUCAAUUAUCCUGUAUCUGUGUAUAGAUCAGCCCUCAUACAGCUGAUAUUACUAUCACCUUUAUUAAUGAAAACACAUCGUUCCCAUCUGUCGUUGACAUCAUGACAAAUCAAAAAAUCAGUGAGAAAAAAAAUUAUCAAAAAUCGACCAAAUAACAAACAAAAACAAAGAGAAUUAAUAUUAAUGAUAUAAAAUAAUUAUAAAUCACAGAGUUCGAUCAGUGAGAGGAAUAAAACUCGUUUAAAUCAACAGAAAUAAACAGAAGUUGAAUCAAACGACCUACUUUUCACUUCUUUUUUCAUGGACUGCAGGUGUUCAUCUUAAACUAAUAUCUAUACAUCCAGUCGCAGCAUUAUAACCGUAACAAUGAAGAAAGCAAAACAAUCUGACUCACAAUCCUGAGAAUCUACAGUUCCCCGUCUUCCUCCCCCGUGAGUCUCUCUCUGAUUUAUACAAUCGCAGCAGGAUGAGUCAGGGAGAGUGAGUCAAAGACAUAAACACGUACAUCAGGGAAUAAAUACUCCCAUAAAAAGGUUAAACAUUCGAGGAAGAGCUGAAAUAACAGAAAAAGAGCAGCGUUCGGCUUUGAGGAAGGGUGUCCUGAAGUUUUCUGGAAAUUUUCAGGGGGUCACGCGUUGAUCCGCUCCCUCCGGACCUGAACUCUGGACUCAGUGAGGCCUCUGACUCUCGACUUUUCUCUUUUAUACGAUGGAGUGCGUUUCGUGGCGAGCUCUCCGGCUCUUCAUCCGUCUUACUUGAGCAGAAAUUAUGACUUCGUUAAUUUUUGCACGCCUGCCUCCUCCACUGCAAACACCUCCAUUAGUCAUCUAAAGGCGCUCGUAUAUUAAUACCACAUACCUCCGUUAACACCGUCUCCAGGUUUCUAUUCAUAAUGCUGUCAGGGAGAUGUUACCCGGUGGCAAUUUGGACCGCCGCUCCACCACCUCAUUAUUAUCUGGCUUUAUGAUAAAUCUCUAAUCUUAUUCUGCAUGGUGGUGACUCACUUCAUCAGCACGCUUGAUUUUUCCAACCAAAGAACAGCUUCCAGAUCUAAAAACACAUUUUUACCAACGCACAGAAAGACAGAGUGAUAAACGGGAGAGUCACCGCUGCAGAAACAGAGUAAAUUCAGACUUUUGUUUGAGCUUUAAUGGGAAAAUUACAGAUCUGAAAUAUUAGAAUUUCAAAAAUGAACAUUUUAAAAAGGAAAGGGCUCAACCAAGUCAAAGAUUCACUUUUAAAACAGUGUCUUUUAACACUGACAUAAAAGUCUGAAAUAUAUAUUAAUACGGAAGCUGAACUCAGUAAAAGGAGCUUUUUAUGCAGGUUCAGAUGUGAAAAUUACAAAUUAAUUCAUAUUUGUCAAAGCAGAUUCACAAGUUUUAGCAGCUCAAAUAAAUAUAGAUGAGGAAUUUGAAGUUUUAAAGCCUUUUAAGUUCAUUUCAAACUUACACAUGACAUAAAAGUGUCCAAAAAAAUCUCAAAUAAGGAACAAGAACAAAAAGAUAAUCAUAAAAUCAGCUUUAAAAAACUUCCCCUGCCAUGUAAAAUGAUUUUUGAUGGAAGUUUAAAUUAAAAUGACAUAAAAAAGGAUAAAUCUACUGUAAAUGAAAAUAAAUUUAUAAAGAACUGAUUCCUUUCAUGAGUUUAAGUGAGUUUUAGUCAGAAAAAUAUGAGUAUAUCCAUACUUAAAGCUCCUGUGUCUGUCUUGAUUUUGGCGCCCCCCUGUGGACAAAAUAAUACCAUAACUAAUCCUGUCUUAAUCUUGUAAAAAGAGGUUAAUUAACAAAAAUCCCCUAUGUGAAUAAAAUUGUCACUGUUAAAAGACAUUUAGCAGUUUUCACCUUGUCCACCAGGGGGCACCAAAUAUAACAAAAACUAAAACUUUCUCACUGGAUCACUGCGAUGACCAGAAAGCCAUUUUUAAAUAUCGUAUAUGGCGAAGAGUUUCAGUGUUAAAAUGAAAUAAAUGGAGAUGUUAGUUAAAACAGGAUUUACAUAUGUAUUGGAUUUAACCAUUAAAGACUAAAAAUGCAGUAUUUGUCCACAGGGGGGCGCCAGAAUCAACUCAAACUGAAUUUGUGGUUACAACCUUGUUUAAUUUGAGUUCAAACUUUUGCCGAGGAAACAGAACAAACAGAAAAAAGUUUAAAUUAAAGUUUGAAUUAAAUUAAAUCGACUCAAAGACUCUUGAGCUCGAUAAAGUCUGAUGAGACGAGACAGAGAGGACAGCAUGUCAAACACAGCUGAGCGGCGAGCGCGUCCCUCAGGUCCGUAGUAAACUCUCCUGUUAUUGAAUCCCGUGAUGUAAGCCCAGGAAAGACUUCCUGACUCCAGGUAUUUAUAGACCUCAGCGCCGUUUGUCUUGAGGAUCUGUUUGACGCCACCAGGAAGAGCUCAGCGACCUGCAUCUGGAGAACAGAUCUGAGGCCUUGUGUUGUUGAAACAGAGGUCAGGAGGGAAACCGUGACACAAAAGAUCCUCCGGAGACUUUUAAACGGUUUCAUUAUCCAGAGCAGACCUCUGGAGGGAUGAAGAAGUGGACUCCCAGAGCUCAGCUGCAACAAUAACCGAGAGAAACCACAACACAAAUCAGAUUUAUAGACGCAGAGACCAACAUGUGAGGAAACGUUGGAGGUUUCUUUCAACGUUUUUGGCUUUUUCUCGAUCGUAAAUCUGAGUCUCCUCCGCGAAGACGAAACUGUGAUGAAACUGGAGUUAAGUCACCGUCAAUAAAACAGAAUAAACCCCCUGAAGCCAAAGACAAACAUUUGAUCAUCCAGUCCGAGUUUAUGAGCUCCAACUCAGUUUUCACAAAGCUCAGCGGUUCAGUUAACUGUAGAGUAAAGUCGUUUAGGGGAUAUAGGUCUGUCCAGUAAGAUUUAGAGCCUCUGUGUGGUGACUCCCACCACAGAGUUUUAGACUUUUCCCAUCCACCCCCUCCAGAAAACCCUUUUCAUACUCACAUUUCGAACCUGUUGCCUCCUCACCUCGUCUUAACAAACGUUUAAUUUUAAGGAUCAAACUCUCUAAAAUUAAACACGUCUUUAUCUCUGUUCAGAGCUUGAGAAUUCAGUGAUUUCUUCUCUCCCAUGAGCCUCUGCUUCCCCCGGAGAAACGGCGCUUUCUUAAAUAAACACAGAGCCUCAGAUGAGAGCGGACUCACUGAGGCUCUUUUCUUUUACUAUCAGUGCUAAAGCAGUUUCCUGUUUUGGCAGGACGUAGCAGUGUUUGCUGUUCAAUCUCAUUUAGCCACACUAGACUGAAUUAUAUCCCCUUCCUGCUGUUUGUUCCCUUCAUUAAAAAAGCUCCAAGUGUGACUAUUUUCUGGGGCGUAAAUGUGGGCACUGCCAAACGAAGAGGAAUCAGAAGAAGGUGGAGCGUUUAGCCUUCAACGUUCGAUGGAGGGAGUCAGGAGAGAGGGCGCCACGGAGAAAUAUGUAAAAAUCAUCAACCUGUUUAAAUCCACCUCUGUGACAUCUGAUACCUGUUAGGGCCACAGAAGGGUGAGGACCCUCUUUAACCCUUUACCCCCAAUCUCCACCGCAUCCAGAACAUCUACGAAAAGGUCGUAUCCUCCGAUCGUAGCUGAUCGUAACCAUUCAAGUUAACGUGUCAAUUUACAUCGACUUCUUUCCGUUCCUCUGCGGAUCGCCGGACUCCUCGGCUGAUCACAAGAGUUCUAUUUUUUCUGGACGCCGGAGCAUGGCGGAUAAAUUCAGCACAGAUUAACCCGUGCUGGAAAGGAAGUCGGGCACAGACACAAAAUAAAACAUCCGGCUUCUUUUCAAAAUAAAACACUUCAUGUUUCAGGAGGAUCGUAUUUCACACCAUGCAAACGGGCGGAGACGAACAAGUGAAAGGUUUUUAGACGUCAUUUCACCCCGAUGACACCAUGGAUGAGGAGAUGCUGAUUCUAGAAGUCUAGAAGUAGAUUUCCUCCUCUGGAAGGACACAAUCUACUGCUUAUAUGUCUAUGUGGCUAAAGAGACAACUUGUUUUAGAGCGAUUGAACGUGAAUCCGCAGGUUCUUGUGAGUCCUCACGAUUCCGGCCGUCCAUAACCUGCCACGAAAUUCGCCUCACCAACAGAUCCGGUAGGAAUUGGUGGACGGCCAAAAUCGCUGCUGUUUCAGAUCAGAGCUGUUCCGAAUGCGGUGAAAAUUGGGGGUUAGGAUCUUAAUCUGUUUGCCAAAUCAAAAUACUGCUCCAUAACGUCUUCUAAAGGUUUCCACAAAUCCUUCUUGUAGAGGUUUGCCCUGUUUUUAGGGUUUAUAUUCAAACAAACUAGUUCUGAGGUUUCAUCCAAUCAACUUCAAGUAUUCACAGAAUAUAACGAACACAUUAAAGUUUCCAAAAGUCUGAGAUUGUUACAACGGGUGCAGAAAUGAUUGGCCAUGGAACAGGAAGUCACUUUAUCUCCGCCGUGCAUGCUCCAAUCCGACCAAAACCCACAUUAAUAAAGUCAUACUUGAUUACAGUCAUAGUGCCCUCUAGUGGCAGCAGGAAGAUGUCAUGCUAACCCCUAUCUUCCUGGUGAGGAUAUCUGCAUGACUUGAGCUCAGAUUGUCCUUCACAUGUUGGCGUUUAUAGGCACUGAAACUGUGAUUUUCUUAAAGGGGGCGUGGUCACGGCGGUGUGUUGAAUUUCGAUUCAGACAUGACGUCUUCUCAUUAAACAUUAAACUCAGCCCGACGUCAACAUAUCUGUACGACAGUCAGAUCCUGUCAGGUCGACCAAACUUCCUCAACAUGCUUCUGGUCCAUCCAAAGACCUUAACGCCGACGCCCCUUUAGAGCGCUCAGGUCCAUGCUAAACCCUGAUCUUUGAAAUAGGUGCGAUUAGUGGGCGUGGCCUUAACUGAUCAUUUAGCCUCAAAAUUCCGCUCUUAGAGCAGGUUUGAUGGUGUACUUGAGUGGGCUGAUGUGGACCCGUAUCACAAAACCAACAGGAAGUCCAUAAUUUUUGACUUUUGGGAAACUUGGAUGUUGUCAUAGCAACUCCCAAGAGUUUGACAAGCGACAAAUUAUUACCUGCUACACCACAACGUGCACUAAACCCUUCUUUCAUAGCUCCUGAUCAGCUUUGAUUGGAUGUCUGAGACUGUUUUAGGGCAGUUAGCAGUCAGAGAGCGAAUAAAUCAAAGUUUCAUCGAUUUUAUUUUAAAGAAUUAGAAAUAUCGUAAACUUUUACCAUCACUUGGAUGAUCAUAUAAGGAGCGCUUUCUGGUUGUUGUGAAUGAAGAGACGAUAAACCAAAAUAAGAAAUACUUUGUCUUUGUCACAUCCAGCAUGUGUGGGAUACGUCUCGUGGGAAUUUGCAUUUAGGACGCAGCUGCCGAGGGAUCCCAUGAAACAUGUUCUCCCAGUGGUCUCCUGUCAGCCCGCACAGCAGACCCACCAGAAGUUAUUUUCUCCUCUUGUCCUGAAAAAGCAACAGAGGGGGGAGUUAAAUAAUGGCCUCUGGUCUCUUCACAUGUACAAUAUCAGAGCAGCGACGUCUGUUUGGUGUGUAAUUACACGGCCUGCUGUAUAUCACAGGAAUCCCACAGCGUGUUUAUUUCACUCACAGACUCCACUCUGUUUAGGAUGGAUGUUCAGAGCUAAACUGGAGUCACGCUUAUACAAACAGAUUGAUCCACUUCAUGCUCUGGUGCAGUUUGAUAACUACAUAUGGAGCUGCUUCCUAUAUCCCAGAAUAACUCUGUUUUUAUCAGUGUGGACAGAAAGCUCAUAUGUGGCACUGCAGCAGCGCUCGCUCUUUGAUGAUUGUGAUCUUUUUAUAUUCAUCUUUUUUCUUAUCUCUGCUCUUUUCAAGUAUUUUGAUCUGCCUUAUAUCUGAACACUUCUGCGCUAAAGUGAGAUAAAGUGCCUCGGCCAUCUGAGGAAGGCUUUUUCAUCUCUUAUGUAGCCCUCUGAUCAUAAUUUCAUAAGAAAACGGAAAAAAAAGUGGAGCUGAAACUUUUGAUAAUAUCACCCUCGGAGUAACUUAUUUCAAGAAACGCUUUGAACAAGUCAAACUUGAGUCUCUUUAAGUGUGUUUGAGACUGAAAACUAAAUCCAAUCACUUUACAGAGCAGAUGUUUUAUGUGGCUGUCUCUAUUUUAAGUGUGUCUGAGUCUCUGUAAGUGAGUUUGUAAAUUAAGAGCUCAAACUCGAUCAGGAUCAACACAAUGAACUGAGUCAGUCUGCUAACGUAAUCAAUCUGGGAAAGUCCCCGUCAGCCACCCGAGCUGAGAAAUGUCGGCUGUUUUAAACCCUGACAGCUAACUGCUUUGAAUCCGGAGCGUUAUUCCUAAAAUCACGAUCUUUGAAAGGCUUUAUUCUUUAAAUUCUGUCUGUAAGCUGCCGUGGAGAAGAAACAGGACGAGCUAACGGCUAAAACAACCUCUGUGUCCAGAUCUAAAACAUGUAGAUGUGUUUGUUACUUUAUUUAGUCCUUUUCACUCUUAACCCCCUGAGACUUUCCUUAAAACAUGACUUUCUUAUACUAACCAAAGCCAGAUGAAGUGAUGAAGUUAACCGAUUAGUCGCUAUUUUGUUCGGAGCGAUAAAAGGAUGUUUUUAGACUAGCUUCACUCUAAGACGGGAUGGGAAAAACGGCUACACCUCUGUGCUGUCAAGGUCAAAGUUUUUACUAAAUCACUCAGUACGUUUCCAUGACACUUGAGAAAACCGAAUUAUCGCCUUACUCCGAUUAAGACCGGGCAACUGAAGGUCAUGUAAACAACUUAGUCCGACAAUAAUCAGAGUUUAAGAACUUCGAUUAAGACACCCAGAUAAUGCGAUUGGAGUUCGAUUUUCUCUACCAGCGUAGUCGGAGUAUGAUCGGACAAUGCAUGUGUGCGUUCGUCCGAGUAGCGUACAUCUCAUCUUUAGAAAAAGUAGCGCGUCCAUCAUGUCGGACAAAAACAACGCUGUACGAUGCUCCAUCUUCUUGUUUCUCCAAAAUGCCCAGCAGCAGUUGUAGACACUUCUGACGUCUGACACCGACCUGCUGUUGUUGUUGACGGUUGUAUGGGGUCGGAAACAGCGCCGCUGAAAAGAUCCAUAUCGCCCCCUAGUGUUGGGGAGGAGGACACGUUCACGUCAUGACUCUUGCUGGUCAUGUGUAUCAUACCAGACCAAUAAAAUCCUUUCCUCUGAUCCCUUCAAGAAGUCCAGACAUUUGAGUUGUAUGUCUAGUUUUAGUAAUUUUUCACGGUACAAAUAUGAUUGAACCUUCCCUGAAGCUCUUGUGAGAAUCAAUAAUUGAUGAUUUUAGGUUAUCGAAGCGUUUUCUGUACUUUAAAGUCGAACUGUGACUUUUCACCGUGUAACAGAAAGUUAAGUUUGCUCGGUCAUAUCUCUUUCAAACCUCACACACAUGAUCAGAGUCCAUCCCUUUAGCAUAGCGCCACCCUGUGGAAAUACAUGCCAGUAACCUGAGCGUGCAAUAUCCAAUCUGCUCCUAUUUCACAAGUUUGAUGAAGCUCCUGGCCUGAACUCAUGUGUAUGUACAAUUAUGUCAUAUCAAUACUGCCAUCUAGUGGACACAAAUAGUACUAACUUUCCUAAAGAUUGUAGCUUAGUCCCCACCUACAGGUAAAACCAGCAGGUAACAGGUAAAUCUGCUUUAAACUAAACAGUCAUCCUGACAGCACCACAUAAGUGUGCACCAGCACGGCUUCACCACUAGGCUAACGCUGACUCCUCUGUUCUAUAUAUAUACAGAAAAAUGUGUGGUUUUCUCUAAUCGAGCUCACUUAUAUCUAAAAUCGUUAGUGUUCAACUUCGAUGUUUAAAGUAGAGCCACAAACUCGACCUGAUGUCAUGCAGCUACUUUUUAAACCCAGCUGUUAAAUAUUUAAUCCUUAUUUAUUCUCAGCUCCUCUUAUAAAAUCUGCUGUUAGCUUAACUCAACCUCUAAAUCCAGAGGGUUACACACACACACACACACACACACACACACACACACACACACAGGUCACACUCUAGUCAUUAGUGAUGCGGGCGGACAACCGUAAAAUUGAUCCUUAGCUGGUUCACACACACUCUGGCUGCCUGGUAUGCUCUAAAUGAGUUAGAUGCCACACACACACACACACACACACACACACACACACACACACACACUCCUCGGUAUCUCUGAAAACAGAGUCUUUCGGACUUCCUGGUGGAUCAGCGGCUCACGGCUCAGACCUCAUGUGUGUAACCCUGACACAACAGGCCGAAUUCGACACGUGACCUCAAUCCCGUGUCACGUUCUGUCCUCUUCUAGGAAAGGACUGAUUCAUGGACUAAAAAGGAACACAGUUUUUAGAAACACGGGAUGUUAUUUUAUAAUCCAGAGUGCCGUCUCUGAUUUCUGCGCUGUCUGUCGGGAUAAAAGGUUUGAGCUCUGAUCCGAACCCGCUCCGGUGUUUGGGAGGUGAUGGAUUCUGGGCAGACACAUUAUCAGGGCUGUUAAGUGGGCUUUUUAGACACAUCCCAAAACCACAGCGCCCACUUUGGAGACUGUUUGAGGUCUUUCCUCUUCAGCCGAAGCUGCUGGCAGCUCUGCUCUGCUGAAUCACACUCCUUCUGAAUCUUUAGUUUUUGCUCUAACCUUUUGUUCUCCAAACAUACAGAAGACCGACGUCAGAGCUCGAUCUACGACCUCCAUCAUACUCACACGAACCUCUUCAUCCACCUCCACGUUCAGGUCCUCUCUCUUCCCACUGUAAGUUUCACAGCCUAGAGAAACCUCAGGGUUUUAUAUCAAAGCGGCGAUGAAAACUCAAAUGAUGGAGAGGAUUUCCAGACCGUCAGCACCUCGUCUUUCCAGGACUAAGUGGGAGAGAAACUGAUGAAGGAGAAUACUCAUGACUGUAGACGCUUGUCAGCAGUUUAGCAGAGGAGUUCAUACUGAGUGUUUAAUGUUCCUGAAGAGGUUUGAGUUCUGUGCGGGAGAGGCGGUUGUCUUAAAAAAUGGGGUAGCCUAUCUCUCCAGUGUGCUGCUCUGAUUUUUCACUGUCUACUUACGGACGGAUCACACUUUAAUUAACGAGAGCCCAGCCUCCUUCCCCAUAUGCUUCAAACAAUACCAGUCAGUGUUGAAUUUGCAGGAUGAUACUCAUUGUCUCAUUAUGUUUAACCAGUACUCAAUGGUACAUGGAGAAACUGAAGUUCCCCGACUGAUGAAAAUACACGUUUUGAUUCAGAUUGUCUAUUUAAUUAACAUUUACCUUGAACAAACAGAAUUUUAUGACCGACCACAGUGAGUCUGAUUCAAAGCCAUAAAAACUGAACUCUCAUUUCUGUUAGAUAUCAGGAACUACACAGGAUUUUGUUGACAAUCUGUCCAUUAAAACAACAAAAGGGCACUUUGUUUACAUUGUUUACAUAAAAAAUGAAAUUAAUAGCACUUUAUUCUCCUUAAAUUUACUAAACAAGGAACUAGAGGCUAGUAUGUUGAUAUUUGGACCACUAACAAAGUAAUCACUUUGGCACUUUGUCUGUAUUUUGUUCAUUAUAGAGUAAAGAGAGGGCACUUUGUUUACAUUUGAUCUACUGAAGUGAACUCUGUUUACACAUCACAAAAUACCCACCAGAGGGCACAAUUUGUUUACACCAAAGCAAAGAUAAGACACUUUGUUUAAAUUUUAUCUUCCAAUGGGCACUUUGUUUACAAUUAAUUCAUGAAAGGGAACUUUGUUUACAUUGGAUAUCAGAAAAGUAUCCAGAUCGCACUUGGUUUAGUAUUUUCCCACUACAAAAGCCUCCAGAAGGACUUUUGUUUCCAUUUUAACCAUAAAAGAGCUCUUUGUUUACAUUAAUUUGACAAAGAAGGAACCAGAAAGCACUUUGUUUACAAUCUAUUCACUAAUACAAUGAGCAAGAGGGCAUUUUGUUUACAGUUUACCAGAUAAAGGGUGGUGUGUUUACACAUCAUAAACAAAAAGGCAACUGGGGACUUUGUUUACAUUAUUUCUAUUAAAGAGCACUUUGUAUUUAAUUGGAAAAAAGGGUAUCAAGGGGAACUUUUUACAUUAUCUGCUCAAGAGGCAACAAGAAGACUGUUUACAUUUUAUCUACUUGAGAGGAAUUAAUUUACAAAAAGCAUUAACAGGGAUCUUUUUUUUCAUGCUAUGUACGAUAAAGAAACCAGAUGGCACUCGAUUUACAAACUUGCACAAAAAUACAACUUAAAAACACUUUAUUUUCCUUAUUUUUACUUAUAAAGGACUAAAGGGCACCUUUGGGUAUUUUUUUAAGACUAAAGCAAUACAAAGGCCCCUUUUCCACUCUAUUUUCUGAUGGGCACUUUGUUUACAAUUAAUUUACCAACAAAGUUAAAAUCAGUUUACUUUUUUUUUCACUGGCAGGGUAUCUACAAGGACAGUUUUCAUGUGAUUUCUACCUUAAGUGCACCGGGCUGUGUCACUUUAUAAGGUUUUUCUUACUUUAAAAGCACUUAAGUGUCUUUUUGUAGACAUGAGGGCACCAGGAGUGAUCACCCCCUCUUAAGUCCACCUCCAUAGUCACCUAUAAUCCUGUUUGAUUUCUCUCUCACCCUUACCCUACUGCGCUUUCUCUCCUCCUCCAGGUGGAUUUGGGGUUCCUCCGGUUCGUCACCGCCGUCGGGACACAGGGAGCGAUCUCCAAGGAGACCAAGAAGCACUACUACGUCCGCUCUUACAAAGUGGACGUGAGCUCCACGGGGGAGGACUGGGUCACCGUGAAGGAGGGCUCAAAGCAGAAGGUAAUGAUGAGUCAGUUCUUGCUUUAACAACCCCGUACUUAUCUAAUAUUGAUGAGUUAAGACAGGCUCUGAAUCCUGAUGAAUGGGAGAGAGGUGUGGGCGGCUGAAUCAAUGUUUUUUUCAAGGCUGACAGCGUUUGGCAGAAUCUCUGAUCGGAGCCUCGACUGAGAGUCUGAUAAAAUCCAACUUUACCAUCUGAAACGGGUCUGAGAGUGACGCUGGUCAAAAUAAAUACAGAGGCAGCGUCCAAUGUUUCUUAUUAAGUGACUUAGUGAUAGCUGGGGCACAAAUGGACAUGAAACAGUGAAUAAACAGAGUAGUUAGAUUCUACGAUACAGAGAAUACGGUAGAUUCCUGCUUGAGAAGUAGGCCACUGUGGAACUGAAGCCGUGGAUUUAGCUGAUGUGGAAAACCGCUGCAUCCCCUGCAGGUGACUGAUAAAAAUAGAAAAGGGGACAUAGUAAAAGAAACGCUGAUUUGUGAUGUUUUCCUGUAUCUUCUGUACUUCAGAUCUUCCAGGGGAACCACAACCCGACAGACGAGGUCCUGGCCUACCUCCCCAAACAGACUCUGGCUCGUUACAUCCGGAUCCGACCCAUGUCCUGGGAGCAAGGCAUCUGUAUGCGCUUUGAGAUCUACGGCUGCAGAACGUCAGGUAACACUCAAGAGUUUUUAUAUUCCUGGGUUUAUGUCUUUAACUGAAGCUACAGCCACGCCUAGUGGCAGGAGGCUGAACUGCAGCUUAGAAACAGCAUGUGACCAACGUUUCGGGCUUAUAAUCAUAAAAAAAAAAUACAAGCAACAAAAGUCAAAAAGAAAAUUUAGACUAAAAACACUUAACAUCAUUUUAAGGUCAUAAAAACAGAUAUUAAAACACUUUUAAAACCAUCUUUUUACAACUUUUUACAUUAUCGACCCAAGAAGCAACAAAAAGACUCUUUGUUUACAUUUUAUCUACUAGAAAGGAUUUAAUUUACAAAAACCAUUUACAGGGAACUUUUAUACAUAUUACUCACUGAAAAGAAACCAGAGGGCACUUGAUUUACAAAGUGGCACAAAAAAAUACAACUUAAAAAUACUUUAUUUUCCUUAUAUUUACUUAUAAAGUGCAUUUUGUUUACAUUUUGACCUUUGAGGGGUACUUUGUUUAAAAAAAACAAAAUAGCAACCAGAGGGCACCUUGUUAACCGUGAAGCAAUAAGAAGGUCCUUUUUUUAAGGUCCUUACACACUGGGAACGACGCAAAUAUACGACGCAAAAUUACAAAAUAUUUAGAGGAGACUGACACAACAGCAGACUGAGUGUUCGAGAAAUAUGAGAAAUCCGACGCUGUGACUCUCCACAAGUCGUCCUUCAGGUCGUUAUCUUUGUAAUAUUUGUGUCUUUUAUCAAAAAUCACUCUGUUCUCCGACACGUAAAUGAUCAGCCGGUCAGCCAUGUUGGAUAUACCGGUGAAUCUGACGUUGCAACAACACGAAAUCUGAUUGGUCAGAAGUGGACACACAGUAUCUGAAACUUUAGAAAAAUCGACCAUGAUGCAAAAAAUAAAUGCCACAGUAUCGCAGGACGGGGAAACGUUGCUGAUGUGAACGCUUGUAUUGACAGGAUACAGGUUCGAAAAAGUGUCACUUUACAAGUUUAUUUUUUACUUUAAAAGCACUUAAGUGCCUUUUUUCAGAUAUGAGGGCACCAGGGAUGAUGACCCCUCUUAAGUCCACUACUGCACCCACCUGUUGAUUUUCUUUCGUUUCGAGGUCUGAGUUUCGUCUCUUUUACUGUUUUUUGUUCUUAUUUAGUGAAGCACUUUGUGUUCUUUCUCUUUGCUCCACAGCCUGACCUCGAAACGACAGAAAAAUCAACAAACCUCAAAGUGUUUUAAGAGGGUUUGAAGAAAAAGCAGACCUCUAAAACAGACCUUUUUAUAUUAAAGAAGAAACUUUAACAUGAAACAGAGUAAAGUUUUAAAGGGAUGAGUGACAGUCGGGGACGUUCCCUCAAAAGUUCUACCUGCUUCUGGCUCCGUUCGACUGUUCUUUCUCCCCGACCCUUUUAACAACAUUUUCUCGCUUUUACACAUCGUGAAUCAAACUAACAUCUUUUUGGCGGCGGGAUGAGAACCUCCUGCUGCUCUCUGUUGAUUUAAAAUAAUCACCGCUUCCAAGGCGAGCCCAAACUCCCACAGAAGGACGCCGUUAUUCACUCCGGAGCGGCGCAGGAAAAUCACGCUGCCUCAUUACUCAUCCUCUAACAUUAUAUAAACCUCAGCCCUUGAUGUGCUACAAGCAACUCUCAGUAGGAGAGCUCCAUAAAGUAGAUAUUAGGCUCUUACUCAUAGGAGAACAGGCUGUAGAGUGCUAGACAGGUGAUUCAGGUGAUAUAAUGACACGAGCGCGAAAAUGUGUGUGUGUGAAAAUGUUAAAUACGAAACAGAACCUUGGACUUUAUCCUCGUUUCACCUGAAUCUGGUCCAAUUUCUAAAUCAGUGCCAGACCGCACUCUGAAGUAAAACAUGAGAAUUAACUCCCUCGUUUGUUUCUGUCAUUUCAAGGACGUUUAAAGAACACCAGGACAGCGUUAGGUCUCAAAAACGGAGCUGUUUCUCCUCGUACCGGUUUCAGCUGUUAUAAAUGACGAUAUGAAAAUCCUCAGUCAUGUCAGCGACGCUCUUCUUUGCUUUCGUGAAUCAUAAAAACUUACCGAUACGAGUCUGAGUCGAUUAUUUACGUGUUAAAGAGUCCUCGGUUAAAGCUCUUUGCAGACCUGCUGUUGAUUCAGCCGCCACACAGAGGUGUCCCCCCCUCCACCACAGACCUCAUCACACCGUCUCCCUCCUCAUGUUGUCCACUAAUGUGAGUCCUGCACCGCGGGGACGCUCUGUAGGAGGCAGAGGUGAAGGGGGUCCCUCUGGACGAGUUUCUAACAAUGACUCAUUCACCUAAAAAUAAACCUGCGUGUGAGCUCAUCUGUGUUUGUGAACGUGUAAGUGGUACAGUAAUCCCCCAUGAUCCUCUUCUCACAACUUUGACCUGAUGAUGCACAACAGAUCGAUAAACCCUGUCGAUCUGAUGUGGACUGCAUUCUGGGAGAUUUACAGUAUCUUACUGUCAGGGACUGAAAAGUAGAACUGAAACUUACGGCCCUCAUUGUAUCCGUGAAUCUCAAUAAUUUGGAACCGGUUCCAACCAGUUAUCUGAACUCGGGUCUAAACCACAUUCUGCAGGGAUUACAACAGCAUGGCUCUGUAGUAGAAGAGUCCUGCUGAGAAACUGGACUGAAGCCGAAAACACACAGGAUCCGUAUUGAGCCUGUUGUUCUGUAUUUACUCCGUAGAGCAGCGUUGGGUAUCAUAUAUCAUGUUUUUCCUUUCUGUGGUUGAUUUCCUGAUAAUUCUGAUAUAAUUCAGUGACCGUUGAUCCUCUACUGUCUGUGAAAAAGCUUGAAGUGAUUUUACAGUUUGUGUUUUUGCAGGUUUACUCGUGUUUAAUAAAGUAAACUCUGUUCCUUUAUGCUGUUACCUUCAGACAGAGUUAGCAGGUCAAAGUCCUGUUUGGGUCCACAUGGAUCAGGGAUUGACCAGGACAGGGUUUGUCCACAGGGGGCGCCAGAGUCAACACAAACCAAAAGUUCUUUAUAGGAGCUUUAAAAUAACUCAGUUUCUGUCUUACUCAUUAUCUUUCUUUCUAACAUGCCUCCCCUGAAUCAAAAAUACCUCCAGAGAGGAUUUAUUUCAUUAUUAAAGGAUUAAAAAAUAACCUGAAGUGAGCCGUAACACUGUAUGUAAAUAGAGUAAAACAGUAGACAUGAUAUCCAGGCUUCAAUCUAACAAGAAAAACCUACAUACUAACUUAAAAAACAUCCUUAAUAACAUCCUAAUAACCUAAUAACCUAAUCCAAAUGAUAGAAACAAGAAAGAUCCAAAACCUCCAGUUAUGCAACUUUCACCACCUAAAUGUUUUAAUACCUGUGAUAUUAUAAUAAUAAAACAAAUAUGAAUGGAAAUUUUCAAACAAGAUGAUAAAAACGGUAUUUAAAGGAAAUCCAGACUGAGAUUUAAGAGUUAAAGCCAAAUAUGGAGUUUCAGUCCAGAGCUCUCCUGCUGCUGUUAACUCUGAGUUUGAUACUCAAACCUUGGAUCUGUACUCUUUGCGUGUCCAUCUGAAAGAAGCAGCUGGUAGCAGAUCUUUGGAGAGUGUUCAAAGUCUGGUCUCAUGGGUUCCCGACACUGACAGACUCGCCUGGUGCAGAGGACGCCGCAGACGGCCGCGAGGUUAGAAGACAAUCUGUUAAACAAGCGGGCCGGUCUGCCGUCUCUGAUGAUGCUCACGUACGAGGAAAUAAACGGGAAUAUGAAGUGGAUUAAAGAGAGUGGAGCUGCUCUGUGAUGUUGGAGUUUAAUCAGCUGUUAAAUAUGAGAGUCUUCUAAGUCAUAACCAACAUCAGGACUCAGACAGUCCGGGUCUCAGUGUGCUCCUCACAGAUGUUUCAGAGUUAUAUCUGGAGUUUACGGCUCUGGAGGAUGUAAAUUCCUACAUAAUGUGAACAUACAGCCGCUCAGUCUCCUUCAUGGAAACCCCCUACAGUCAUAUAAGUGUGUGUCUGUGUGUACAUGCUGACUAACACCAAAUGUCCUCUUAGAGACGAGAACAGGGUCUGAAGUUUAUCUGUUUUUAUGAGUUGGUUAACUUGUUUUAUGGCCAGAGUUUAAACUCAGAAUUUGAUCAGAUUAAAGUCCGAUGUGGCGCUGAUUUAAGGAUCACAAGAUACAACUUAGUGUUUUUCAUGAAAACUCCCAACGGUAAUAAGAGCGUUUGUGUGUUUCUGUGCGACAUGUCCUCACAGGAACGGUAAAACAUGCUGGAAAAAGCAAAUAUAUUCAGAUUCCAAAAAAGCCAGGAUGGAUUUAGAUGGUUUCAUGUCAUUAAAUCGAAUAUUAAAACAGAUUAAAGACACAACUUAUAAAGAGACAGUUCAGUUUUAAUGACAUAACAAACACACUGUUAUUUACAGAGUUUAAUCUCAUGUUUUCUUCUCUGAGUAAAAGCAGCAGAAAGAGAACAAAGAUCUGUAAAUCUUUAUGGAGUUCAGACCGGGUCGGACGUCUUUAGAGCUCUGGUAUCAGAACUUUACAGCCCGUAGAAAUCCAGUAUUCAUGAAUUCAUGUCACUCAAAAGUGAAGCUCAGUUGUUUAGCUCAUAUAAGGCGAAAACCAUUGACCUGAGGAUGACCUCUCCUCGAUGUGAAGACCCUCCCGGUGUUAUUGAAAUGAGUUCUACAGGAUCUGGUGUUCAAUCUGGACUCCUCACUGGUACCUGACUCAGAGCAGCCUGUGAAUGUCCUCACCUGGGGCUGUUUUUGUUCCGAACACCCACUGAGAAAGCUGCAUAUUUUGAAGCAGAGCCGCCGCUGUUGUUGCUGCUGCUGGUUUCAAACUUGGCCUUUCAAACAGCAGAGAAAGUAAAAGGAUCAUGUUUCACGGCAGAAUAUUCAGUCCAGAAAUCUUUUGCUCUUCUGCAGAAAUGAAUCGACCCUCACAGGCUUCAGCUUUGAUUGUUUUUCUUUACUGUAAUAAAUGAGUUUGGUGCUUUUACUCUCAGGCUUAAACACUGCAGGAGCCUCCAGAGAGCAUCGACUUACACCGCAGAGUAAAUCAACGAUAGAAGGAUGCAGAAACCUUUCUGUAUCGCUCUGAAGAGUUUCCUUAUCCCCCUGUUUUCUCUCUUCUGCCCCUCUGUGCAGAUUAUCCGUGUGCAGGGAUGCUGGGGAUGGUAUCUGGUCAGAUCUCAGAUGCUCAGAUUAGCGCCUCAUCGUACGCAGACCGAGGCUGGGUCGCUGAAAACGCUCGAUUGUUGACGGGGAGAUCUGGAUGGACCGGGCAGCAGACCAAGCAGCCCUUCAGGAACGAGUGGAUACAGGUGGGUUUGACGCUGAACACUCAGAGCUUUGUCAGCGUGGAUCUAACAUGGUGUCUCAAACUCACCAUUUUCUCCUGGUUUUCCUCCCUGGUAGGUGGACCUGGGCCAGGACAAGAUGGUGAGCGGCGUGGUGAUCCAGGGAGGGAAACACCGGGACAGGAACGUCUUCAUGAAGAAGUUCAGGGUGGGUCACAGUCUGGACGGAGAGGAGUGGACUAUUGUGAAGGAGGACAACACCACAAGGCCGAAGGUCAGUUCAGUACGAGGACGCGAGCUGUCAAAGAUGGUUCAACACAAGUUUGACUUUAAAACACUGAAAUUAAACACAAAGAUAUAGAUGAAGUUUUCUUGGUUUUACUCUUGUUUCUACUUUACAAGAUACCGUACAAUAUGGUAAAAUACACUAUGAUGCAGUCAGAUACAAUAUGACACUGUUCUGCAGGUUACAUUGCCAUAUGAUAUGAUGCAAGAUAAUAUUGAUUAUAUGGCAUUAUAUGGAUAGGACAUGAUACAAUAUGAUGCAAUGUAAAAUGGUACGAUACGACAAGACAUGAUAUGACACAAUAUGAAAUGAUAUAUGAUAGAACACUAUACAAUAUGAUAUGAUAUGGUGCAAAAUGACAUGAUGCAACACAAUAUGAUAUGACAUGAUAUGAUGCAAUACAGUUUGAUACGGUACAAACACCUGACGCAAGAUGGUGCAGUAGGGUGUGAUAUGAUAUAAUGUAAUGCAAUGUGGUGCGAUAUGACACAAUACAAUAUGAUACAAUGUGAUGUUGUGUGAUGCAACAGAGUAUGAUGAGAUAUUAUGCGGUGUAGUGCAGUACAGUACGGCGUGAUAUGAUACAAUAUGAUGUUAUAUGAUGCGAUACCAUAUCGUCACCCAAUUAAAAUAAUGGCCUAAGUCAUUUUUUGACGAAAAUGUGUUUGUGACCUAAAUCACCUCUAAAUCAUCUCUUGAGAUGAACUGGGAACUAACUGGUAAAAUGAGAUUUUUUUUAGAUGAUUUAGGUAAAAAACUCAUUUUCGUCAAAAAAUGUGUCUGUGGCCAUAAUUUUUAUUGGGUGACGAUAUGGUGCAAUAGGGAUUGAUAUGAUACGAUAUAAUGCGAUAUGGUGCAAUAUGAUCCAGUAGGAUUUGGUCAGAUAUGAUACAGUUCAGUAUACUAUGAAAUUAUAUGGUAAAAUAUGAUAGGAUAUAAUAUGUUAAUAUGUGGUAUGACAUGUUACAUCUGGGUAACAUCAGACUAUCAGAUAUAAUGAGGUACAGUAGCACCACUGCUGCUGCGUCUUGGAUUUGUAGGCUGCUUCUAUUUAGCUGUUUCUAUAAACAUGGAGGUCAAAUCAGAAAUAAAUGAGGAUGUGAAGGGUCUCUUCUGAACUUCACCACUUCCAUGUUUGUUCUGUUCCAUCAACCUCCACCUCCCCUCAUGUCCUCCUUGUCCCUCUUGAUCAAACUCUGUCCCUGCUGCCUGCCUGUCUGUCUGCCUGUCUGUCUGUCCAUCUGUCUGUCUCAGUGAUGAAAGCCCUCACAGGUUAACAGAAAAAAAUAUUACACAGCCGAGAGAUAAAAGGUUGUUGACAUGAAAUAAACCUCCUCUGACUGUAAUCUGUGAUUCCUGGAAACCAUCAGGCAGACGCUCGCUUGGCCACAACGCCGCCACCGCCACCGCCACCGCCGCUCGUGGAACGAAAUGUUUGGCACCCAAAUUACAGACUUCUAUUCAUGAAGCUGUGACUGCUCUGUUUGUCGGACGCUUUUGUCUGACUCACUUCACAAAGGGGAAAACUGGGAUUUCAGAGGAGAACUGGGGAGACGGGCAAAAACACGACAUGAUCCAGGAGAUCUGAGGGAAAUUUCAGUUUGAGUCCUUCUCUGCAGAGAGCAGGAUGGUGUCACUUUAAGGAACUUUGAGUAUUUUUAUUCAGAACGAAGGUUAAAAAUAAUGUAGACGGUGAUAAUUGGAGGAUUUUUUAAGACAUGCAUCGACUCUAAUCUCAUUUUUUAAACUUCAUAUUACAACCUGUGGCUGUUUCGACAAAUUUGUUAAAUAAUCCUCGAGUUCAUGCUCUUUGGUAAACUCAGCUUUCACUCUAAAUGAAUGUAUAUAUAUUUAUUUUUACAGUGUUUAACUUUAAACUUUGAAUACUCACUGAUUGCUGUCUGAUGCCGUCUGUCAGCUGUGCUCGUUUACAUCCAGGUAGUAGAGCGUUAAAUCAUCGUGGCUGUAGAGUUUCUGCACCAUCACUCAGACACUGAACUAUUAAACAAGUAUGAGUGAAUUAAUACGGUUCAUAACACUUUAUCCUUUAGCAUACUGACUUUAUUACAAAGAUGGAAACAUGCCAGCAAAUCUGAUUUAAAGUGAGAUUCUUACAUGAAGACUCUGUUUGCAUAAGAACUUGAUAUAAAAAAAAACAGUGCUGUUAUGAAACGGCGCUCCCAAACCUGUAUUUAAUGUAUGUGAGACGUCUGCAGAACAAAAGCGUGUUUGCAGCAGCUGCAGUAGGAGCUCAGCCCACCCAGGUCACAGCCUGUUUGUCCCCCCUGUCAUUAAAGCUGAGAUAUGAAGCCAUCAAAGCUGAUCGCUCAGACUGAUGAACAUCUUCUUCAGGAGCCUUCACCUCCAUCACCUCUCAGAGGCUGUAAAGACAACACCGUCCUCCACCCAGCCUGUAUAUAUCACAGAGAAAAGGAUGCUCUCUUAUUAUAUUCAUUGUGUUUUUAUCUCUUCUCUUUAGUGCUGCUUGUUGCCGUCAGUUACUAAAAAACAGCAUGUCUUAUUACUCAGCGAAUGCAUUCACUUAUUACUCUGACAUCCUGCAUAAUAAGCUGUAAAUCAUCUUUAAUGUAAGAUCCUCUGACACCAUUUUAAUGAACUCUGAAUUCAUUACAGUCGUUCCAGUCAUUAGUGUCAGUGAGCAGAUAAAUAUUGUUCCUCUUAGCUUUAUGACUCUUAAACUGGAGGCAUUUCAACAACUUUUAGACUGAAAAUGAACGAGCCUGUCACAGACGGAUUAGUGCGGUUUAAAGAGUCAUAUGAAUGAAUCAAAAACACCUACAGAGGCUGAAACCUCUCCAGAAAUGUAAAGAGGACAGAGCUGAGUUUGACAGACAGGUGUGAUGAAGUGAUGAGCGCCGAUAUAUCGAGGAGAUCCAUAAAAGAAACAUAGACCAGCAGCAGGAGAGUCAAAAAACCCAAAUCCCCCUCGCCUCGGUCUCAGUCUGUAUCCCCUUCUUGGAGAUUUCAGGGACUUUGUGUCUGAUCCCCGAGAGGAAAUUCAUGUCAUUGCUUUAAGCCUCCGCUUCCUCCCCUCUGCUCUGGGCCCCGUUGGUGCGACAUCCUCCUCUAUGCGUUCCAGAUGGCGGGGCGGAGGCCCGGGUUGGCCGUCAGACUCCUGCUGAUUUAGUGCAGAGGGAGAUGUAGAUGCUCCUCCGUCCCCUCAGCCCGCGUCUCCGCUCUGUUUCCUGUGUCUUUUUAUAAAACCGCUUCAAAAGACGAGGCAGGAAAGACUCAGGCUGGUACACGCAUUAAAACAGAGCUCGCCUCUCACAUGGACACAGAGGAGUUACUGUAUAUGCUGCUGCAUAAACAUGACUGUAUGAGUCCAGCCUGGUGGUUCCUUUAUCAUGUUAUUUUAUGAAUGAAGAGAAAUAUGAUAAUAAAAAAUAAGAGUGUCAGAAAUAACAUUUUUAGGAGCUUAGAUGUGUCUGUACUUUCAUAAGUCUGAUCUGUGGAGAAAGAUGCCUAUUCGUGCGGUAGCCCCGCCCCCUCUUGUCCAAUCCAUCCAUGAGAAAGGUGUCUAAGUGUCUGAGUUAGCCCCACCCACUCUUGUCCAAUACAACCAUAGAAAGAUUCCUAAAUAUCUGUUAGCCCCGCCCCUUCAUGUCCAAUACAAGCAUGAGAAAGACACCUGUGUCUGAGAAGGCCCCGCCCCUUCACGUCCAGAAGAAGCAUUGUAAAGAUGACUAUUUGUCUGUGUUAGCCCCGCCCCUUCAUGUCCAAAACAUGCAUUGUAAAAAUGCCUGUUUCUUUGAUAGCCUUGCCCCUUUUUUCCAAUACAAGCAUGAGAAAGAUGCCUAUUUGUCUGUCUUAGCCCCGCCCCUUGUCCAAUACAAGUUUCAGAUAUGUGCCUGUGUUAGCCCCGCCCCUUUGUGACCAAUACAAGCUUCAGAAAGGUGCCUAUAUAUCUGUUGGCCCCGCCCCUUCAUGUCUCAUGUAACCAUUUUAGGAUGCCUAUGUUUCUGUGUUAGCACCGCCCCUUUAUGUCCAAUACACACAGGAGAAAGGUGCCUAUAUAUCUGUUAGCCCCGCCCCUUCUUGUUUAAUACAACCAUAAAGAAAAGCCAAUGUGUCUGUUAGCCCUGCCUUUUUAUGUCCAAUACGAGCAUGAGAAAGAUCACUCAGAAAAAACAAAACAAGGUUCCUUCAUCAUUUGCCUUUUAACCUUUUAAACUGGAAUUUAACCUGGACAUCAGUCUCUUCUUAUUCAUAAUCUUUUACAGUCUGAUUACAGUAUUUUAUAAUGUCAAUAUACCAGCUGAGACAUAUGUGGUAUCUUUUUGGCACUUUAUUUGUUACAGCAUCAGCCAGAGAGACAGUAUCAUUUUAACAUCUUUUAACCGUUUUUUACUCUUAAUUCAGAUUGAGGGAAAAACUAAAGUGUUAGCAGGUGUUAAAACUCUCCUCAGCGGUUCCAGUAGGACUCAGAUCUUACUGAACAGCCUGUUUAUUGUCCGUACGGUCACUUCCUAACUGUACCCAUGAAGCCUCACCACAGUGGUCCAGACAGUCUGGAGUUCUUGGUGUUUAGAGACCCACUGCUGCGCUCCUGGUGCGACAGAAACCGUUUUCAUCUGUGCCGCCUCCAUGUUGGACUUUUUUAAGAGUCCGGACUCUGGUUCUGAUUUCCUGCCUUCUGCUUUUGUUUCCUCGUUUGAUUUAGUCUCAGUUUUUUUUUAUCAAAGCGACGGACUCGUGAUCAGAAACAGACGUACAUUUAUAACACGGCAGAUAUAAAGAAAGAGGAUUGGACGGAUAAUUGUUUGUCUUAUAGAAACCUUCAUCCAGAGAGAGCAGUCAGGUCGGGAUCAUUUAUCUGAUGAUGCUGUUUGGUUCAUUAUAAAACAGAAAAACAGAUAACUAUUUCACGCAGUCAAGAAUCUCUGUGUUUAUCAAAAGCUCACCUGAAUAACUCAGAGACUGCGCUGAUCUCUCCUCUGAUAGGAAACCUUUUUUUUUUUUUGUCUAACUGUGAUGUGAGAGCUCUUUUUGAAGUUAAUGUUCAUUUAAUUUGGGAAAAACCGAUAUCAAAAGUCCUCUCUUUGAAGUUUGGGUCUGCAGGCUUCCUGGAAAUCACAGAUUUUUGGAUUCUUUGAGUUAAGCAAGAAAAAAAACGACUGUUUGCUUCAAGAAACGUCACAAAUGAGUUUGAUCGAACAGAACCCAAAUCAUACGUUUGUUUUUGUGUAAAACCUCUGAUAUAGGUUUCAUUCUUCAGAAAUCAGCAGCUUUGAUCGAGUGUCAUGAACAAUGUCACAUCAGCUGACUCUUCUUUUUUUUAACCUCAGAUAUUCACCGGUAACCUGAACCACGACACCCCAGAGCUGAGGUCCGUGGGUCCCCUCCUGACCCGCUUCUUCAGGAUCUACCCAGAGAGAGCGACGACUGAGGGACUGGGCCUCCGACUGGAGCUGCUGGGCUGCGAGCUGGACGGUGAGCGCCAUUAACAAUGUUUAUGAUAUAAACUGAGAGGGAAUACACAGUCCUACUUCGUGUUUUAAUAUCUCUAUUUCUCAUCUUGUUACAUCUUAAUAUGACGGUUUGACCGUGUUAAACUAAGGCGGUGUUAAAUGUGGUUCACUCAUGUGGUUUCUUGGUUCACAAGCAUAUUUGCAUGACAGAUUUUCAGUGUUUUGGACGAAGGUGAGAGAGAGAGAGAGAGAGAGAGGGCUGACCAUGCCAUGGCAGGAUGCUAUCUGUGCUGCUGCAGCGGUCAGAGCUGGAUGUAGUUCGUGUGAAACAGAGAGAGAGUGAGAGAAGGGGUGGGUUCGACCUCCCACAGCAGUUAAAGAGAGGAGGAGGUUCUCUGGAGGAUCUGGACGCCCCAUAAGGAGAACAAUAAGGAUCAGUUAAAGUGAGAGAGAGAGAGCAGAGGAGACGAGGAGGGAAGGAAAGGAAAAAGGGAAGCAUGAAGGAGUAGAAAGAGAGGGCGGGUGAAGAAGGUGUUUAAGUUUAGAGGGAGCAGGAGUGACCGGGUCAAAGGUUAAACAUUUAGAGGAUAAAGUCAUUAUUUCAUCCAGAGCAGUCAUGCUCUACAGUAUCUCUGCUGCUGGAUGUUGAACACGUGUUCUUAGAGAGUCCAAGAGUGGGUUAAACCCUCCUCCUGUGUUAGGGUCUGCACCGACCCGGUUUUGGUUUUAAAUGAGAAAAACUUCAAUUUGAUUUUUUGAGUUUGUCAGGAACCUCCAUUUCAACAAUAUCAAAAUAAAGUUAAAAUAUUAAAAUAAAUAAAAAUGAAAAAAAUAAUAAUAAUAAAAAUUAAAAUAAAUAAAAUAAAUUAAAAUAAAAGAAUUAAAGGCAUUUCCUUUUCUUGUUGGGAUAAUGACACUGAAAUUAGAUAUUCAAACCCACCUUAAUUCAUAUGAACACUCUUUAAAUGUCUGUAAACCACAUGUUUACACUUGAGAGACACUUAUAAACAUACAGAGACAGACCCUUAAAGAUGCAGCCAGCCCAGACAUGGUCCCAUAAAUCAAACAAAACCAGCGAUCAUGAACCAAUUAUCCAAAUUAAAGCUCCUCUUUACUGUAUGUUUCUGCUCAUUAAUGCUGCAUCAAAGGCCUUUUUAGUAUUUAAGAUCACUUAAUUAGAUGUUGAUUUGGAUUAAUUGAACAUUUCCGUCUUGUAAAAAGAUCUAAAAUCAAUGUUGCGUGAAAGCUCAUCUUUAAAAAGCUCAACAUUAAAACAGCCGAGCCGCUAACAAGCUCACAAUCUGCCGGCGAAUCCGUUUCAACAGUUGUUCUUCUUCUUCUUCUCGUCGUCGUUUCUGAAGCCGCUUUGAGUUAAAUCAUCUCCUUACAUCCUCGCUGUUGUCGGAGCAAACCUUCAUCCCACUCAAACAUGUUUCCUUCCUUACAAAGUUUAAUUACAUGCAGACCAUCUGUGAUUUCGACACGGUCUACAUAUGCUAAUUCAUCUUCAAUUCGCCGCAUUUCCAUAAAAGCACAUGAGCAGCAGACAUGGAGAGCGUGGUGGAGUUUAACGAGAACGGAGAGUUUCUGUCGUUAUUACUUUGGUCCUCGAUAGAGACGGAGAGCGUCGGCUCCUCUUUACUGCUCAGGAAAAUAGAGACUCUUGAGUUUUGUGGCAGGGUUGUUGAUGAGAGCGACGAGUUUUCAGUCUGAGAAAGAAAAGGUUUUUAUAAAAAUUCAGGUUGUAUUUCAACGCUGAGAUCCUCCUGAAGUUUUAGAUAAAUCAAACAGUUCAAUCAUGUUUCAUGUUUCAUGUUCAGAGACACUCAGAUUGUUGUCUUAUCUGAUAACUGAUUAAAAAUGCCACAGUGUCGACAGGCAGAGGUGAGCGGUGCAGAUCGAUUUGACAGGAUCUGGUUGUCCCCGGAAAACUGAAACUGGUUUAUGAGGUUUUGGCAAAUAAGAAUCAAGUAUUGAAGACGAUCUGAUAAUGAUUAAGAAGCUGUUUUACACGGUUUUGUGUGUCAUUGUCUCACACUCUCAGGGGCUGUAAAAGUUAGUUUAAUAAACGUUUUAAUACGAAAAGCAGCAGAUGUUUUAUUGCCAUGCAACAAGCAACAACUCUGCCUUAUUUCUUGUUUCUUGUUUCUUUGCACUUUUUGAAGUCGCUCUAUCAAAUCAAAUCAGGGAAUAAACGGUCCUUUUGCAGGUUCUGAGUUUAUUGUCCUAAAAGCAACAGGUUCAGACCGGUCUUGUUCUCUAAACCAGCAUCACUCUCUUCUUCCUCUGCUUUAAUAUUUAACUGCAUUUUAACUCCUAACCGGGGUUUCUGACGGGUCCUAAAAUGUCUUCAACUCAUAAAAAGUUUUUGAAAGGUCUUAAAAAUGUAUUAAUUAUCUUAAAUCUGACUUGUUGAAACCUGCAGAGACCCUGCCUAAAGAGUGAAGUUUUACUUUUCCACAGUGAAAGUUUCAAACUGGUCUCUCAUAGUUCUGAUACCAGCAGAAGAAACUUCCUCUGUAGUUCAGACGUGUGGAGGAGUUCAGAAUCAUGUUCCUGGAUUUGAAGGAGAAGUGAAGUUCCUGAGGUUGUGAGUUUUGGAAAGUCCUUACAGAGGAAAUUCGGGACACAGACUGAAUCUAUUUUCUGUCCUGAUAACAAACUGUCUUCUUCUCUCGUCUUUUAUCUCCAGACAUCACGACGACAGCUCCUCCCACCACGCCCAUCGCCUCCACUCUCCCCUUGACCACCUUUGGAGCGACGACCACGGCGCCCAUCACCGUCCCGGGAACGACCCCGACGACAGGGUGUGUGGAGGGUCAGCAGGACUGUACGGUGGAGAGCGAGGAACCUGAAGACUACGAUACAGUGACAGGUGAACGCCAAAACUCACCUUUUUAACCACGUACCUGAGUGUCCCGGCUCUGAGUGUUGUUCUGGUCUUGGUCCGAUUUUGGACACAGACUUAGAGAAACCUGUUGAUUCUGGUCCCUGUAAAGAUGAUAAAGGUUUGUAUCCUCGGUUCAGGUCCCUGAGGUCUUUAUCUUAUAUUACAUUUAUUUCAAAAGUCUAGUUUCAUUAGGGGUUAGGUAAACGUACAGAGGGACACGAGGAGAGUUGACAUUUAUCAGGGGAAAAUCAAACUCACAUUAACUCAUACAUGUACAGGACAGGUGAGGUUUACUUCAACCACAGGGGGGCGCCAAAACCAGCCUUUAUUCAGAUUGUGUUAAUAAAAUCAGUUAAAAAAAGUCAAACAUGUAUGAUUGAUGUGGUUGUACAGGAUCUCUCUGAACGUAAAUUUUCUUUUAUUUUGAAAUUCUCAGAAAUAACUGUUCCUCCUCUUUUUAGUUUUAACGAUGAUUCGGAGUCGCCUUCGUUUAAAAAUCCUAAUCUCUGUGUUUUUACGUCUUUAAAUCUGUUAUAGUUAUCAAACCUUCAUUUAUGCAGUUAGUUCAACAGGAAGGUUCCUCCUCACCUGAGCUGUGUUGAAUAUGUGAUGGCAUCUGUGUGGGUGGGAAUAAACCAGCUGACCUUUGACCUCUCUGUGCUUCUCCCAUCUGUCUGUAGCAGGAAGCACCGCAGCGCCCGACCCCAUCCUGGACUUCAUACCAGGUGAGGAUGACCGCCACAAUCUGCCGCCAUGUUCCCCGCCUCUCCUCUCCUCUUUCUCUCUGUGUUUUUGUCGUUUCUGUUUUUCUCCGUCUCGUCUUUUCCAAACGUCUCAGAAACUCUCGAUUCGGGUUUUUAUUCCUCAGUCUGACGUACAAAUAACUGCCUGUUCUGGGUUGUCAGAUCAGUGCAUUAAAAUCAGCCAAUGUCCCCGUUAUUCAGUGUCAGCGGGAACACUGACCGCAGUCACACAGAACAAUGAGACCGACUUCCAUGGGAGCGAAUGGCUUUUUCAUCGCCCCAGUUCACAAAUGAGACUUUAGUUCAGAGCGCUGACGGCCGCAGAGAAACGCUGAUAGAUUUACUCCGAAAUGCAGCUGCAUUGUUUUUGUUCUCUCCUCAUCGGUCACGCCGGAAAAUCCAGUUAAAACGAAACAGCGAGGGGACGACAGAUGGAAAAGAGAGCGUCCAGAAAAGCAGAUAAACACGGCGAGUGGAAGAAUGAAACGUUUUACAGGCAGAUGAAUAAAAACAUAAAUCUGACAGGAGGAAAACAACCGAACCCUGGUCUUCCUGCUGUAACAGUCAGCGGAUAGAUACAUGUUUGUUUGAGCAGAAUGGAUUUUUAAUUCUUACUUUGAAAUGACUUCAAAUUCAGCAGCUUCUUUUACGAUCCUCCUGUUGGUCCAGAUCUGGACUUCAGCAGAGAUUACUGGUCCUCUUGGCUCAUGAACUCUGUCAGCUCAGUAUCACUGAGGGGCUGUGAUGGUACGAGAAAACGAGAUGAAGCCAGAAAAGCAUCAUGUUUGAUAAAUCUGUUUAUUAUUACUGUUAAACUCGAGUGACUCUUCAGUUAAACUGACGCAGAGUUUCCACAAAGAUCCUACAAAACAGGAGGAGUCAGACAAAACCUCGACGCUGGAUCCACGUGGAAAAACUGUUCCUGUGUCAAGACUUCCUUUAGGUUCAGCAAUGUGCAGUUUCUAUGCGGAUGUGAAGCUCUCUCUCUUUUUAGCUCCAUUUCUUAUCUAGUUUCAUUGUUUUUCAGCUGCCUGCACAGAGUCCCACUGAGAGAUGUGAGGUGUGGAUGGACACGUUAUCUGUCACUCAGGAUCCCUCUGCUCAUCUCAGAUGUUCUGGCGUCGUGAUCGUCCGUGAUAUUAGUUAAUUGAAUUAUUUGAUUAUGACGAUGUUAAAAAAAAACUAAAAUCCUCAAAUCGAUUUUCCUCUCUAUCAUGUCUCACCCCUCCAGGCCACCGUAGGCUCUACAGUGUAAACAAACGUGGCGUUUGCUAAAGAAGGCGAUAAUUUCGUGGUUAAAUAGGACAAGAGCGAGUCAGUCGUGUUGAAUUGGUACGACUUCACAGUUUCAGAUGAAGAGUAAACCACUCCCCGCUGUAAAGUCUGUCUGAAGGCGGUAUCAACCCGUCACCAUGGAAACGAAUUCAGGAGGAAACGCUAAAGUUUUUGUCGUAUCGGCGUUUCAGGUGACUGUAAACGGUACUUUUUUGUCAGAGAGUGAAUAAAUCUGUAAACAACGACCAUUUCAUCUCCGUGUGGAUGUCUAUCUGCAUCUCUGGAAACGAUCAUGUGACACACAGAGUAACUCUUUUAUGGCGCCGAAACAACCUUUAUACACGUGCUCUGUACUCUUCUUCGUUACAGCGCCACUUACUGGCUUGGCAUAUGUACUACAUCGUUUUCAGUGAUUUUCAUUUUGAGAGAUGAUAGAAAAACUUUUUAUUAAAGUGAAUUUUGGUGAAAUUAUCAUUGAGUAAAAAAUCAAAUUUCAGAGUUUUUGGCGAAAAUCGUGCAGACCCGCUGAGGUCCAUUUACUUACAUUUAUUCUGAUAUGUUUGUAGAAGCACCAACUGUGAGUUUGAGAAACACGGGAUUAAAAGUGUGUCUCUGAAUUUUACAGGAAUUAGAGUUGAAGAGUCUGAGGAUAAAACACAUGAUCCUGAAAACAGAGAAAUAAAGAGAUGGUUGUAGAGUGAAGGUAAAACAUGACAGGAGAACUGUUGUGUUUGAGGAAGACGAUUGUAAAACCAGCUGAACGUUUUCCUGGAUCUCCACGCAGCGUGUUUUCUUCUUUAUCUGAACCUCACAAAGGUUUCUAUUUUAACUCCAAGGACAGAGUGAAGGAGUUUCUCUUCAGGUGUUUAUGUUUUUAAAGAGGUUUUCUUUUGAGCCGACACUCUCUCCACGUCUAAAGCCAAACCAGCCUCUGUCCUUUUAUUUCCUGCAUGAACAUCUCAGCAGCGUGUCACACUUUAUCUUCCCCUGUGAAUACGCUGAAUUCAAUUUAUCCUCAACCCGAGCAGGAGAGGGAUGAAUGGAAGGAGAGGUGGAAAAAUAGAGGCUGUGACAGAGAGACAAAGACGGAGGGAGAGCGGGAGAGGAGAGAGGACUGAAUAGAGAUGAGACAGAAGGAGGCUGAGGAGGAUGAAGAGAAAAGGAGAGUGAAGGUAGAGAGAGAGAGAGAGAGAGAGAGAGAGAGAGAGAGAAUGGAGGCCUCUUGGGUCUCAAUUAGCCGAGCGGAGGCAUCGCGUGGAGACAGCUCGGGGUUGCAGGAGGGUUAGCGGCUCCACGGUCAUCUCUGCAUCCUAUUAGCCUCUCAGAAACAACAUGUCCAGUGUUCAGGGACCUCGGCGUCCGUUUGGAUGAUGCGGUGAACCGCCGCCGCCAGCCGACUGCUGGCUCACGCCGACAGAAGGACAGGAGGGAGGAAAACGCCGCUUUUUUUUCCAUGUUUGGGGUUUUUUCAGGGGGCCACAUCCGCAUGCUGGUGGCACCACGCCUCUCUCUCUCUCUCUCUCUCUCUCUCUCUCUUUCUCUCUCUCUCUCUCUCUCUCGCUCGAUGUCCUGAUCCCAAACAUAUGUACACGCCGGCGCUGUUUUGGAUCAGAGCUGAUGUCUGAGUUCCUGUGUUUGGCUCAGGCCCUGCAGCGCUGCUCCACGACUACAAUUACAACCGUCUCUGUGUGUCUGUUUCACCCCGGCCUGUCUGUCUGUCUGUCUGUCUGUCUGUCUGUCUGUCUGCCUGCCUGUCUGUCUGUCUGUCUGUCUGCACGGAGCCUUUGUGCGGGGCGACAUGUUCUCCACAAGCUCGACAAUUUAUCCUGUGUGUACAAUAGAGCAGGAACAGCUCUCUAAUAUUGAUGUUACAAGGGCUGCAGCCUCUCCCCCUGCAGGCUCCCCGGCUCUGAGCCGGAGCGAACACAGAGUAUGAUCAUAGAUUUCCGCCUGUAAAACACCGACUCUGCUGAGAUACACCCAGGAACCCUGAUUGGCUUUCUUUGAAGGUUUUAAAGGAACAGGCGAGGACUGAUCUGGGUUCAGUGCGCUCGGAGCAAACUUCGUUUUCAGAUGUGCCUCGAGGUUUUUGAAAGAUCGACUCGAUGAAUAAAACUAAUGAGUGAAAAAAACUCCAGAUUCUGCACGCCGUCUCACCUCUGCAGAGAGAAAGUUUGAAAACCGAGGAAUCGAAACACCCGGACUUAGAGGUCAGGAAGACGGUUUUAGAAGUUCAUGCAUGUUUGUAAAACUUUGAGGGACGUUGUUCAGGAUGCAGAGAGCUUCAGGAUUAUUUACUUUUAUUUAACUAGGUUUGUCCCGUUGAGAUCUGAGGAUCUCAUUCGUAAGGGAGACCUGACCAAGAAUGGCAGCAACACAGUUACAGCAAACAGUCAAAGACACCAAGUUUUGCAGCUUAAACUCAGUCUGCAGAUUAUUACCGUUUUAGUUCAGACUCUUUGGACAACGAACUGUCUGAAUCUCAGUGAUCUCAGGUCGUGUAAUCCGUCCUCUAAGAUCAAUAAGGAGGAGAGACUGUCUUUGUAAAUGAAAACGUACCGAUGACCGAGCCGACGAGUACUUAAAGAAGUCCGACUGACUCUGGAGUCUCCACCUUAUUCUGACCCCCAUGAGCUCUUGCGUGAAUUAUGGGCGCGACUUCUGGAAGCGGCGUUUGUUGUCAAAUGACGGCGCCGAUAACGAGUGUAUCUGUUGGAACGGAACAUCAGCAGGUAUCACAGCUCUACUCGAACGGGACGCCAUCAGCCCUUCCGUUAAUUGUGGGUGUGACUAUGUGGGAACAUCAACUGUCAUCAACAUGUUCUUUAAAAGAACAUGUAAAAACUCCGGGUACUUAAAAGAAGACAGAAGCUCGAUUUCUUGACCGUCAGUUUUAACAGUUUUUUCUGACAGUGUUUCUUGUCGAUGAAAACAACGAGAGUUUAGCUGCCUGAGCUGAUGAAUGUGUGUUGGUGCACAGCAAUUAAUGACUGUAUCAUCUGCGUAGAAAUGAAAAUUUGCAUUUGGGACAUUUUGUCCAAGGCGGUUGAUUUAUAUUGUAAAUAAGAGCGGUCCCAGAACUGAACCUUGAGGCACACCUUUGUGAGUACGAUCUCAGCUGCAGAAGAUAUGAGCAUAAACUGUUGGUAUGAACACGUGUGGAGGUAUAAACAUCAUCAUUUUCUGCUCAAGUGUCUAAAAAAGUAGAGAUGUAUUUCUUGACAGUGACCGAUACGAUCGUCUGUUUUCCUCUCUCUUCACAGCGUACGUUUGGUUCGCCUGCAACUUCGACUUCUCCUCGUUCUGCGGCUGGACCAGAGAGACCGGCACGGGGGCCGAGUGGCUCAUCCAGACCAACGGGGCUCCUGUCGUCCACAGAGGCCCCGCCCUGGACCACACAGGUGUGCAUGUGUUUGUGUUUGUUUUUAGCAGCAGCUCUGCACAGAUGCUUUAGUUGGAAGAGCUCUCUCUCUCUCUCUCUCUCUCUCUCUCUCUCUCUCUCUCUCUCUCUCUCUCUCUCUCUCUCUCUCUCUCUCUCUCUCUCUCUCUCUCUCUCUCUCUCUCUCUUUGCUCUCUUUGUUACUAUGCAACUGUUGAAAGUCUGUCUGACCCUCUUACGUUCACAGUGAGAGUAUUUUUAACUUCUGUGGGCUUUAAAUAACAAGUCGGAGUCAGAGCUGCUGCUGCUGCUGCUGCUGCUGGGAAUCACAACACCACCUCUUUUUUUUUUCUGAAAAGCAAUAAAGAAUUUUUCUUUAUUUCUACAAGGAGCAGGUUAGAAAACAGUGACGACAGUUUCAGAUGGAGGCCGGUUUUCUAAAGCCUGCAGCGGGACAACAGAGUCUACGUGAUAUCCUCUCAGACCGGGCCUAAAUACAGAUAAAUACAGAAACCAGAUUAUAAUCAAGGACAUCUGCAGAUAAUCGUUUAACAUCCUUUCCAAUAAUCGAGUCUCUCUGAACUUUAAAACCAGGCUGUGUUUGCUCGGAGGGCCUGGUUUUAACGGUUUUAAUGCAGUUUUAUGAGUUUUUCAUCAUUUCCAGGGAAUUAAUUCUCUUUUUUUCUUCAUAAUUAGAGUCGGUUCAUUAGAAAAGAGGCACAGUAAUUAGAAUAAUAUGCUCUAAAACUACAAAAAUAGAAACUCCAACUGCAGAUUCACAGACACUUUUUUUGUCCUGGUGAAAGUGGCUCUGUAGUCCAGAUCUUUGUUUACAAACAGGCUAAUAUGUUCAAAUAUGUUCAUAAAGUAUGUAAAAAAGAGGGAAGUCGAUGUGCAGUCAUAAAGCAUGGAGCAGAUUUCACAAACACUCCGACUGAAGCUCACAGAGUGAACACAUGAAGGUGAAAACACGUGUAACAGGUCUGUCUGUGUGGUAUCUCUGCGCUGAGAAGGACCGAGCAGACGGUUCGAGGCUCCGACGAAUGCUCAGCCUUCAGAAACUUGACUUUUAAAAGGAUACCGCUCUCCGCUCUCCUGUCUCCUCUCUCGGUGAUGGAUGUUUGAGCCGAGGCGACAGCAGCUCUCAAAUAAAUGGUCUCACCUUGAUUUUUUGACUGAACCAGAUCUGGAGUGAAAAACGAGCGCCUCACUGAUGUGGAUCUCCUCUCAGAGCGGCGCUGUCAGAGGCUUUUCAGACACAGUGAAGUCGUCUUUGGGAUUUUUUUAGGAUUUAAAAUAAAACCUUUUAAAUGUAAAACCCUUUCAACAUGACUAACGAGCGUUUACAGGAAGAGACAGAAUAAAAACGAAGGUGAAUAAACGUCUGAGAUCUUCAUAGAAAUGAUCUCAGAACCUUUUAAACACUAAACUGUCAUUUUUAAUCCUUUAAAAUCUCAUCUUCAGUAUGUUUUCUUUAAAUGUGAAGAGUCUGCAGACAUGUCGCCUCAUUUCUAACCUUGUCCUGUGCUGCCCCCUGCAGGCGGACCGGGGAACUUCAUCUACAUGCAGCUGGGAGACGCAGACUCGCCCAGUAAAACAGGCGAAGACGACGAUGAGGAGGAGAAGGUGGCGAGCUUGGCCAGCCUGCCCAUCACGGCGCCGGACGCGGACCUCUGCAUGUCCUUCUGGUACCACAUGUUCGGGGAACACGCCGGAGCGCUGCACAUCAAACAGAGGAGGGAGGAGGAGGGAGGGCGCAUCCUGUGGACGGUCAGCGGACACCGGGGCAGCAGGUGGAGGGAGGGGAGGGUCUUACUGCCUCACUCCAGGUUCUCCUAUCAGGUAAGAACCGGUCCUGGACAUGUGAGAGACUGAACCGGUCCUGGACAUGUGAGAGACUGAACCGGUCCUGAUCUGGUUCUGACCCGUGUUUGUUGUCCUCAGGUGGUCGUGGAAGGAGUGGCAGACAGACGCAGUUCAGGUCACAUAGCCGUGGACAACAUCCAGAUCCUGGAUGGACUCGGUCCUGAAGACUGUAAAGGUCUGCUCCACACACACAAACACACACACACACACACACACACACACAGACACACACCGUUCUUGUUAAUUAUGUUGAGUUUGUUUCUCUGACCUGCAUCAAUCUGAUCAAACUCUUUUAUUUCCAGAUCCAGAAGCUCCGACAUCAGAGAUUUUCAUCCUGCGUAAGUACCGCCCUCACUCUACUUCUGGUCAGCCAAUCAGAAGGUGGACGUUAAAGUCAUAGGAACAGCCGCCGUUAUCUUUGACUAAAUUAAUGACCUUGAAUAUGAUUUAUUUAAGUUGAGUCGUAAAAUUAAUUCAGGGUCAAACACACACUGAGUUAGACCCCCCCUCCAGAGAUGAAUGUUGUCGACCGCUUGUUUCUCUAGUUAUACCAACUUUAGUAACGACCGCAGGAUAGAAAUACAGAGAGCCACGCCCCCAACCAAAACGCCACUCUAUAGCCACAAAUAAUGCUCAGAACAGCACCUAACUUCAUCAACAGGACAUAUAGGGUCACAGACAUAGUACUAUAUUCAGAUUUGUUCUAACCCCUAAGAAAACAUAAACUUAAGCGGGGGCGUUUCUCCACCUCUGUAGUCUUUAAGCUGGGCCAAUAAACUUCUACUGUAGUAAAAUGAAAAGGUAAAGGUGUUUUUAUUGAGCCGAAUUAUCAAUAAAAUCAUGAUUUUGUUAACAGGUAUGGAUUUAUGUGCUGUCGAAUUAAUAUAUUUGAACAAGAGCACAGUAAAGUUAAAUCAGCUAAUUUUCCAAUGAGGUUCUGUUACUGAACUGAACUACACCAUUAACUACUGAGGUUAGUACAUAUAGGGUCCCAGCCAUAGUACUAGACACCAAACAUCUUUUUAACUUUGACUCAUUUCUUUAGCAAAGAGACUAAACACAACUCACCUACUCUCUUCCAGCAGACGCUUGUUUGUAGUGAGACCUCAGGCCAGUCCAUUACAGACUACAGCGGGGUGACGCAGCUCAAGGAAGAACAUUUAUGAUCAUUUCUUUUAUCAUUUCCUUGAAGUAAUAAUCACCAUAUUAAUCAUUUUACAGACUCAGUAGUUCUUCUGUCUUAGCGUCUCGGUCUGAUUGUAUUUCCAUGAAGAAAUGAUCAUAAAUGUUCUUCCUUGAGCUGCGACACCCCGCUGUUGUCCGUAAUGGACUGGCCCGAUGGUCGUAUGGUCAUUACUAAAGUUGGUAUAACUAGAGAAGUAAGCGGUCGACGACAUUCAUCUCUGGAGGGGGGGUCUAACUCGGUGUUAUGGUGUGUUUGACCCUAAAUUAAUUUUACACCAGAAUAUCCCUUUAACCCGCCGUCUCUCUCCGUCUCACAGCCAUGGAUUCACGCCCGCAGGAGAACAGCGACCUUGGCGGCCCGGGCAACAUGCUGAAGACCCUGGACCCCAUCCUCAUCACCAUCAUCGCCAUGUCAGCGCUGGGCGUCUUCCUGGGCGCCAUCUGCGGCGUGGUCCUGUACUGCGCCUGCUCGCAGGGCAGCAUGACGGACAGGAACUUAUCCGCCCUGGAGAACUAUAACUUUGAGCUGGUGGACGGCGUGAAGCUAAAGAAGGACAAGAUGAACGGACAGACUAACUACUCUGAGGCGUGA